AACUCUGCAGUGACGUGAGGAGGAGGACUGGGGGCUGCUCUUAUUUAAAUUCAGCGUCAGACCAAGUUUGAUAAACGCCCCCCUUCCCUCCCUCACCGCUCUCUCUCUCUCUCUCUCUCUUUCUUUUUCUCCCUGCUCUCCUCUCCACUCCUUUCUUCAGUGCUCCUUACCCACAGUAAGGAGAUCCGCUUUCUCCUGUCCUCCACUACCACCAUCUUUGAGAUAAAGCUCUGCCUUUAGGUUUCCAGCAGCAGCAGCAGCAGCAGCAGAAGAGGUCUGGCGCUGCAGUCGCGUUGGCACACAUUCAACGUGGGUGCACACAGUGAGUGAGAGCGACCCGCCGCAUCCUGUGGAUUUCUUUGCGCCUACAAGCCUGUGUACAUGGUUCUCCCUGCUUUACCUCUGUCACAUCCACGCCAGGAGUUGAUUUCACUUCUCGGAGAAAAAUGUGGCAUCGCACAAUAGCGACAGCGCUUAUUUUGUUGUAUUUUUGGGAGGACUCGCUGGCAGGGUUUCCAAAUCAAAUCAACAUAGGUAAGUUGAACUAGAUACUCUUGACUGUAUAUAGACAUUCUAUAUUGUUCACAUAGUCUAUCUAGGACACGUAUAAAAGUCGCACUUGAUCCCGUUUUGAGUAUAAUCCAUUACCAAGUUCACUUCUCCUAAAGGCAGAAGGAUUGUGGGAUGCUGCUCGUCCUUGUAGGCGGUGUGGUGGAAAUAGAGUUGAACCAAAUUGUUAAAACAAAUGCGAGUUUUAUCGUCUGCAGUGCUUUUAUUUUGUGUGGGAAGACAUUUAUCCCUUUACUUCCUCUCUUAAAUUUAACUGAGCCCAUCGUGUAUGCAGUAACGCGUGGUUUUGCGCCAAUGCCAUCACUAUAGUUUACAUAAGGGGACGUUUUAUUAGAAAGAUUGCAGCCUGCAUGGAAAAUGGUGUUAUAUGAAUGAAAAAUAACAACCAGUGAGGUGUUAUUAUGUGACAUUUUCUGUCCUGUAGGUGGACUGUUCAUGCGCUCCACAGUGCAGGAGCACAGCGCCUUCAGGUUUGCUGUCCAGCUGUACAAUACCAACCAGAAUGUGACGGAGAAACCUUUUCACCUCAAUUAUAAUGUUGACAACCUGGAGUCCUCCAACAGCUUCUCUGUCACACAUGCCUGUGAGUACCCACUUACUAAGAGUAUGUACUUAAAUAGAAAGUUGAUAUGAUUUUUGUCUGCGUGAAACAGCAGGAAAACAUCAUAAUUCACAUGGCCUUCUGUACUGUGUGUUUGCAACAUUUGGACUCUUACAGUAUUUGACAUGUUUUGCUCUGAUUAAUUGGCCGGAUAAUGAAAACAAAAAUAUGACACUGAUGUUUAGGAGCUGAAAAUAGUGUUUGAAUGAAAAGGUUGGGUAUCAAACAGACACCUGCUAAGUGUCUGGCCUCAAACACACUCUCCUCAGUCCUGCUAUCCAAAACUCUCCAGCUGGAUGAUGGAGCGCAAUGGCCUGUAAUUGGCGGAGCACUGUGAUUUAGUAAACUGAGUAAUUCAGUAAUUCCAGUGAAGCUGAUGCGCAGCACUUAGAUGACUGUACACUUGACAGGGGAAUAAAUAAACAGUGUCACUCUGGUGGUCCUUCCUGGCUUGGAGAAUUGAUAGAGGCUUUGGAUGAUGGUUGCAUGUGAAGCAUAUGUUACAGCGGUUGGUUAUUAGCAUCUGGGAUUGAAUUAUAGGGCUGGGUGAUAUGGACAGAAAAAAUAUGACAAUGUAUGAACUGACAAUGCUGCCAGUUUGAGGAACAUGUGUGUGACAAAGGUUCGAGACACCAAAGGGUGCAUUUUUUCUUCUUUGAAUUAUUGGUUAUUAAUGUGCUACAGUUGCUUAUCAGGUAUUUAUGAUCAGGUUUUGUUCAAGAUGAUAAAAAGCAAUUAAAAAUACAGAAUAUAGUUGGUCUCUAGUGAAUCAAAAGCAUGUUGAGGGGCUGAAAUCUGAGCUGCUGCUAAGGUUAGCUCCACUUGUCUAGGAGUUAUGCUUGUUAAUGUUAGCUUUCUGUUGGUGUUUAUUGUUUACAGGGUCAGAAAUUAGAGCCAUAUUAUUGGGAUAUGUUUCUUUGGCAUAAAAGUAAAACAGACCCAGAAAUUUAAGCAGUGAAAAUAUUAAAUAAAGCUGUUUCACGUCUUCAAUCAGUGUCACCUCCAAACACCUCAGGAAAAACAGGGAGUCAGGAGCGGCUAUUAGUGUAACAUAAACAUGUUAAAAACACUAACAUUAGCUUGAAUGGUGUUUUUCUACAGUUUUCAUUUUCUGGGGCCUAUUUGUCUGUUUUAAAUUUAUGCAAAAAUGUCAACAAAGAGACCCCAUGAAUAUAACCAGUGAAGGUAUCGUAGUAAGCAUUAUCAGUUUACAUGGAAACUACAUGCCUAUAAAAAAACUGAACCUUGUGAACCUUGUGCCAUCAUUGGUUUCUGGAUGUUGCAGUUUUUAAUGUUUUCUAAGCUGUUAGAUUCACUGAUUUCAUGCAAAAAUUGUCCACAUUUUUCCUCAUCAGCCAUCCCAUAAUGAGACUGUACUCUCACACAGAUGUUUUAUCAAGCACAUCAUUGUGUCAGAUUACAUCCCCUUCCCCCUUUAACAAAGCAGAGCUGUUUCUAAAGUGAUGUUCACUUUAUAAACAGUGAUUAGGCACAUGAUGAAUAUUUGAAGUCAAACAUAAAGCAGGAAAGUAGAGACCUGUCAUCUCUGCAUGGUUUUUGGUUCAAAUCAGGCCGCAUGAUUGUCAGUCAGAUGCUAAUCUAAACCAUCACAUCAUGUUAGACCAGCAUGGUGUACAUUUGCCUGCCUACACUUUUGAUGCAUAAAUAACCCGCUGUAUCAACUAUAACAUGCUGUAAUGCAUGUAGUCAUCUGCACAAACAUGAUAGAUUUGAUAAGAAGGCCCGUGGAGUGUGAGAUGGCUUUAUAAUUGGUCCACCAGUCACCCCUCUGCCAUGUAGGGCACCAAGUUCUGUCUGGAGAAUUAAUUUGUUACCCGUCUUCCCACCGACUGCACUUCACACUUCACGCUUUGAGAUCAGCUGCAGCUCUCCCAGCUCUGUCAGCUGCAGCAGAGAUGGCUAUGUGACCUAAUGAGGUGAGAAAAGACUUUAAAAAAAAGUAAAAAUGUAACAGAAUUGAACAUCAUGUAUUUGUAAUAAACGUGCAAAAUGACAUUUAGAUGAUGCAGUUAGGAAGCUGCAGGUUUGAACACUCACACCUUAUUUGACCCUGCUCAGUAGACCACAGCGGUGCUCCGUGAGGUUAGACUAAAGUGCUUGUGGGGUCAGCACUUAGCUUUAGGGCACUUCAGCAGUCAUGACGGUGUAAGAGUUAAAUGUUACACGCUUGGCUUGUCUACAUCAGGGUUAAGGCACCCCUAACUCAGCCUGUUUUUGGUUUUUGGAUGAGGUCAAAAAGGGAGUCAUUAUGUAAAAAAGAAUUAGUCAUCAAGUGAAGAGAUUUUCUCUUGAGUGUUAUUGAGCAGUUUUCCUGCAGUCAUUUCAAAGUUAUGGGUUUUCCUUCGGCCAUACUUAGAUAAUUUGCUAAUAUAGGAUUUCAGCAUUUGUUAUGAGGGAUUAAUUCUGCAAAUUAAUGCUUCACUUGUGACGAUUUUGUAUUAACGUCAUCUUAUUGUACCCCAAGGUUGUUAUGGAGCUAAAAUAUGUCCCUGGCGACAUGUGGAGUUUAAAAGUGAAAACAAAGCAAUCACUGUUUAUCUUUGCAUCAUGCGCACAUUAAAUAUUCAAACUCUGGUUGGAUUCACUCGGAGUAAACCUGAAUCCAUUGUUUUUGAAAGCGGGCUGAUCUUUUUCUUCCUGAAGGAUGAGAAGAAAAUAAAACAAGAUAAUCAGGAGGAUUAAUGUGAGUGAGAUAAUCUGAUGCAAGCUUUGAAAAAAGAAGCGGCGAGCAGCUCAUUAUGCAGACCGAACGUUCAGGCCAGCUUGUGACUAAGGCUUGAAAAUGCACCAAACUCCACGAUUCCUAUUUUAGCAGUCUGGGUUGCAUAAUGCCCUGCUUGCCUGGCAGGUGUUGAUGUAGCAAAUGAAUGUGAUGAUUAUGAUUUGACACAUUUCUAUUCUGGCAGGACUUACAUGUUAGUCAUUGCUGUGCUUUCCCCACAGCUCUAGUCAUUGGUUUUGAUAAUAUUAGAAAGUGUUAAGAAGACUGAGACUUAAAAUAUUGAUUUUUGGGAUUUUCCACUAAACAAACCCCGAUUGAGUAUGAAAUAAGGGUAAUGUCUUUCUGCUCAAAGCUCAUUUGUUGCAUUUGUUGUGCAAAUCAUGAAUGGACUAAAGCUGGACAACAGUACUGUCCUCCAGCUGGGUCAGUAUAUAAUGAUUGUUACAAAUCCCUGAUGGCAAAUGACUGUGUUAUUGGCAGAGAGGAUCAAUAGGUGGAAGGCUGUAGUCCAGUAGUAGUGUGUGUGAGUGUGUGUGGCUCUGGCUUGUGCUCCAGUAUGGAAAAAUCAAUUCUCACCAAGCUUUCAUUUUCCCUAUCUCAGUCCCUCUUUACUAAUAUAUGGCUGUUCUCCAACUCCACUUGGCCGCAGACACUGAAUCUGCAGUUUGGUGCUUGCACUGCAACUCUCAAAGUUGAGAAACAAACAAAACAGUCAACGGGAACAGCCAAUGAUCCGUCCCAGCAAACAAAUUCCAGUUUUGUCAACUUGAUUAUAUUGAUUCUGAUAAAGAGAACUUCCCCUUUCCAUUUUUUUUUCUUUACAUCUUACUCGUUUGUGUGCGGUCGAAGUGAAGUUGCAUCAGAUCGUAUUGAUUUGACACCUUGCCCCAGGCCAGGACAGAUUGUGUUCAUAAAUGCAGAAAUGGGAAGGUUACGUCCAUUAAGACUGAGGUCAGGGCAGAAAGUGACAACAGAGAUGAAGCUGUCCGGCUGCACGAUCAGGGGGGAGUUAAACUCGGUGCAUGUGGGAUUGUGGUGACAGGUCAAACAGCCAGAAUAGGUCACUCCAUAUCUUUACUUACCCUUAUUUAUAAGUUGCAUGGGUUUUCCUGUAUGUGAACUGCUCUGAAUGACCUAGAUUUUCUGAAAGUUUUAGUUGUACCCACAGAAGACUUUACCUAUCUGUUGUACGCCCACGUCUCCACAAAAAAAGAAACCUCAAAAACCUAGCAUACAUUUUUAAAGCCUUUCCUUUUCUCCUUUCUUGUCUAGUACUUCUGUAAGAUGUCAGUUUUCCAGAGAGGAACUUUAAAAUGAAGAUGACAGUAUAUCUCCCAAUAAAGCAUUUAUUAUAACCACCUAUCCUCCCUCUGCUAUGACUCAACAGUGUGAUGCUGCUCAGACAGAGGCUAAUGUUAGAGCACUUCAAUGUGUAGGCAAUGGACAGCACCACUAAUGCAGCAGUUUAUGAAGCCAGAUCGCCUCCUCCUCUUCAUCCUCCUCUUCUUCUACUUCUUUUUCUACUUCUUCUUUUGCAUUAUUAAGGCCCCUAUGACUGUAUUGACUCAUACGCUGUGUCCAAAUAAGGACAAUUUAGUAGUUCCAGGACUGUUAUGCAAAUGUAGCUUGUCAAAAAGUAUACUUAUAACAUAAAUGGUGUGAGCCAAAGCUGUUGUAUCCUGCAGAGUAAAAUAUGCAGACAGGGGAUGGAGCAGCAGCAGCAGCAGCUCACAAAUACAUAUCCAACACACAUUAUUAUGUGUCAUUUCUUUAAGUUCAGUUUAAGCGUUCCAAUUAAGGCAGAAAUGAUGUGUAGAAAGAAAAAAUGAUCAGAUUUGCUUGGUGUGAAAUUUUCGCUGUCCAUGAAGUAGCUGUUUAUGGAUCAUUGAGCUAUAAUGGGGUAGAAUUCUUGUUGAAUAAUAGCUUGCAAUUUUGGCAAACGCUGCGUUUUUUUCGAGAUCGAGAGUGUAAAAGAUAAAAAAAGACAAAAAAGUUAGACGAUAGAUUGACAGCUGUCACCUAACAUCACUGAAGUACAAUGGGCACAAAGACUGGCAACAGAGAUUUGACGAGCUAGGAAGCAAAUAUUGUAAUCCAGUACCUUUAAAACUCAAACAAAUGUGUCUUCAGAUAGAUCUAUGUACUUGAAACAACUCAAUAUGAAUGCCUCUCUGUUAUCUUAAAGCUCCUGUUAAGAAUUUUUACCAAGUAGAAAACAUUCAAUAAAAUUAAUGCUUAUGUCUCUAUAUGGGCUACAAAAGGAAACCACAGCACCAGCAUAAAAAUGUGCUUUUUCUAUAACAUUAUUCCUAAUGUCUAAAACAGCUGGCAGAGGAGAGAUGCUAGUUUUUGAUUACACGUUUCUGACACAGCUUUUUUGGUUCAGCCAUUUCAUAUACAAGAUUAACAGUAUAUACAAGAAUAUACAUAUACAAGAAUAACAGUUUGUCCACAUGAGACUCUUAAUCUAACACAAAUGAAUAGUUUCUCACUGGAGCUUUAACCACUUUGUACAUAGAUGUUUUCUGUCAGCUUAAAGUUAAGAAUUUGGGAUGGUAUUCCUGACAUUUGGUUUCUUUCCUGGUUGAUAAUAAUGGAAACAAUAUUAUAAUGUGAAUGAAUUGUGAUUUCCCUACAGAUUAUUUUGAACUUUUCUACCUUUCGUUACCUCUUCUUUUCUUUUUUUUCAUUCCUGCAUAAAAUUAUUCACUGCUUUAUUGUCAUUUGCUGUCCAUAUAAAAAUUUAAUCUUGACAGCAAUUAUAAAUACAGAGUUUGAAACUCAUAUGAUGAACAGAGUGCACAGCUUAUCCCCGUCUCCAACCCCUUGGGUUUUGUCCAAUUAAAUGAAAGCAUUCUGUGAUAAAAAACAAUCAAACCCUCAUUGUCAUUUAGAUUUUUUAAAGCUCCUAAGAGGAACUUUUGAUUCAAUUUUAGCGUCCUUUGCGGAUGAAGCAGUCCUUGCUCAUGUUUUCCCCUACAUGCUCAGGUUAGGUCAUCUGACAUAGAAUCUCAUCCUGCUGACUUUUUACAGUCAAAUGUAUUCUUAAUUAUGCAUACUGCGUGUGGAAAGUGUAAAAAUAGGGCUGUUUCUUCAACUGGUUGGCUGAUGCUUAUCCCCUAAGAGUGGAUUCAGGCAUUGAAAAUUACAAUAGAAAAAUCGUAAAACUCUUAUGUGCUUUUUGUUAUCAUUCAAAGUCUAUUUCACAAAUAUCAAACAAACUCCCCAUGGUAGCUUUAAUUUCCUGUUGUGUUAUAGACUUCCUGUGUUUUCUGUUGAAUAGAAAAUCAGCAUGUCAACUCGAAGGCUUUAGAGGUUCAGGUGGAAAGAUUUUAUUUCAUGUGAACAGAGCCAGGUCCGCUGUUUUUAGUGGACUUUGUGCCAGGCUAAGCUUAAUGACUAUUGGUUGCAGCUCCACAUUUACCAAACAAUUAUGACAUUGAAUCAGUUUCCUACUAGCUCUCUGUCAAAACAAGCCUUCAUGACUCAAACAAAAAACCUUCAAACAGAAAAGGCCUUUCUUUUUCUUCAUGAAUUUUUUUUCUGAAACAACCAUUAAUUAUUGAAGAAGCUAAGGGGUUUCAGGAAAAAGAACAAAAACAACAAACAUGAGAUGAAAAAGAAAUUACUCAUUAGUUACUGUGUCAGCAGCUGGGUCAUUUAAGCCUUAGAAAACAUUGUAACAUCCAAAAAUAAGUGAUAUUCUACUCUAGCAAUGCUUUACAUGAUGGUUUUCUGUAGUCCCUUUGGCAGAAAAAUAAACAUGCUGGAUAUGUCAAUAAAACAACCUUUUAUCAAUACAUAACAACCUUGUAUGCGUCAUAACUCUGAGAACUUAUUUACACUGACAAGUCAUGUAUGAUGCAUGAGGACCAGAGAAGAGGUUGUCAAAUGGUUUGGCCUGAGGGAGAGCAUGCUGCUUGAUAGUUUCUAUCUUAACCCACUCUCUGGCCACAGUAACAAACGUGUAAACAUGAAAGAAUCAUUAUUUCAGCCCAUUUUUAUGUGGUAGGUGCAUGGAACCAGGGAGUGAGGCCUCUAAUAAGGGGAUAAAAACCAUGUCCACUCUUGACUUUGAAGCUCCACUGCUCAUGCAUACAUUCAGUUAUGAAAUUAUUUUGCAGCGUGAAAUACAUGUUCGCCUCUCUCGGUUGGAUAUUUGGAAAAGUUUGUAUGUUUUUUGCCUCAUUUGCAGGCUUUAAAUGGAUCCUCUCCAUUCUGGAGCCCUUGAACAGAUGAGACACUUACCCAAAAGCAUGUCCUUUCAUCAUGAUGCAGUGAUAAAAAUAUCUGAGUUACUGCUUCUGCACCCAGCGUCCUGUCAGUUUGGAUGACCUGCUCCAAGUUGACAAGUCUCCCUCCUCAGAUUUGUCAUGGCGUUCUCAUGAGGAAUCAGGAAACAUAGUACAAAAUAAACAUAAAAGCUUUUUAAAUUAGCCUAGGAUCAAUUUUAUAUUUUAACUACAGACUUGUUCCAGAAGGAGACAGAGCUUUUUUCGUUUACUGACAUGCACACACGGUUUGACCCUGAGUUUAACAAGAGCUUUCAGGCUGUUUGCUAUGGGGCAAGACAACACUCAUGGCCCAUCAUGCAGCAUUAAUGCAUUAGCUUUCUUUGAACAAGGGAGGACUGGUGCUCAGAAAAGGCUGUGACUACAACAGAGGCUUUUAAAUAUCAAAAAGCUGCUCGUACUUUGUUAAACAGGCUCAAAUCUCUUGUAUGAGAGCUUCGUAAUUCUUGGUUUUCAUCUCGGCUGGUUUUAAUGCUGAAAAAUGGCAGAAUAGCAGCGGAUAGGUUUAGGGGGCAUGCCACUGGAGAUAUGCAGUUAGUCUUUCAUCCUGUGCAUCAGAAUGUGCUUACAUGUCAGCACUGAAACGCAGCGACAGUGAUCACUUGUGACAAGCUACAGUGAUGCUGCAGCAGUUUGUAGCAGUGUAACACAACGUCCUUGAGUGAUGCUGCCCCUGAACGCUCUAUUAUCCACUAAAUGUUACCUGAGAUUAUGUAAAGACAACAACAUGAGUGAUAGUAACUCUGAAAUACAACACAAAUGUAACUGAGGAAGUGAGUAUUUUAUUGGAGCUAUUUUGAUAAAAUUAUAAAAGCUUGAGUGUUUAAAUUAAAAGAGAAAAACAAUACUCGGAUGAUUUUAAAUCUUAGAUAUACUUAAAGGUCCAGUGAGGAGUGUUUUAAAUUGUUAUGAAACACAGUAACGUAAACAAUAAUGCCUCUUUAUGACCUAAAAAAGAAAAUUUACCUACUUGCAUGAAAACUGACGAUUUAUAUUAUGUAAUUUUUAAUACUGGAUUCUCACUGCUGGUUAUGGUGCAAGUUACAACACCUUUUUAUACUUUGUCUACCGCAAAUAUCUUCGAUAAGAGAUGAAGCUGACUGUCAGAAUAAAUUAAGAUGGGGUUCUUUUGUAAGUGAAUCACUGAAUAGGAUGAAAUCAGCAAAUUAAGGAGUAUAAUUUUGUCCAGCAGAGGCUUUAAGAAAACAUUUAAAACACCUUAGUUUACCAAUCACAUAUGAUUUGUUAUCAUCUAGUCUGUGUUGUCUGUCCACUGAGACAUUUCAGUGAUGGGAUUUUACAUGUCUGAGCAACAAAUAAUAAAGAGUUAUGUUUUGUGUUUAAUGAUUAAUAACAUUAAAAAAAUAAAAUGAUAAAUUCUGGAUUUGUUGUAAUUUGAUUGAAUGAAAUUGAGUUAUUUUACAAAAAUUCAAAUAAUUAAUGCAUUGAAUUGAAAUGACUCUGGCCACUGAGUCAUCCAGUCUUCCGCUCUAUUCCCUACAAAUGUGCAUUCUCCUGAUGUUUAUAUUUAAAUCCAUUUGCGUGUUUUAGCAGCAUUAUGAUUUUUUUCAACAGAGUACGUCACAUAUUCCUCUGUCUCUGAUAAAAGUGCCCCUUGGAUGCUGUUUAGCUGUAUAUGCAAAGCAUGUGUAGGUGGAGUGGUUGCUGUGCUUUUAAUGUGAUGCAGGAAAAUAUUUAAGUAUAUUCUUCCAUUACAGGAGUCCAAUAGCCACAGGCUCUGUCUGUAUAUCUGCUGAUUUCCUUCUUCUUUGUUUUGUUUUAGCAUGUGGGCUGAAUCCAGUUGUAUUUCUCAGAUUAGGGCUAAUCCAACCAGUGUUGCCCGGCUUUUUGUGAAUAAUGAGGAUCUGCUGGGGGUAGCCCACUGGAAGAAAAAUUUGUUUGCUUUUACAAAGCAGUAAUCUGCACAGAGGAGGGAAUUCCAGCCAACAUGCAACCACAGCGCCUGAGGAGAAACACCUACUCAGGCUUCAGUCCCUAUGUGCCCUCUGCUGCCUUCGUGGUUGGUCAGCUGGGAUGAAUUGCACAACAAUGCAGGCUGUAAUGUGGAUGAAAAAUGAAACACUUAUAUGUCAUAACGCAGAGACCACUGAUACCAUGUCGUCUUUAAUCUGAUUUGUAUCAGGAAAAAAACAUUUACUAUGAUUUUAUGGUCAAAUGAAAUGAACUGGCAGGUCUUUACAAGCCUUUCAGUUGAGUGAGUGCAGCUUAUUCAACCCAAACCAGAUGAGCUGCAUGCAGAGUCCCCGUUCAAAAGCUCAGGCACAAUUAUAGAAAGUUAUAUAAUCUGUUUAGUUACUCCCUUUAUUAGCCAUUUUAGCCAUGUGGCUCUAUGAAUAGCAACGCCAGUCUUUCUGCCAGCCAUACAAAAUUCUUUGGAUCAGGCUGUAAUAUCACACCAACGACAGGAUGGACUGACACCAUGUUUUUUAAGAGACAUUUAUGGUGUUAGAGUAAUCUCCUGAAAACCAUGAAAAAAGGUGGUGAUUCCCUAAAAUUCUUUCCCUUCCACCUGCAGCUUUGGGUGCAAAGUUACAGACAUUCCAGGCAGCUUUAGCUAUACUUUAGGCUCAGUGCAUAUCAGCUGAUAAAAAAGGAAACGUAUGUUAACAGCCCAUUUGAGAUGAUGCACUAUGGAGCUAAUGCUGUUGCAAAAUGCAAAUUCCUGAAUACUUUCACAGUAAAUCACAGCAUUCACAGUGCAACAGGACAGAGCGCUACUUCAACAGCUUGUCUCCCUCAUUAUGUAACAAUAAUCCAUUCAAAGACAAUGGUGAUAUGCUGGUAUGUAAAUAAACCUUGUUUAGGGCGUUGGUUUGAUCAAAAGACCCACUAAUUCCCUCCAACAAGUGGCCAGAUCGGCUGAGUUAACUGGAGUGAGACAAAGUGAACCUGUGAGUUUAAGCACAAGGCAAACAAACCUGCUCCACACUUGAACAUCUUGCAUGACAGAACAGUUUCAAAAGUCUAAAAAGAAAAAAAAAAAUGAGAGGCAUGAAGUUUUAAAGGAUGACUUAAUGUGUCGGCUCUUGAAACAGAUACACUUGAACUUUUUAGCCGUUAAUGUCUUUGGAUGCAUUUACAAAUUGUUCUUCAUUUCCAGAACUGGGUGUGUGGAUCUCUGUACACAUUUAUGAAUCUGUGUGAUUGUGGGUUUGAGUAUGUAUAUAUUCUGAUCUAUUCUGUGCAUCUGUUUACAUAUUUGCAGUAUAUUUUGUAACAACAUUAACUCCAUAUGUUGUACCUGCUAAACUUGAGCAUGAACUGCCUCGCAGCGAUUCCAGUGGUGCACUUACGUUUAACAGAGCUUGAGGAACUUGGUCACAUGAGGAAAUUUUAAUAUCAUAUUUUUUACCUCUUCAUGCCUCUCUGCUGAGACUAAAGCUAUAAUUAGAGCAAGCUUUGUACCUUGUAUUAUGCUCGUGAGCAACAUUUGCACUAGCUGCGUUUACAUAGGCACAAAUAAUCGUAAUAAAGGCCCGAUCUGAAUAAAAAUGCGUGAUGUAAUGUCGAUCAGAAGAUUCUAAUUCAAUUUGGCUCAGUCGGAGAGAAAUUGUAUUGCGAUCGAGAGGGGUGGUUUAUGCUGAUUGUUAUUCCAAAAUGCAUCCAUGUGAACAUUUAUUCCGAUCGUGACUCUCUUACCUGACUUGAUUUUCACUCUUUGGCCAUUACAGGAGGUUUCAUCAAUAACACUCUGGCGUAAAACACAACCGCAGGUGCCGUGUCUGCUCCUCUGGUAACAUAACAAGGCGUACAUACAGCAUAAUGAUGUCACAUCUGCACGCACAGUGCAACCUUUAACAGAACAGUGAAAUAAGUACGCAAGGGCGCCAUCUAGUGAGGGGGGGAAACUCCUGAACUGGAUGGAGUGAGCCACUACCGCGUUUGUUGGUUUGUUGACAUCACAAGCAUAAAAACAACUCUUCUUCUGCAGUUGUUUUAGUGAAAUCAGACAACUCUGGGCAUGUCUAAAUGCUUCUAAUCUAAAUAAAACUUGGUGCAUGUAUACGUGCAUCAUGAUCGGAUUAUUUGAUUUUGCACCCAUAUAAACAGUGGAUUCAGAUUAUCUGAUCCCUCAAAUUUCAAAACGGAUCAAGAAAUUCUGCACAUGUAAACACGGCUAUUGACACAAAAGCCUCAGGGCUUGAAAUGGAAGAAAUCAUUAUAUUGCUUUAUUGUGUUAAUGCUUUGUGAACUGUAAAGAGAGUAGUUUAAAAACAGAGUUUGGCCUUUCACAGUGCAAAAACUUGCAGAUAACAUUGUUGAAUACACUAUUUUUAAAAUUAUUUUAUGACAAUGUAAAUGUGGAUGAUUGUGUGUGUUUUCUUUUUCCCACUUCCAAGUACAUCCUGAGAGGUUUUGUGCUCCUCUCUGUCUCAACUCAGCUUUUACUGUAAAUAUGUUUGGAUUCUAGCUCAACUUGCUAGAAUGCACCAUUGCUCAGGUGUCAGUUGUUUCCAGUCCUGAGAUAUUCCCACAAUGCCCCUGUUCAUCCUGUCCAGCUGACACACUGAACAGCUGCUGGCAGGAUGCAAAGAUGGAAACGUGUUACCUGGAAUAACAAGGGAGGGAUGUUGGCUGAGUGUUCCGACCCUGGAAUUCAUUCAUUCAGAUGAUGGCACACCUUAGCCGCCCCGCUCGUUUUCAUGGGGAAACACUGUAUUUGCUCAGUGAGUGUCAGUCAGCACAUUUGUGAGACUCGUUGGCAUUCUCUGUGCAGCUUAGUAACACUGUCUAUAAUGAACAUGUGCUUUAAAACAUUAAAUCCUGUUUAACUGGAAUAUUUCCACUUUGGAAAAUCCCUGCACAUUUUCUUGUUUUGUCCAGGUCUUUUUGACUCUACAUUUUCUAUCCUUUUAGCCUUGAAUACAUUAAAAGACAACAUCAAUACUAUACUGUAUGUGGGGAAGGUAAAAGAUACAGGCAGCAAAUUGGCUUGGGUAAGGACAAUCUGUGUUUGAUGAUGGGAAGAUGGAUCACCUCGAUAUACAGUUCAUAGUUCUUCCCACAGCUGUAAAUCAGGCAGACAGAGGUUAUACAACCCCACACAUGACACAAGGGAUUAAUGGGGAGGGUGUUGCACAUAAAACCUGAUAUAAGAACCAGUGUACAGCACUGACGCUAAGUGGGGUCCAUAUCAACUGCUUAAUAAAUAUACUGAAGCCACAUUAAUCAUCACUGAAUGAUUUGACAUUGUGAUGAAUUUGUUAUGGGAGUCAUGUAAAUACAGACCCAAAUGCAGACAGGUGUUUUUAAAGAGACUCGGCUAUGGUAACUAGAGGACUCAGAGGAUGGACAUGAGGGGUCACACUCAUCCACUGAUAAGGACUUUUGAAUAUUAUCUCAUAUUUCCUUUUAUACAGGGCUACAGCUUCUACAAGCUCCUCGAAACAGUGCUCCCAGUCAGUCUAAAGGCUUUGUAAGAAUCUAAUGUUAAUAAUAAUUUUUAAUUGUUUUUUUCCACACAAUCAAACAUCCUGCACAAUCAGACCAGGUUCACGCAGUCAACAGUUGGCUGCUCUGUUUGUAAGAAAUAAUGACGCUUUAAAAAAAAAAAAAAAAAAAAAAAAAAAAAAAAAUAUAAAUAUAUAUAUAUAUAUAUAUAUAUAUAUAUAUAUAUAUAUAUAUAUAUAAUUUUUAUUUUUAUUUCAUUUUAAAUGCUUUUUCAAAACCCUAACCCUAAUUGUUAAACAAUCCUGAUAUUUUACAACACUAAAUAAUUUGUAUAGUAAUUUAGAAACAUUGAUGUGUUCUCAUGUAUGUCUUGACCUUAGGGGACAACAGAGUGGGAAGAAGGAUGGGUGGGAUUGAGGGCGGGUCAGGUGGAUUGUUGUAGGAUAUGGGUAGGGAAAUUGAAAAUACCAUAACGAACCUAAAGCAGCAGUUGCUUAAUUUUUAAGUAUAAUUUUUCCUGUGUUGUGUGCUGCAAAAACAAUGUAUGUUGAUGUGUUAAAACUCUAUAAAAAAUUGUUUAACUAGAAAUAAUAAUGCUCAUAAUGAGGACUGGACUCUCAAGUAAAACUCCCUAGAUAACUGUUGUUCCCUAACCAUUUAUCUAUCAGGACAGAUUUAUAAAUAAAGUAUAUGUGACUUAUGGUUCAUUAUUAUAACAGAGGAUUUGUUGAAUGAGAUAAAUUGUUUUCCAGUGUAACUCUACAAGGAUGGUAACCAAAAUAUUGUGCACCGGUGACAUAUGUCCCUCGGUGGAAUGCAGACACUAGUUGUGGACAUAUGCAUGACUGAACUAGAGGCAAAACACAGGCAUAAAAAUACACCAUCAACAUGAAAGACGAACAGUGAGAGUGUGUUUCAGUGCUUUAGCAUGGAUGUGAUGAGGUGAUGACUACAGCUGAUGACUGGAGAUUAUGAGGGAGUCCCUGUGAGUGGCAUGCAAAAUAUCUUUUUAAACCUAAGACUAGGGCUGGGCAAUAUGGGAAAAAGUUUAUCACAAUAUAUUUUUUUCAUAUCAGUUGACAUCAAUAUAUAUCAGGAUAUAAAAAAUGAAAUGUAACAGUGCUUAUUGGUAGCAUGUCUUUUGCAAUACAAUAAGCUACUGCAUCUGUGAGGUCUUUGUGUCUCUUCAACGUUUUGUCAUGAGGCGUUGUGCUAGUGAAAGCAGACUGAAUGGUCGGCUCUGCCCGCUGCACAGGCGCCAUGGGCUCCCUGGGGUUUGUAACCUUUUGCCGCGUGGCACUGCUUCAUGAGGUUAAAAAGAUUUAAGGUAUUCCCUGACUUUGUGAGAACAUGUACUCGACAUAAUUUGCAGUGCACAUUACUCUGCUUCAUGUUCAACCUCGAAAAACUGAAAUACCUCCACACCACUGAUGUUUUCAUACCAGUGUUGUUGACGAUAUCAUCUGUUGAGCCUUCAUCUGCAUUUCUGCUUAAAGUGCUAUGGUUGUGUGUAGCUGCAGCCUGCUACUACGCAGUUAUUUGCUACUACAUGAUUGGUUGAGCGUGAAGCGUACCCGAAGCAACUCCCCUUUUCAUUGGCUAUUUGUAUAGUGUAGUAUACCAUGUUUUAUAUUGAUAUUAAGGGAAAUUUUAUAUGCCGUUAUCGUUUUAUCACCCAGCUCUACCUAAGACACUUCCUUUGUAGCCGGCAUCUUUUUUGUCCUGAUUGUUAGCAUGCUAAGAUGCUAACUGUAAAGGUUGAUCAUCUUCAAACAUUACCCCUGUCCAUCUUCAACAUGUUUGCCUCACGACUGUGAGCUUUGCCCUCAUCUAUUGUGAGAUUUCACGGUCUGUAAAAUACCUUACAGACCUGUGCUGUGCCCUCUGUUGCCGUCUCCAACCCAACAUAUGACCCCAGCACAGGAUAGAUAUUCCCAUGUGACUGAGAGCCCCGUGCCCUCCUCCUCCUCCUCCCUUGGGAAAACAAACUCAGGUCCUGCUGCUCUCUUCUCCUCCAGAACUGCUGCAGGCACAUUUCUAAGACAAGGGUAGAGAAAUAACUCACCAGCACACCAGCAGGCAGCAGCGCACAAAUAAACAGGUUAUUUGUUAUCGCCACAAAAAGUAAAGCAGUUUGUCCUCACUUUGUCCAAGUGCAGAAGCCAAUCCAAUUCCUUUCACUGUGAGAAAGUUUGCCCUCUCAUUCCAGUGUGAGUCAACCUCUAUCCUUUUCAGCAUUCUGAUGUGGAUAAAGUUCAAUUUUCAAGGACAGCAGCCUUCUCUCUAUUCCUGCGCUCUAAGAAUUCACCGUGCAGGCUUGGCUCAGCUCUGCACAGGAGCUACAGGUUCAUCCCUACAUCAGCGAGUUUCAUGAUAGACUCUAACUAGAACCCUCAGCUGUCUGCAGGAGAGACCCUUAAAGCUGCAAAGCCUUGAGUUUUAUGGAGGGAGUUAAGACAGCGCUGGUGGUUUUGGAGCUGCUGCAUCUACGUGUAAAGUUUGACAAGGUGUCAAGGAGAGGGAGGAAGAGGGGAAAGAAGGAGUAAUGGCAGGCAGAUGUGGGUGUUUGUCGGGUGAUGGAGGGAAUAUGAUGUAUGAGAGGAAAACAGCUGAAAUUCCCCCAUCUGUGUUAGUAUUCCGGACAAAAAUGCAGAGAGGCUGCAAUGCAAAAAAACAAAAAACAAAACUCCACUUCCCUAUGCGAUAAAGUAAAUGAUGCGUAUCUUCAUUGCUGACCACAAUCAGGGAGAUUUACAACAGUGGAUGAGUGUUUACUGCUUCAGGAGCCCAAAUAUAUGAUUUCAUUAGUCCUUUAGGAGAACAGGCGGUCUAUUUAACCUUGACAAACAAAAAGCUAUUGCUGCCAUUUUGAGAAUAGAAUUGGAUUAUAUCGGAAGAGCUGGGAAGUGUUAAUUUAAUGGCUGCCCCCAUCCUUCUCGGAUAACAUCAGCUGGAUAUUGUCUGUCGAAGGAGAAAUGUGUGAAUCUGUAAUUUGAGGAGAAUUGGUGUCAGGUUGAACAAUGAUAUCCACUGCCAGGCAUUCAGUAUCUCAAACUGAACUAAAAACUCAUCUGUUCUGACAUUUUUCUAUUUAUGAGAGCGAGAUCUAUUAAAGUGUUUACCAAAAGCCCUUCAAGUGUGUGAGAUGGAGCUGAAAGUUGUCCUUCACAUGGACAGAAAUACUGCAGCAGGCCUGGGAUGAUUAUUGAUUCAAGCCUGAUCAUUUACAAGUUAUACCAAACAAUGCAGUCAGUGGAUGCUUUAGUUUACGCUGUUAAAGUACUGUUGGCUAGAGGGAUCACAAAAUGACUGAGUUAUAAUGUGUGUCUGCAGAAUUGUUUUAAUAGAGAGCUGAACAAAAGAAACCUACAAAAACAUGAACUGUUCAACUCCAACUAUACACACGGAGAACUCGCACAGCUGUGAAAUUAUUUUACCGCAUUUUCAGACACAAACACAGAUGUGUGGGCGUAUUUUUCAACUUCAUCUUAAGUGCAUUUGUAUAAAGUGCAGCCCUCCGAUUCAGAACAAUUUCCCCAAGAUGAAUUUCGGGAAUUUUCACUUUCUUAUAUGAACAUUACAAAACACAAGCUAAAGUACAGCAUGAGAUAUGCAGGAUGUAUAAUCAACUCUAAUAACCAGAACAAGCCAGCAGCUGUUUCUUUGCAAAAAAAAAAGUAUUUAAUUUGAAUUUUUAUCAGGAUGACAUUUGAUUUUUUGAUAACACUUUAUUUGAUGCCUAUCUCUAAAACGCAUUAUAAAUAUAUGUAUAAUAUUUACAAGGUAAUUCAUGAUAAAAUGCUUUAUAAUGUGUUAUGAUUAUUGCUAUAAAGCAUUCUGAUCAUUUAUGAGUGUUUAUAACGAUAUUUAUACAGUGCUAUAAUGUGAUUAUAACGCAUUACACAUAUAUUUAUAAUGCAUUAUAGAGAUAGGCGUCAAAUUAAGUGUUACCGAGUUUUUGAGGAUACAGAGUACAAAGCAGGUUAUGACUAAGUUGUGUUUUGAUGUAGUCGGCAUUCUCUGAUGAACUUUGUGUGAGUCUCUGUGAAGGGUUUUAUGUUUAAUUUAAUGAGGAUAAACUCAGAGCUUAAAAAACUGUCUCUCAGUGAAAAAAACAUAAAUAAUUUGCAGCUUUGUUUAAUUGUGGAGAGACAAUGUAGACUGUGGGGUCAUGCAGCUCUGUGCGAGUUGAUAUCCGACUCUAAGUUAAAAACAGCUGAUUAAGUCCCACAUUAUUAAAGGGUUAAGAAGUGACCUGUUAAAUAAAACAUCUGUUAUCCUUCAAUGAUGGCUAUUCAACGCUAAAACUAUAGAUAACCGAACAACAGGGGAGCAUAUUCUCAUCAACUUUCAGCUCCUGGCCAAGAGGUUUUUUAGACCUGUAAUUUUACACCAUUUUUAAACCACAAGGUUUCCAACAGUGCAGUAGGUCUCCAUUUUUUUGUCCCUUUGUUGUUGCAUCACUGAUGAGUUUGAAUAGAUGUGUUUACCUUCAUCAUGGUCAGAUGAUAUACUCUGUUUUUAUCUACACCAACCAGCCAUAACAUUAUGGUAGUCUGUCCAAUCCACUUUGGUAGUCUAUCCAAUCCAGCAGCUCUACCAUAAACUUCACAAUCAGAAUACUUUACUUAUCCUCGGGGGAGACUCUGUCAUUAAACUUGCUUUUGAAAAUACAAAUGUUAAUAUAAGUGUGUUUACAGAAGUUUUGGGUUAGACUCUUCACACAGAGACUAAAUUUUUAGCCCACAGAUCCUCAAAAAAGAAGCUCGUUAAAUCCAAUGAGUUGGAUAAUUACAUGAUUAAACAUUGAUUAGAGAGACUGAGCAGCUUCAGUGAACAGAGUUUAAAUCUGCAGUGAGCUGAGGGUCACAAAAAGCAGAGCAGCUUUCCUGGAUUGACUCAAAUUUGCUCCAGUUACAGCUGACAUUAAGACAAGGGUCAUAUCCCUUAGUUGGUCCAGUUUGGUGUUAUUAAACCAUUUAUUAUGUACAAAUAAAAUCAAAUAGUCAACAUCUUGUCAGACCAAGUGUCUGAUACAUGGAGUGUUUAUGGCCAGAGCUCAUUUCCACAGUCCUACAGAUGGCAGCACACAAGGCUUGUUAUAAAUCUUUUAUACUGCAGCACAGCCCGCUGCCUGCACAUUUGCAUGCUCGUGUUUCAGGAUAUUUGUCCAUAAAGAGCCGUGGCCAAAGCACUGAUUCCCCCAUUAUUUCUAGUUGAUUACCCGAGCCUUUGCAUUUAGGGCAAGGACGAGUGAAGGACACAGGGCAGCCGCGAAUGGCCAUAGGGAGCAGACAUCCCACACGGCACCCAUUUACUCAGAUAGACCGCUGUUUCAUUCUGAAGAUGAAUGCUGUCAUGUGGUCACUCGUAGCUUUGCCUCAGAUUAAAUGCUUUCUGUUACAUUUACUGGUAUUAGACUCGGCUUUCUUUGGCUUUUAACAUCUUAAGUAAUUUAGACCUUGAAAAGCAGGGGUGUAUCCGAUGGGUUUCUUCAUGUGGUCACUUACAUUUAAAGACAUUAAGAGAUAUUCCGGCGCAAAAUUAAGUUAACACAAACACACUGUAACACCAAGUAAGACACCCCCUUGAGAGAUGAAUGUUGCCGACCGCUUGCUUCUCUAGCUAUACCAACUUUAGUAACGACCGCAGGAUAGCAAUACACAGCGGUCUCAGGAGCCACGUGCUUAACCAAAAAGCUACUCUAUAUCCGCAAAUAAUGCUCAGAACCUAACUUCAUCAACAGUACAUAUAGGGUCCCAGUCGUAGCAUUAGCCACCAAACAUCUUUUUAGCUUUGCCUAAAUUCUUUGGCGAAGAGACUUAACACAACUCACCUACUCUCUUCCAGCAGCCGCUUGUUUGUAGCAAGACCUCAACCAGUCCAUCAUCGACUGAGGCUGGGGGGUGGCGCAGCUCAAAGAAGAACAUUUAUGAUCAUUUUUUUCAUGGAAAUGCAAUCAGACCCAGACGCUAAGGCAGAAGAACUACCGCGUCUGCAGUGCAAAAUGAUUGAUAUGGUGAUUAUUAUUUCAAGGAAAUGUUCUUCCUUGAGCUGCGUCACCCCGCAGCAGUCGGUAAUGGGCUCAUCUGAGGUCUCCCUACAAACAAGAGGCUGCUGGAAGAGAAUGUUUGACCCUCACUUAAUUUUACGCCAAAUAUCCCUUUAAAUCACAAGCUUCAUUUGUUCAUCAACAAAUGAACAAAAAGUGACAAAACCACUUACUCUUUUGUGGACUUACACAACUGAACAGGUAAAAAUAAUGAAACAACACCUAGAUACAUAUUACAGGUGGUGAUUUAACCCACAAAUAGAGUGUAAUGUCACAUAUAAUCAACCUGGAUAUAAUCACUAUUAUGCUUCAGAGGUGGCAGACCUCCAGCAAUCUGACUGGCUACCUUAUUGUCUUCAGCCCUGACUGACUUCUGCUUGAGAACUUGAGUUUUGUUUAUUUUAAGGGUUUUGAAGCACUUUAAUUUUUUUCUGUUUGUUGCUACUUUAUACCGUCAGUUUUAGUGACAAAUCAUUUUUUUAAAGUAUUUCUGGAAAACCCAUAGAGCUGAUGGUAACAUUUGAGUGAAAAUGUAGGAAGAUACACGAGAGAGAGAAAACAUGAUUUAUACUUAAGGUAUGUUCUGUGCGUCCAUGUGUACUCCGUGUUACCAUGGACGUGUUCAGAUGGGUGUCCAAGGGUGGCAUGGGCCCCUGUUGAAAUCUGAAAUAUUGAAUUCUAAAACACAUUUGGUAUUUUAUCUUGUCAGCUCAGACUCGUGUCUAAAUCAUCUGUUUUGGUUUUGAUACGAGCAGCUGCAUGUAGCUUUCUUUGUCUCAUAUUGUGACGCAUUUUUCUCUGUUAGCGUUAGUUGUGUUGUGAGUCAUGGCAGACAUCUGCUUGUUGAGUCCUUAAAGAAUGAGUGAAUCAUUUCUGUUUUGACAUCACUGUGUGCACACAUACCUUAUGUCACCCCCUGUACCACAUUUGGUCCACCUGAGUUUGUCAAACAAGCCUGGACAUGUUUCUGAUUUUAAAGCCACUUUUUCCUCUUUCCUGGCACUCUUCCCAACUGAAAAACAGCUGAUCUGAACUGUUUUGACUCUGCACUUGUCCCUGACCUGAAUCUGCUCUCUGCCCCCUGUCACCAGUCUGCUCCCAGUUCUCCCGAGGAGUCUACGCCAUCUUUGGCUUCUAUGACAGGAAGUCCAUGAACACGCUGACCUCCUUCUGCGGAGCGCUGCACACCUCCUUCAUUACUCCCAGCUUCCCGAUUGACGCAGACGUGCAGUUUGUCAUCCAGAUGAGGCCCGGGUUGCGGGGUGCUGUUCUCAGUUUGCUGGCCCAUUACAAGUGGGAGAAGUUUGUCUACCUUUACGACACUGACAGAGGUAAGAGACUCACACACACCCAUUAAAAAUCCUGUAAACUGUCAUGCUGUGACAGAUGAGGAGUGCAGAAAAUGUCAUGCAACAAAAAGUGUAAAUGAUCAGCCUUUAAUAUGUAAAUCCCUUAUCCCCAGUCCUCAUUGUGAGUGCCCCGAUACAUUUUAAUUUAUGCCGGUAAUGAUUCUAAAUUGCUUCACUAUGUGCCUGAAUGUGGCUCACAGCGGCAGUCAAUAGCUCAUAGCUUUAGAGAAAUGACUCAUUCACAGGUGCUGCUGAUCUGACAGUGUACUAUGACUCCAGCCGCCUGAGCCUCUAAUCCUUGCCACUCUCUGAUUAUCUUUUGGUCCUAAUUGGAUUAUAUAAAGACAGAACACAACACGCUGUAACUUCUUCAUUUGCUUCCUGGCCUCCUGCUCUUCUCAUGUAGGCCAGCUAUUUACAGACUUGGGUCUUGUAGUCCUCUGAGGGUCAACAUCUGGAGCAGAUGCAUUAAUAAAGAAAGGGUGUCUGUGGACAUGGAAACACAAGCUGUCCAACAAAGAUAACCCCCCUAUGAUGUGCUUCCAUUUGGGCUUUUACACUCAUGUUACCCAAGUUUCAGGGAGAUUUUCUGGGUGCAGUCACUGCUGUAAAAUGUGCCAAAUUGUUCAGAACGGUGUAGUCCAAGUAUUUUUAAACUGACAUAGAGCAUUUCUAGGACAAGUGCACUCUUUCUCCACUUCCCCUGCCUCACUUUAUAUGUUCCCUCUUCAGGUGGGCGUGUAAGCUGCAGCUCACUCAUAUAACUGGUUCUCACAGAGCCAUUUUGUGCAUUUUGGAAAUCUGUACAAAAGAAUUCCUGGGCUGCCUUUACAACAACAAAAAAAGUUUGACUGACACGAAGUGAGAGCUUUUUGAAACCUGUACGACAAACACUACAAAAUCAUUUAAAAAGUUUUGAUGUAAGCGAUCUGAGCUUUAUAUGUCCUCAUUAAGGAGGCUCUGAAACUUAUGGUGGAACCUCCUUUUUAUAGAUUUCUAAAGAGAGUGAAAAGUAUGGAGCGCCAUGCUGUCCGAAUGAUGUAUAACAGUGGUUACUUUUAUGAGCAGGUUUGACAUAAGGAUGUCCUGAUAAUAACAGAAAAAUAGACUCUCUGGUAGCUUUUAGAUUCUUUAAUGUAUUUUUGAUUUGAUUAUGAACAAAUGUGACGUAGUUUAUAGAGAACUUUAAAACAGUUGAUAGUAAUGUCUCAGAAAAAGAGUCCCAUAUCCUGAAUAUUUUUAAAAUCAGUGCUCUUGUAUUUAUACUGAUAUUCAAGACUUUUGAGACUGAUAUCAGCUCUGAGAUUAGAGGUGAAAAUAAAUGUUUCUGCCAGUUUGAUGGUUUUUGUUGAAUUGAAGUUUCUAACUUUCUCUGACUUUCACUUACUUUGCUUACUUAAACCAACUGUGUCCAUCUGUAUCCAAAAUGUGUAUAAACAUGGACAGGACAGCAGCUCCCCUGAAAUGAAGCCAAGUUUUCAUGACUCUCUCUAUUGUAACAGAUGAAAUAUGUGUCUAGCUUUUUCAAAUUUCGCCCCAUGGGGAUAAAUAAUGUAAUUCUGAUUCUGAUAUUUAUUGUCUCAAACAUGCUUUUUGUCAUAUCAGUUCAUCCUUAUCAUGCUUAUUUAUACACAAGUGUUAAUUUUUCUGAGUUAAGUUUUAAUUUGUUAUUUGACACCAAAAUAGAGAUGACAAAGCUGAUAGUACUUUAUUGACAAACUCCUGCGGUGUUGAGUUUGGGAUUGGCAGCGUAUGAGGGACAGCAAGAGAAAAAUUAACAAACAUAGACACAAGAGCCAUUGACCUUUUCAUAUCUGUGAGUAUCUGCUUCAGAUGAACACAAAAAAACUGUUCUGCUGCGAGCUGUACCAACCUGAGGGAUCUUUGAUGCUUUUUCACUGAGUAAUGUUUGUGAUUUGGUUUGUAAAGAGGAGCAGAUCACUGUAGGGGCCUUGGCACCAAAAUACUGUCACCAUUAAAGUAUCUCAGAUUCCUUCAAGGUGGUGUUUGGGCCUCACUGCUAAUGCACUGUCCUUAAUGAUGUAGAGUUAAUGACCAAUAUGACAUGUGGAAACAAACCAGGCCAUCAGUGACACGAUAAUAACUAUAACAAUAGUAAUGAUUUCCAUAUCUACUGGAAGUUAUCUUUAUUGCCUGUAACCUCUACAUUCGGCAGAGUCAGCCUUUUAGUUAUUUUCCACCACAAAGAAAACUCACAUAUAUACAGGACAAGAUCUGCAGAUUGGUAGAGGGUUCUUGUUGGUCCAUAGGGGUUGCUGAAAUCAAUACAAACUAUUGGAGUAUCUUUAAACUUUAUUCAUAACAUAUAUUAUCUUUUAAACUGCUAGGCAUUUCAGAUGUAGCGUGCUUCGCUCCGUGUUCUGCAAACACUACUGAUGGCGUUGUAAACCACAGAGCUGGAGCUUACAUGUGUGUCCCUGUGUUUUGGAGGCAGAUUGCAGCAGCUGAUAAUAUUUGGCUGGCGUUGGUUGGAGACAAAAUGAUGAAAUUUAUUGCUCCUCCGGGGAACAAUCAACCUUCUCAAAAGUGCGUUCUGAUAUGGCGCUUGGAACUCUGCUUGACUUUGCUUGCCUUUUUCACCUGCUGCGUUGAGGCUGAUGAUCCACCAUCUGUAAUCCUUUGCCUGUCUCCGCAGUGUGACACAGUGUAAACACCGUAGUUUAGGAUGGAUUCCCACAUGCUGCACAGCUUGUGUUUGCUGAGAGGAUAGUUAGUCGUCUUUUUUUUUUUCUUUUGGCUGCCAGUCCCAGUCCACUCCUCUGAGUGUCAGGGCUCUGGAGCCACAGAGCCAACACUCAUCCAAACGCCAGUUUAAUCUUUAUUAUAAGCAGAGGGCUGGAUUUAAGUCUGCAGAGGAACACGCACUCGGCUCUUUCAAGAAACGCUUGUGUCAGUGACUGCUGAUGUGACGGUAAUAUGCUGCAUGAGGCACUUCAAAAUGACUGUGAUCUAAUACCUAUCCCUUUUUUGAGACACAUGCUAAAUGUGAGCUGAACAUUUAUCUGAACAAUAGCAAAGGCAUUUUAAAGUCAGCUGGAAACUAAGAAAGUCAUUAAAAUGAAACUGUCUAUCUUCUGCUGAGGAUCCUGAGAAAGUGGACUCUGACUUCCCUUUCAUCACACACCACAAGAAGUAUUUCUUCUAUUACAGCCUCGAAGCAUAACCACCUUGAAUCUGUAUCUGUAUGAUGGGAUUUUGAUUGUAAUGGAAUAAAAAUGCCCAAAGAUACCAGUUAAUGUAGCCAUGCCUGAGCCGCAAACUUAAUUUUCAAAGCAUAUUUCAAACUGGAAGCAGUAGCAACAUCAAAUAGGUGCAGCUCUCUUUCAUGUUGGAGAUACCUUUCUCUGACAGAAAGCUUGUACUAAUUUAAGCGAGUUCUUCUAGCUGACAUAUUCAUAAUAAUUAUAAAAUAACGAGAAGGGCUUUUAGCUGCUUUUUCACAGAGCGGGAGUCUGUUACUAUUUCCGGCAACCUUUUCCCCGUAGAAAAGCUGAUUAUUUGACAAACAUCACUGAUAAACAGAUACUAAACACAGAUACAGAGAGAAACAAAACAAAGAAGAAAAAAAACAGACCCCUCACACACAGGGGUCAUUACAGAUGUCUUAUCUGCAGUAGUGAAACAUCACCUACUCAUCCUGGGUGCUCUGGUUAUGACAUGUCCUCAUUAAACAGGCUAAUGGCUGCUGGCAGAAGAGACUCCUGAACUGAGGAACAUCUGGGCGUUAGCAGCUGGCCACAGAGAGGAGGACCACAUCACAUCGAAUUUCUAUUUACCUAAUUUACGACAAAUUACUCAGCGCUGAGACAUUUUAUUUGGGAUGCCACAGCAUGAAAUUUGAGCCAGUUAUGAAAAAGUUUUUAGGAAUUAUCUUUGCCAGAACAAUGAAUAAUCUCGUUAAUGAACCAAUUUAAAACAGAAUGACUAUGACUAUAAAUGUAUUCUACCUCCAUACAUGUAUUUUAAAACCCUCUCUAUCCACCGAGCUGCAGUGUUUAUGACUUCAACAGACUCGCUCUUAGAUAACAAAGAUUGAGCUGAUGCCAAGAGACACCACUGUUGUGAAAUAUACAUAUAAGAACAAAACACAUUACUGCAACACUUCAGGGUCUCAGAGAUAAUAUCACUCCUUCAUAUGCUUAUCUGCAGGUGGUUUCAAAGCCUGUGUCUCAUUACAGACAUAUGAAUAAAAGUACAGCACGCUCUGCAGUCGAUUCCAAAGGACACUCUUGUAUUGCGUUACAGUUUGUGUCUCUGUCCUCGUCCUGUCCUCUGUAAUGACCUCCACUGUCGCUCCUCUGACUAAGGCUGUAAUCGAGAGUUAUUCAUCAGUUUGCUGAGGUUGUUGUGCUCUGGGGCAAUGUCAUUUGUGAAUUAUUUUUAGCACUAAAUGUAUUGAGAUCUGUGUUGGAAGAAGCAUGUAGGUCCUUGACAACAAUGUCGCAAUACUCAUUUGCAAGUAAGAGUCCUUGUGGAUACAGGUUUUGCACGUUUUAAAUCAACAGUUAUUGAUGUUGACCCCCAUAAAAUAUUUGGUGUUAGCUGCUGAAGGAGAAGACUGAGCUGACAUAACAAACUCUACAGACAUUAAUGUGUCUGCCAGAUAGUGUUUAGCAUUUUUGGUUAAUUAUGUCAAACUGAAAUUCAAAAAUAUAGAAAUUCACAAUAUAUGGGGGUGAAUUAAAGAAUACUCAAAGAUCAUUGACCUGAUUAGGUGAUAAUGUGUGUGUUUUACCUCCCAAAGUAUAUCAGUUAUACCCAAACAUCAGUUGCAACUUAAAAAUAACCAUCUAAGUAAUGUUUACAGAUGGUUUAAAAAACAAAUAUUAACCAUUUACAAAGUGCUUCUGACACACAUUUUAAUCUAGAUGUUUUACAACCUAUUUAAACCCUAUAUAAACCUUUAAUAAAUAGUUUAUUAAUAAUUAAUGAAAAUUAUUAAUCAUAAUUUUAUUGCUUGUUAAUAGUAAAGUAACUAUUAACUUACAUUAAUAAACUAUCUAUUUACCAUUUAUAAUUGGUCUAUAUGCUGUUUUUAAAUGAUGAUUAAACAUUUAUAAACUAUCUAUUUACCAUUUAUAAAUUAUGGUUAUUGUAAGGUGUUACUGCCUAGUUUCUGUUCUGGUCCUCUGACUGGUUCCUAGGAUCCCAUGUGUGCAGUACAGUUGUGACAAGUGCCUCACACAACCACAAUUCAGGAAAAAAACUAUAAGCUUUUGGAAAAGGAGUGUACUUAGGAGUAAUAUUUUACCAAAGUGACAUAAAUUGGGUGUAUUGAAACUCAAUGAAACAACCCAAAUCUUGAUUUUUAAUCAGCACCCCAGUAGAUGCACUUGUUUGAGAUCUCUGUAUAAAAUCCUAUCCUGAUCGUCUAAUGUUGUCCUACUUAUUUAUGAACUCUACCUGAUGUAAGCGCCUACUAAAUUUUCUAAUGUUGUCACCAAAAAUGAAGGAUUGCAAUUCAACAGCCUCUGCUGCACCUUUUCCUGUAUUUUCCUCUCCUUCUGACUAAUAGCGAUGGCCAGGAUGCUGGAGAAUUUGCAUUCCCUGUGCAAUCAAACUGCCCUGCUGCUGAAUGUCUGGCUGCUUUCGUGUCUACGAGGAAACGUCUGAUUAAUUGCAUGCUGCUAAAGAGCUGCACUCAGCAGUCAGGCACACAGGCUCAUUAACAGAGAGUGGAAGAGGGAGAGAGAGGGAAAGAGAGAGGCAUAAAGCAGCUGUUCCACCCUGUGAACACCUGACUGCACCUUCACUCACAGAUGGACACGUAUCAAUAGGCCCUGACCCCCCCUCUGUGCGUAAACAAUGUUUUCCUUCCAAGCUGUAUUAAAAGCGACCGGGGCAGAGAUUUAUCAAUCAGCUCUUCUUCUGCAGAGCUGUUUUCCUGUCUGUUCAAGGACUCCAUUAUGCCUCACAUAGAGGGAGAACAUAGAGGGAGCAGAGGAGAGCGUGACUGGGAUUCACAUGUAACAGAAUCACAAAGUAGGGACUGAAAGGUGUGUUUUUGUAAGAUGGCUUUCAAAGGAUUUUCAAGCACAUAGAGAUGCAGAUGAGAAAGAACAGUGCUGCCAUUUGGAAUAAAAAUCUCCAAGGUUAGAUGGGACUUUGUUAAAUUUAUUAAACUUUAAAAUGGAGCUGUGCCUUUCAACUUUUUUUUUUUUUGUCUGUGUUAACUCAUCUCUGUGUUUCUGAGAAUCUGCUCUGACUCUGUUUUGAAUGAAUUUGUGAUCCUCCGUGGGAUUGUGAUUGCCUUUGGAUUUAUAGCUGGGUAUGGAGUUUGGAAAGGCAGUUUAAAUGCCUGGAGUGUGUGCAUGCGUGUGUGUGUGUGUGUGUGUGUGUGUGUGUGUGUGUGUGUGUGUGUGUGUGUGUGUGUGUGUGUGUGUGUGUGUGUGUGUGUGUGUGUGGUGCAGUGAUAUCAUUGGUUAAAAACUACAAAGAGCAAUGUGCAUUCAAUGAGAAGAUACAGCUGAGGCGUUUACUGUCUCUGAAUUUUUCUGCAUGAACCAAACCUCCACUGUUUUCAAGCCCUCACACAGCUCUGCCAAACGCCCAAAAUGGCACCAAUUGAUCCGUGCACAUCCACGCAUGCAGAGGCAGUGCAGCUUAAAAACAGCGUCAAAUGUGUUAACUGCAGAGUUUUAGCUCCACACCGCAGUAUCCAUCCCAUAGCACCUACAAAAACCAUGUUUCAUUUCCUGGAGGGUGUCUUUUUUCUUUUUCUCUUAACUUGAGAAGAAAAAUCUUCAGAAUGUGAUUUUAUUUUAUUUCCUCAGCCUGGAUAAAAACAUAGAGUUUGAUAAAACCAGUCACUUCCCGUGGAUGUUUCUAUUUUGAAACACCAAGCCUAUCUUCUUCACUGAACAUCUUGGCAGACGGGCUGGUAACACAGAGACUCCAACACACAACAGCAGCUUUCGUAGACCACAUUACAUAAUUUUAAGUGGUUGCAUCACUUUGUAAAUCUUUGCUCUUUGCUCUAAAAAGGAAACUGCAGAGCUUGGUCUCAUUAUGAAAUAUCUACCGUGGGCAUCUCUGUACAACUGGCUCAAUAUAUGUUGACAAAACCAUUACUGUAUAAUGCUAAUGUGCAGAAAUGUUAAACUGAGGAUCACAGAAAAUAUAUGUUCGGAAAAUUACUUGCUUGCUUGCGAAUACUACCCGAGUGUAUCUAGUGAAUAAAAAAGGGCUUAAAUUGCAAAGAUCGUUAUUUCAGGACCUUGGACAGCUCCUCCCCUGUUCACAGCUUUCCUUUACUUCUGGACUUAACGCUGUACUGUUCAUUUAUUAAACAUCCCUCAUGACUUUUCUUUUCUGAUUUUAUUCUUUAAUUGAAGUUUAGACUUGAGUAAUGAGUAAAGGAACAUAAAUGAGAGUAAUGGUUUGAUGAGUUUGAUGAGUUUGAAUAUGAUGUGAGUCAUGCGCUGCCCUGCAGAUCGCAGGUCAUCACCAUAACGCCAUUAUCUGGGUCCUUUGAAAAGGGAAUAUCUUAUAGAAAAUGAUGUUCAUCCCUUCAUUAUGUAGUCAUAACAGCUCGUGGCUCCCAACAUGUGAUGUAACUGAAUCACAGUGUUUUAUCGGAUGUAAAACAGAAAAUCAAACUUUAAAAAAAGAGACGCUGUAAUAGAAGACUAGAUUUUACAAGUUAUAACAAUUGACACUGGCUCUGUUAGUCUGGAGUCUAGGUUUUCUGCUUAGAGAAAUAAUACCUCAUUAUAAACACACAUUAAUUGUAUCAUCAGCGUGGAUGCUAGAGUGUAGUACUGUACCCGCAGAGUAGUAGUGAGAGGUGUCAGCUGUUAUUGCCUGCGCUGCACACCUGUGCGAAUGUGACUAGAUGAUUACCAGCUGUGAAUGAGCCAAUGACAGUGAAGUAUAUGUGAAAUGACAUCAGGAGAUACAAGUGUGACCUUCCAGCUCUGGAUGAACUUACACUAUAUUCAUUAGAGACACAGGAAACAGGAAAAUGAAACACCUGACAAACAAAGGGACCUUAUCAAAGUGAUGAAAAAUACACAACGUUUACCUACGAACCAUACUCUAUGAAUAAAUGGCCAAACUUUAUGUAUAUCAUCUGUCUGCCAAGACACUAUACCCAAAGUUGCCCCAUUACAUAGCCAGCAGUUUGUGAAUGCACAUAAAUGACACAGGUUAAUACUAACAAUCACCUUCUCUGUAUCUUCUGUGAAUGCCACAAUUAUCAUUAAAAUACUGAAAUCAGAAAUCAGUUCAACUUAUUGCAAUCAGACAUUGCAUUCAUAUUCAUAUUCAGUAUAAUAGAGUAUACAUACCACAGAUAUUUAUGUAUCAGUACCGUUGUACGCACUCCACCACUUGCGCAGUAACAUUGUACGCAUUCAGCGGGAGAAUCGCAGAGAGUCGCUGUGAUAACGCUCGGCUCAAACAGCGUAUCCCCUGGGUGAGCUACGCAAUCCUUGUACGUCCAUAGGCUGUAUCAGGUGUCAAUCAUAGAAAACACGAACCCUCUAAUAACUUUUAAAAAUGGAGCUGUACAGAAAAAAGAGGACUAGAGCACAAACCAGUCUUACAAUAACAACAUGUCAACAUCGCAAGCAGCGGGGUAAAAAAAUGUAUGUUCGGUGUAAUUAAUUUCUAAAGUUUGUCCACAGCUCCAUAAGCUUUGCUGGCAGAGGUGGGAUUUAUGAAUCCCAUAUAUACAGUCUUUGUGCCAGACAGACAAACUCAGUGCCCUCUUUUCAACCUCUUCUUAAAACUCAUUUCUGUUAUUUGGUUUUCUCUCUAUUAUGUGCUUUGCUAUAUGUGUGUCUGUAGCCUUAAAUUAUUUUGUAAGUAAUGGAUUUUACAUAUUUGUAAUCUGUUGUAAUUGGUUAUUUGUUUGUAAAACUUAUUCGUUAGUUUCUUUGGCUUUCUUUAACUACACAUAUUAACUGCUUUGUUUUUAUCUUAUAAUUAACUAUUUCUAAUUGUUGACCUUGAUGUAACUUGUUUUUGAAAAGUACUUCAUAAAUAAAUAUUAUAUUUAUCAUUAUUAAUAUUCAUUCAUUAGAUAAUCAUUGAUAUGAAUAGCAGCAUCCAUGUAUUCUCUAGGCUGUGUACAGUUCGCAAAAAGAAAGCUAUGAUUUUUUUUUCUUUUUAAGAGACCGGCAUGCCAUGAGUGCUACUGCCUCCAGUUACAGAGCUCUGCUUUCACCUAACAUGACCUCUAGAGGACAGAGAGAGAAGGAGAGCAAGGGGGUGAAAACCAUGAUUUUCUAAGAUGAGUAGCAGUGUAUACGACUGUAGCUGUGUGGUGCUGCUUCCACUAUAAUCUGAGGCAACAGUUAAAUUUAUGUUUUACUGCAAAGGAGGAAACAGCAAUCACCAGUGUAUGACAACCAGCUUUUGUCACUAGUAUUAUAAUUAGAAAUCAAUGCAUAUCUCCUUGCCUCCUUGUCCAUGAUGAUACCACAUCAUAAAAAUAGAGCCAAGAGACAGGGUAAAGUGAAUCAUUGAUUGUCCAAUCAUGAAAACCACACGGUGUGAUUCUACUUAUCUCCUUAUUUUCACCUCUCUAUGCUCAAGGAGAAGACAGGAGCAAAAUGUUUAUUACAGCUAAAGCACAGAUUUUCCGCUCAGCUCAACAUUGUUGUCUCGGCUGUUUGCUGAAGAAGAAACAGCCAAAUCUUGGAGUAAAUAGCAACGAAAAUGAAGCUGUACAGAGACAAGGAAUGAGGGAAGGAACAGAGGAGUCAGCAAAGCCUUUGUGUCUCUCCUGCGUCACAAACAGCAAACGGCACAGAGGGCCGAGCUCUGUCAGACAUGCUGUCAGAUUCACCAAAUGUUUUUUACUCCACAAAUCCAGUGCCUCCUCCCCUCCUUUUUUUUCCUCUGUAACAUCCAGCUUGUCCUUUCUAAUCCACUCUAACCUUACCACUUUACAUGGCUGAAUAAGACACAAGGUGACUUAUAGUGUGGUCGUCUGUUUCACAGGCUCGACGCUGUUCGUGUCUCCAGUCCUGUGUCUCUGUUGCUCAAAUGUCUCUCAUCUAUUUCAGGACACUUGCUUUCAGGAUAACACAAGGCCAUUACAGCAGCAGUCUUUUUGCAUUAUGAAAGAGAUUGAUGUGAUGUGCGCUUUCCUGCAUGCCCAGGAGAAAACGCCAUUUUUAUUUGCUUAAGAGAAGGGAGGGUGCCUUUGAAAGAAAACAGGCAGUGAUGGGAGAGAGCCAGCCUGCUCUUUUUCUUUGUAUGGAGUCUGAGCACAGACAGUGUUGUAUUAUACUCGUGUCUUUAUGCAUUUAUGUGGAUAUCAGAACCAUCAGAGUGCUACCAAAGUUAACAGAUUAUUCCAUGAAAUGUGAAUCAAAAAGCUAAAAAGGUAACAUGGAGAGAAAUUCCUAUCCAUCUGUUGCUAACUUUGCAGCUGUCAUUGGAUAAGAAAUAAUCUGUUUGAUUGGCUCUGAUCGGGGAUUUGGCAGGAGUGGGUGGUGUGGGGGUGCAGGGCUCUUUACAGUUCAGCUCAUUUGGAGCAGAGAGCUGUUAUCUGCAUCAGUCUGCAUCAGUAGUAGGCGUUGUUAGGCUAAUUGUACUCAAAAGUGUCCUUUUAUUGUCAUUUGGCAUCUUCAAUCCUUUUUAUUUCCCUGUCUUUGAAAGCACUGCCCACUAAAAACAGUCCCCCUUUGUGGAGCCACGUAUAAGAUUUUUGUUGAGAUUUCUCUGAAACCAGUUCAGCGUCUUUGUCAGCCCAAGCCUCCUUUGGUGUUGUGCUCAGCUUUGGGCAUCCCAUGACAACGGUGCGGUUCAGAUGCCUGCAAGAGAAUUUUAAAGAGGUCACCUUCUCCAGAGAGGGGGAGGGAUGACUGAGUCACAGUUGAGACUGCACACCACGCUCGGUCGUCAUGUGAGCCGCUGCCCAAGACAGAGAUGAAGAAACACAGGGCCAGGUGCCAGCAGAGCCUCAGUCCGCCUCUUUGUUCCAACUCUGCCUGUCACAGUGGAGAGAAAUCUCUGGGUAAACGCAUUAUUCUGCUUUUGAUCAAAUAUCUUUCCCUCAGGAUUAAAAAAUCUUGGCUUUGGUAAAUAUUACCCAGUUUUUAGUCAAACAUUUACUAAAGAAAAAGAUUUGAAACACACAACUAUCAUUUUGGAGAUGUUUUCUUAAAGCUUUACAGUGAGCUGUAUUUUCUUCGGUAUUACAGUCAAGAUGGGAAACCCAAAUGUGGUUUUAAUAUUGUACUGCUAUUUUUCCAGGUUUCAAGUCUUUCAACCUGCGAGACAACCUGUCAAAAUGCUAACAUCUAGCAGCUUCUCAUUUGUCAGCAUUUGUGUAGACAAUGAAUAGAAAUAUCCAGGGCUACAUUUCAAGAAAAAAAUAAAAGCUGCAGCUCCUGAAUUAGGAUACAGCUUUAGCUGGAGCACCGCGGUCAGAACAUCUUUGAUAUCUUAAACUAAAUCACAGAAUUUAGCAUCCAUAUUUACCCUUUUUCUAGCUAACAGAAGCUACGGCUAAUGAAUCUCAUCAGCAAGGAAUUUCAUGCCUUUCCCUUUGUAUCUUUGACAUAAGUUAAGUUGCUUGUUAUACAUGCUACACACACACAGGCUGAAUUUCAUGCAAAAACACACAUGCACAAACAGGGCAGCCAUGGAUAUGUGUCCGGCUGCCCUCGUUGGAGUGCUGCCAUGAGCCAUUGAAGGGGUACAGUGCCUUGCUCAAGGGCACCUCAACAGUGCUCAGAAAAUGAUCUGGCACAUCUCCAGCUACCAGGCCAGAGUCUAGAUAUGGUCUGGCCAGAACUUGAACUAGUGACCCUCCAUCUUCAGCCAAAGUCCUCCAGCCUGAGCUACUUCAACUCAGUGGUUGAAUGCUAACAUUUGCUUUUACUGAACCUUAUGGGCCAUGAAAUAGCCUAUGAUGUUUAAACUUAAAAUAUGACCUGAUUUCACUCCUGACAUUGAAUGUAUUUUUUAAAAGUUCUGUUUUUGUUGUGACAGCUUCCUAUUGUCUGUUAACAAAACAUACGUUACUACAUUUCUGCCUGUUGUGAGCUUUGAAGCCAGAGACACUUCCACAGAUGUCAGAAUUCUGGUUUGGUGAAGGCAUGUGCAGAAGCAACUUGGUGGGAAGUGUCACAUGGCUGGCAUCAGUCUCAUGUUGCUCACCAAAACAUACAGUAACCUUACCAAUAAAACUUCGAAAAUCAUUUUUUUAUGCUUGAAUUGAUUUUAAAAUCUGACCAUUGCUCUAUCUGUUAGAAUGGUGGAGGCAAUGUUUAUGACCUUCACUGUCAUCAGCCACCAGAUGGCGCUCUAAAUCAUUUGGCUUCAUGGUCAGUGGACACUCAUGGAACUGUCUCUGCCUUUCACCUUGAGUGUGACAUGAAAAUAAAUGGGUUAAAACUUUUUGCUGUUCAGAACUGAACCCUUAUCCCAACAGGUCUAUACUUUGUAAAAUGAAUCAUCUGAGCUGCAGAGGAUUUCGGAUCACACAAGUACAGUACAUACUGAUCUGCUAGGCAGCACUGUGUGGGCUUCUUAGCUAAUACAUUGAAGAGAAUCCCACAUACAAGUACACUUGCUGCUCCUCGCAGUUUGCUGUGACUUUCAUUGUCCUCAUAGGUAUUUCUUUGGGUGCAUUUUGUCGACAAACGUCAAAGCAGAGUGUGCAGAAUAACACUGUGUUGGUGGACUAGAGCAAAAAGCAGUACAGAUAGUGUCAGUGUGUCAGUUUGAUGAAGCAUUUCGCCACCAUGUUACAUCUGACUCUGAAAGCGUUCCCUUCCUCCUGGCCUUGCUUUGCAUGAUUUAAACUAUUAAACUGUUGUCAGCGAGUUGCAGGCCUGGUUUUUGUCAGCACUCAUCUCUUUAGGAGACAUGUUGUCCUCUGUUCUUUCUCUUUGAGAGGCAGCCACCAAAUCUGAUUUUAGUUGUGAGUUGAUGAAAGGACAAGCUGUCUGGUUGAGAGCUGGUGCAGAAUAAACCGCAGAGGAAUCAGAUGCUGCAAUAACUCAAAGCUUUUCUUCCCUUUUGUUCCUUUUUCUGAAGGAUACUAGUGUGUGUUUAAGUUGUCUGCGUGUGUGUGUGUGUUUCCUCUCCGUGUGGCCUACUUUUCACUUCAAGUUUGCUUCAUUUACUUUAAUCUCAAACAUUACACUUAAUUUAAAAGGUGAGACACUCCAUUUCCAGUGAGUUCAUUUCUUCUUUUUUCUUUCUUUUAUAGUUCAGUUGUUUCUUUUGCAGAGCCAGGUGGAAGUUUUAGGUGCUAAAUCCAAUCCUCACAAUGAGCUCUGGACUUUCUUUUUCAAGGCAGGUGUGCUGAACUCUUGACAGUCUUUUGCUGCUGCAGUUUUUACUUGUCUUCACUCUUUCAUCCUACUAACAAAGGAAAAAAAAAUCUUUUACGAUGAAGUGAUUGAUUCCCUAACUACAGAUUUUUAUAAACAAAAGUGUGUGAUUUUGGGGAAUGUUUGUUUGGGGUUGCAAUGUAUGUCAUGGAGGGACAGUGAGUCAUAUCACUUUAAAGCAUUGACCCAACAGUUUUAUUAGAUUACACGUAACUCUAUAUAUAUAUAUAUAUAUAUAUAUAUAUAUAUAUAUAUAUAUAUAUAUAUAUAUAUAUAUAUAUAUAUAUAUAUAUAUAUAUAUAUAUAUAUAUAUAUAUAUAUAUAUAUAUAUAUAUAUAUAUAUAUAUAUAUAUAUAUAUAUAUGUAUAAGAACAACAUCUCCAUAUUUUCUAUCAUUGUGAAGUACGAGGCCAAGAGUUCACCUACAGAUGCUGUCAUAUCCUAUGGGUGGAGCCAAGGCAUGAAAACAGUAAAACUGAUGUGAUAAAACAAACCAAAAUCGGUAUUAAAUUUUAUGGAACUUCAUUAAAGCCUUCACAGGUUGGUAAGGUUGGAACAGAUUCUUGUGUUUAUCUAAAGCUCACACAGUUCAGUGACGCUUGAGCAAGUGUUGCUAACUCUCAUUUAUCAACAGAGCUGUCAAUCAUGAUGUCACAUCUUGUCUUUUUAAAGUUAAAUUGUUUUUUGAAACUAAACUUCUCAGAAAAGAAUAGCACAUGUACUUAAAUCAGCAUUAUAAGAAGGAACUAUAAUGAUAGAAAUCAUGUUUGAGAAAAAUUUGUUUGACCUGUACUUAGUAGUUUUAUAAUCUGACCAUUGCUCCAUCUGUUAGAAAGGGGGAAGCAGGGUUUCUGACCUAAACAGCGGCUAGUCAGCAGAGGAAGCUCUAAAUCUUUUGGCCUCAUGAUUAGUGGAAACUCAUGGGAACUGUUUAAAGUUUACAGUCUAGUGUUCGAUUAGAAAAUAGUAAAAGUUGCGCAUGUACCAGAAAGAAAUCGCAAAGAAAAAAAUAAGAUAGCAGGCUCUAUCCACAGGAGGUGCUGAAAUCAGUACAAUCUAGCAUUUUUCACAGACGCUUGUGUACAUAAAACAGACUUGAGACAUUUAUUUGGAUGAUGAAUAGCAAUGCUGGAAAAAAAUACACUGUCCUUCUCCUUUUUUUAAACCUUAUGACAGAAAACUUAUACAGCUGUGAGAGAAGGACUGAUAAGAAAUAUCAGAUUUUUGCAUAAUGCAGGGAGAGUCAACUAGCUAAAGACACCUCUCCUGAUUAGUGGAUAAACUUAAAGCAUGUGAACUGACUCAAGUGUUUGUUCUCAUCAGUGAAUUCAAAACCUCUGCAUUAUUCAGCACAGCAAAUAAUGUCUGAGGAGAAAAUACAGGGUAAACAGAGUGCCUGGUAUUUACCUUUGUUGCACUGUUUCAAGGACUCCUGAGAUGCAUGAACAGAUUGAAAAGUAAGAGUUUGCACCCAAGAAAAGCCUCAAACAUUUAUUGGAAGUUUACGUGAAGGUAAUUUUUCAUUUUGGGUUGAAAUGAUUAGAUUUUGGAAAAGAUAGAUGAUUGUUGAUAGUUCUAGGGUUUUCUCCGCCUGCAGCAAAUUGAGAAGGUGGCACUGUAAGUCUAAUCAUCUGUUUUGUUGGUGGUAGAAGAGAGAGAAAAGAAGCAAAGCCGCGCUCUGAUUAUAAGGCUAGAAAACUGAAAGAAAACAGUUCCUCUCAAAAGUGUCCUUGGAAAUCAUUAAGGCGCAUGACUGUAGUGAGUGCAUUUGAGUGGAAUGAACUCAUUUAAACCGGUGUCCCUCGAGCCAGUUUAAUAUAAAUAAUGUGGCUAGAAGUAUCCAGAAGUGAUGUACACAGAAAAGCUCACCUGUAUGCAUAGCACGUCACACUAUUAAGCAGAUGGGCCACAGCUGCAGCAGACGACACGGCCUGACCAUUCUCCUCUGACCUCUGCCAUCAUCAAAGUACUCACCAGAAAAACUUCCACUCACUGGAUGUUUCCUCUAUUCCAGCCCCCCCUCUGCAAACACCUGAGGUUGAGAUAAAGAAGCUGUUGAACUUUAUUAGAUGCUCCUGACUAAGUGGAUGAGAAACAGUGACAGUGAUGACCUGCAGAAAACACUGACCAUAGAAACAAACAUUUAUGUUCAUUCAGUAAAGUUAUAUAAAGAAGAUAACUCCAAGUUUUUAUCAGAUUUUUGCCUUUAUUUUGGUAGAAAAGCUUGAGAGAUACAUGUAGCGCCUGCUCUACCAACUGAACCGGUGCCCCUCGGCUUCAAGUUUGAAGUAAAGCUGAAACCCAGUCUGACAGUCUGAGGUGUCUUCUGUCUACCUUUAGUUCUGUUCAUGACCUACUUGCAUUGAAAAAAAAACAAAAAGGUCUAAAAUUCCCUGCGCACAUUAUGCAAGCUCAACUCUGAAUGGGACAGCACCUACCUAGAGGCCUAUUUAUCAUCUUGGCGGGGAUGGCUGACGGGCCUGAGGCAGAUGGAGAACUUCAGAAUCGAGUAGUUUAUAAAACCGUCAAACUUUAGUCACGUCUAGUUUGUGGUACAAGAAGAAAGUAUGAUAAAAUCAUGAGACUUCAACAUUCUGCCAAACAAUCUGAAUCAUGAGUACAAAGAACCAGAAUUACAACUAACACUGUCAUAACAGUGUAAAUGUGACUCAAUCCAGAGGAGAUAAAGUAACAAUGGUUACAUGAAAGUCAUCUCCAGGCAAACGUAUUCACCACUUCUCAGAAUGGAGAAAACUAUUGAGAAGUGGAGCCUUGGUUUUGGGCUUAUUCAGCUGAUUCUGAGUCAUGUAACAGUGUAUUCAUUUGUGCAGGUUGCUGAGUCAAAAACACCUGAUUUGACAAUGAGACCAACUUGACAGAAAAAGAGAAGAAAUGUUAGGAUUCCAGUAAAAGAGAAAAUUGAUUAGUUCUUUACACAUUUGGUGGGGGAGUUUCGAUCACAGACGUAAUGACAGACAACUAUUUUAAGGGCUCCUUCUGCUUUCUGUUAAAUAUAGCUAACAUCUUUAUACCAUGAAUGCUAAAACAGACCUGAGGAAAAACUAAACAAAGGCUCCGUCAGUCUUUCUGUCAUAAAUUGCUUUGACUGGGUUUGACCAGGUGAAAAAUUAUGGAUUAAGUCAUCUCCUGACCAAAAGUUUGUAUUACUGUUGGUGGUCUAAACCUGUGUUAGUUUUGGACUCCAAUACCUGUGUAUUAGCACAUUAGCUACCCAUGUAGCAAACAUUAGCAUUUAUUUAUAGUCAAGGGCCACUCUGAAUACACAGGUGUUGACUGUAAGCGUCUUUAUUAAAAUAAAAAAAUAUUGAUUUUGUGCCAAAAAUAAGCAAAUGAUAAUUCUGUUAGUUCAUCGCUGAGGUCUUUUAUGCCCUUUUACCUUGUAAAACAGAAGAGAGAUGAAUCUGCAGCUGCAGACUAAGAACUGGCUCAAGAGCAACUCUCUAAGAGAUUAUUAGGCUCUUUUAAAAAACUGAAAUUUCAUGAUAUUUUAGAAAUUCAAACACAAUGUUAGUUCUUUAUGUCUCUGGGUUAUGAAUCAACUUGUAGAAAAAAUAUCAAAAUGAAAGUAUAGCAAACUAUCUUUUUGUGGGGGAAACUCUACAGAAGUUUCAGUUUCACAUCCAGUGAUGUGGAUUAAUAAAACUAGAGUGAGUUUAUUGUGGUUAUUUAUAAAAACUUUGGACAUGUAAUAUUUAUCAACAAUUCGCGCCCCUCCACCCAUACCUUGCCUUUUCUCUGUUUAACUUAGUGUGUUAUUUUAAAUUCCAAGUUUUACAAUAACAGCGCAAAAAUAUCAUUAUCGUGAUAUUUCAUGGCCACAAUAAUAAUAAGGGGGAAAUCUGAUGUUGUUUCAGUCCUGAUACAUGAUAAAUGCACUGCAUGUCAUAUACUGGUCUGUUUUGGUGUUCACCACCCACAAGCUGUUAUAGUUUCUAUCUUUGCUGAAAAUCUACUUUCUGUUUCCUGACACAUUAAAAUGUACUGAAAAAGUCGGACUGUGAAAUAUUUUGACCAGUUGUGGAUAUUUUUCUUUAAGAUGAAGUUUCUUUAUUUUCCUGAAAACUGCAGUUGACCUCAUGAUACAACACUUCAAUAAUUCAUGUCUUCUCUAAUAUUGCUGCCGCUCCUUUUAAUAUAUUGAGUUUAAGAGAAAGGAAAUGGGUUUUUUCUUUGCUGAAUGUGUAUCCUUAUGUUCCCGAUUUUAAAUAUGUAUUAUUUUUUAGGACAGCACUGAAUAAUUGACUCUGUAAAAUGCCCUUGAUGCUUGUCCUGCCUGCUGGCUGUUGUAAAACCCACCAUCUGUUUACAAAGUCAACCAAAACUUUUGGACCAAAAGGCAUCAUCAUUUGUGCUCUGACCGAUCAAUCACACCAGUGUUAAUAUUCACCAGGAGAUUUUGGAUGCUCUUUGACAUUCAAAUUUGACGUUUUCUCUCUUGUUAUUGAAGUUAGAGUACACUAAAUGUCACAUUGAGAUAAUUCCUUUAGUUCAGGACUUUCAAAGUGGGGCCUUUUUUUUUCUCAAAAUAUUUCAAAUUGUACGCGCCCUGAAUAGCUUAACAUUGACAAGCCCAUAAAAAUGUUUAAAUCCCAAAUAUCCAGCUUAGUUUAGUGACAGAAAAGAAACGAAAAUAAAACUCUCAAGGGAAUCGUUUGUAAAUCCCCCCAAAUCCUUUUUCUUAAGCAGCUACUAACAUGUCUCUAAAUGUCAUGCAUAUCCCUGCUUAUGAUGUUCAGUAUUAUGUGUCAGGAUACUGGGAGGAGAACUGACACUCAGCUGCUGCCUUUUCAUUUCCCCUCUGAGACCCGCUCGGCUGAGUUCUUGUUUUGAUAUCCUCCAGCUGAUAAAAAAAGGGAAAAACAAAACAAAACAUGUGUCUGCCUGUUUGACCUGAUAAAGUCUGUGUGAUGACAGAGCUGAAUCCAGUCUGAGGUCAGCUCAGCAGCUUCUUAUCUCCAACCACACUCCUCAUAAUGCACUCUGACAGGACUGUCUCCUUUAGAAAUCCUUAACCUCCCUGUGUAUCAGACAUGCGGACACACACUCCUCCCUUUAGACUCCUGAGUGGCUGGUGUGUUGGCGCCCAGCGAGAGCCACUUGUCUUUGAAGGCUGUACCUGAUCUGAGUACUGUCAGCCGAGCGCCUCGCUGUGAAGGUCAGCAGCAGGGGAAUGGAGGGCAGACGUGUCAGCUGAGUCUCUGUGCUCUGAAUACUUAAGUGACGGUCACCAGUGAAUUGUUCAGCUGUUUUGGGGCAGCUGGCUCUUUUGUUCUGGAUGGACGAUCCUUUAAAAACAUUUCUGAUUAACUGCUGCACAAUUGUCAAAAGUAUGGGUCAGUGAAGCUUGACACUGAAGAGUCGGUUUUUUGGUCUCAAUUAUUUACACAAGAAUAAAAAAGACCAUUCUGUAACAGCCCUGCUAGUGGUCUCAUGGUAGGUUUGAUACCAGCUUACAGAUAAGUCUUACUUUAAUUUAUUACUCAGAUAUACACGUUUAUAACCAGUGUAUGUUACUUAAACUUAUCUGUUUUAUUGUAAUGUUUUCCCCAGGACCCUUAAAUUUUACAUGGCAAAAGAACUGCUGCCUACAGAUCAAGAGUCUUCUAUGGCUCUUUUAGGAAAUGUCUGAGAAACUGCCUUUGGUGAUGUUAGUUAGUCAGGGUUGAUAAGGUCUAAAGACCGUAUGUGAAGACAACAAAGUAAAAAGAUUUCUGGUAUAGCUAACCAGAUCUAUGUUGUGCACUGGUCUGGGAUGACAAGUUUAGAAAUGAAAAAUUACUAAUGUUAGGAAACAGAGUGAGCUUACCACAUUUCUGUUCGUCAAUAAGUAAGUAUACAGUAACAGUUCAUAACAAAAGUUAUCUCAAGACCCUUCACAGGAGCAUGUCCAGGACAAACAUUUAAUUUAUUUACAUUGACCGAACAUCAAGAUAAGACAAGACCCUUUCAUAAUGUAUGAUGUAUCCAAUGUAAAGCGCUUUGAGGGUCUCUGAUAAAGCGCUAUAAAAAUCUGAUGCAUUAUUAUUUAUUAUUAUUAUUAUCUCAAGACCCUUCACAGGAGCAUGUCCAGGACAAACAUUUAAUUUAUUUACAUUGACCGAACAUCAAGAUAAGACAAGACCCUUUCAUAAUCCAUCAUGAGUGAAGCACCUGGCAUGUAGAAUUUAGAAAGCAAAGAAAAUAGUCCUCUUAAAAGAAAACUUGAACAGAACCAGACUCCUGUUUAACAGAGCUCUGCUGUGACAGUGAUGGGCUUAGAGAGAGAGAGAAAUUUGGAAAUUUGUUGGUACUGUUUGGCUAAAAUUCCCAGAUUUCUACCACCUAAGGUGGUUUUAUAAGUAGGAGAUGUCUCCCUAUGAUGCUUGGGGCCAUAAUAACUUCAGUCUUGUCUGAGUUAAGUAGCAAAAAGCUUUGCAUCAUCCAGAUUGUAAUGCAAGCCACGUGUUUAGUCAGUUUAAAGGUUUCUUCUGGGUUCAUUGAUUAUUUUGAGAUUCAUCUGUAUAACAGUGAAAAUAUUUGGAGUGUUUUAUCAUAUUAUUACCAAGUUGAAGAAGAUAAAGAGUGAAACAAAAGAAAUCCGAGUACUGAACCUUGAGGAGCUCCAGGACUUGCUUCGGUGCAGAUGGAGGACUUUUCAUUCACUCGUACAAACUAAACAAGCAACUUGGGCUACAACUGAAUUAAAACCUAAUGCUUCCAUGCUAGCUGUGGUGUCAAGAAAUCACGUAUAUCCAACACAAUUUGAUGUAGGGUAACUUUCCAACCCCAUUUUUUGUCACCAGAAAAGUAAACUACUCCAGAAUAGAUUAAGUUAAUCUUGGUGUAAAGAUACAGUCAAUUCCUGUUGUGAAUUUAAAACAGUGGAGACCAAAAUGCCAUUGCAGAGGCUAUGUAAUGCAGGUAUACACAAAGUGGCAACUACAAGUAUACCUUAUUUCUCUAUUCUUACCAUCUGUGGGUUAGGGUUAGGCAUAAUGAGUCAUAAUGGAGCAAGGUAUAUUUGACUGAAAAGAGGUUACGUUUUGGCCAUUUGCAGGGCGUCAAAGCCAGUUAAUAAUUUAGCAUUUCCAAUGUGUCUACUGCUGUCUCUGCGCUCUCAGGUGUCAUUGAGACUACGUCCAUGUUUUAUCCUGUUCAUGGUCUAAACACUAUUGGGAAAUAUCACAGUGGUUCUAUCACAAUCUAUGGUGAGCGCAGAGGACUCUCAGUAGGAGAAGUGAAAGACUAUCAAUGUCAAACUCUGCUCAGUUACCAUGACAACCAGGGGGAGAUGAGACUUAAACAGGAGGGUCUAAAAGCAAUACAAAAUUCAACAGUUCAAUAUAUGAGCGACUUAAAUAUUAAAAAGGCAUGCUGAACAGGAACAUGGCCUGAAUGAGACUUUGACUGUAUAACUAUACCUUUACAAAUAACAUAUGUGUAAUGCGCCUGAGCUCAGUCGAAAGUAUUUAGGAGCGCUUCACAUCUCUCCCUGAAAAAACAUACAUGCUGGGACGAUGUUAUCUCUGGUUGCUGUGAUAAUAAAGAGCAGCCUGGUCUGGUCUGUCGAGAUGGUUAUGCAUUACUCUUUUUAAACAGAAUUUGAACCAUGUUUUGACUAAGCCAAUAUAGUGCCAGUUUUCACUAGAAAGGCUGUGCGGCUGACUUGUAUUUACAUAAACACAUUUUAAACUGGCUUAUUCAGCGCCUCUAAUAAUACCCCAUAAUUUUAUGGCAUCAGCAGUUCCCGCCCUGUUCAGAGAGAAAAGGGUGUGAUGCCGCUUUUGUUCAUUUGGUCCAGUCAUCUGUAGUGUGCCGUCUGUUCCAUAGCUUUGUUUUUUUUUUUUUUAGUAAUAGCCCAAUACAGCAUGUAAUGAGUAUUUUCAGCACCACUCACCAUAUCCUGUGUACUGUUUCUUAGAUAAUGGGACUAUGCAAAUGUGUGCUGUAGGAUGUGAUUAUCUCUCUUGGGAGCUGCUUUUUUGUGCUAUUAUUAACAUUUUCUACUUGAUAAUAUGUCGCCUUUUCACAAGGCUUCCUGUAUGAUCUGUUUUUAAUAUCUGCAAUUUCAUCCAAAUUCAUGAAUAUACGUUGUGUCUCUCAGUCUAAACAUACAAUCAGCUGUCACUUGCAAGAAGUUGCAGUAAUAUCAAAGCUCCAGUGAGGGAUUUUUAGAUGGUUAUGAAACAGACAAAGUUUUGUACUGACAUCUUUUCAUGAACUUAAAUGUAAGACAAGACUGAUUAUUUCAAUAGAGCUGUUUUUGAUGCUUCAAACCAUUGCUUUAAAGUAGGUCUGACAACAGGAUUAACUGUGUGCUGCCAAAACAGUGAUUUAUUUUUUCAAUUUCCACAGAAAAGAUUUUCGCCUGGUUUAACUCAAAGUUUGAUGCUUUAUUUUUCAGCCCACCUAGAGAAGAUGUUUGACAAAGAGUAGACUAAUUUAAAAAGAGCAUCAUUUAUAAAAAAAAUGAAAUAAAAUAAACCAAACAAACAAUUUCUAAAAUUCCAUGAUUAAGUUUUGUUACUGUAAUAAGAUCAUGUGUAUAGAUGUGUAUAGGUGUGUAUAAGAAUGGCUCGGCUUUGUCCUCACAUAACAGAUGUUUUGUUGAAUCAGCUCCAUGAAACCUUCAGUGGCUCAGCAGGAGGUUCUUGCUUUAUGGAACAAUCCCAGUAAUGAGACAGCUCACCUUCACUUUAUUUUGACUGUGAAAACGACUUAUGAGGGUUCACUGAUGCCAUUUAUUAACUGAUAAUAUCACCAAUUUCUCUGCAACAACAUUACGCUAAUGGAUUAGAAUACUGCUUGAAAUGAUACCCUUUGUAGAAACUAAAUGUAAUGAACAAGCAAUAUGACUGCAGAUAUAUAAAAGUUGGAUAAUAAGGUGAGCCUGAGGGGGAGUUAAUCAGAAAACUAUCUCUUGCUCAUUUCCCAGCCACAUUUUUUUUUUUUGUUUUCCUAAAGGCAAACACUCAAAAAACCUCUAAUUUCAAACAAACACACUCGACGAGGUUGAUGUUUUCUUCUUAGUAUCAGUCACUGAAAUCUUUCUCUGCCUUUGUGGCUCUUUAUGAUUGCUGACCGUUUAUAUCUAACUACGCUGAUAAACCACCAAACUACUCCAGCUUUAUCAUGACAGCCGUAAUGUUAGCUCAGCUUCUUUAUUUCAUAACAGCUAAACAUUCAUUUCAUGGCACAGCGAGCCCUGCAUGGCGUCAGUUGCGUGACUCUUAAACUGCUUCUUCAGCAGUCCACUUCACCACAUGUGGCUGAAUUUUUGCCACAUGUUUCAUUGUUGUGCCUUUUUCUCUCAGCUUUGUGUCGACUCAGUUUGAAUUUCACAGCAAGGCAGUGAGAGGAGAAAACUGAGAUGACCUUAUGUGACACACUGCUGAGGCAGCAUGGGACACUCAGAAAGAUCCAAGUAAAGAGUUAAUCAAUCAUGCUGCCGAACCCCUCUGUCUCUUUUAUGUCUGUUUCAGCUUUUACUCGAUCUUUUGUGAUUAUUUGAUUCACUCUGUUGACUCUUGACUCUUUAACUAAUAUGAUUUUCUUCUUUGGCCUCUGAUAUGAUGCUAAAAAUGAUGGAUUGAUCUCAGAUCUUUGAGCAGGAAAAGAUAAAUAUACUUGAAUUUUAAGAGCAUGGAGUUUAUUUUGAUUUAUAAGCAGAAAGUUAAGAUUUGUGUUUUAUGUUGGACUGAAUUCAGACUUAAAAAAUACCACAGCAGCUCUUUUCACAGCUCCAUAACUCCAGUGUCUGUUUGUAUUUCUAAGUAAUUGGGGCCACUUUGGAAACAUAAACAGAUAUCCAGCUGAUCUUUUUUAUUCUGAAAAACUCUGAGAUAUGUUGCAUUUAGCUUGUGUAAACGUCCUGUUCACGCACUGUUGACAUUUCUGUCCUUAUUUAUUUUAGAUAAUCACUAUAAGAUAUCAAAAGCUGCAGCAUAUCUGCUGAUAGAGUACAAACAGAUGUAAACAAAUAUAUGAACUGAUUGUUAAUGGUUGUAAUUAAAAAGCUUUUAGGACACUAAACUAACUGUUCAUCCCCUGCAGCUCCUCUGUCUAUCUAUUUGUAUUCUGAACACAACAUUUUUCUGCUCCAAUGCAUGAUGAAUCUGGUCAUCUCCCUCUGCUCCUCCAGGUUUUGCAAUCCUGCAGGCCAUCAUGGAGUCAGCUGUAGCCAAUAACUGGCAGGUGACAGCUCGAUCGGUUGGGAACAUUGUGGACCCCACAGAGUACAGACGCAUCAUCGAGGAGAUGGACCGCCGGCAGGAGAAACGCUUCCUCAUCGACUGUGAGGUGGACAGGAUCAACUCAAUACUGGAACAGGUAUCGAGCCAAAAAACACCCCAAGUACAGCCACAGAGAAGAGAAACACCAAAAACAAAACUCUUCUCCGAAAAUAACUGCACUCAGCCUCCAGCUCUUCAUCUUCCAUCGUUUCUAAAGGCAUAAACACACCCACUUCGCUUUUCUUUGUGUCUUGAGCUGUAUCUCUGAGAAAUAAGACACUCUCCUGGCUUCCUCUGAUCCUGUCUUUUUCAUUUCUUUUUCAUUAUUUCUCCAAACACCUGGAGUGCAUCAUGUUUGCUUCAGAUCUCCACAUUCUCCUCCAGCAGACGGUGUUAAAACAUGCGAGACUGGUACAUUCAAUUAAGCUUGGUUAUUUGUUGUUGUUUUUGGUGAAGCACGUUGACUGAUGACACCUGGGCUUAAUUCACGUGCAGGAUUUAAAAAGCCUCGUUGCCCUUGUUUCCUAGGUGAUUCUCAGCCACAGCUUUCCCACAAGUCUUGCUUCAGAUUCAGUGUUUUGUUAAUGUUUGUUGCGUGCUCUGUGGAGAAUACUUUAGCCUCCAAAAAGGAUUAAACGAGGGUUAAGUGAAAAUUUACUUUGCAGAUCAUUAGUGUACAUUAGGGGGCUAGACGCUAAGUUGCACAAGCGUUCACAUUUUGCCUUGCAAAUGAACUUUUAAAGGUACUUUUUCUCAAAGGUCAUGCAGCAUAACAGAUUUUUCUUCCUGUUUUCCUUUGGCCAGUGGUUUGCUACACUUCCUUUUUACCAGUUUAUUCUUUCCAAACUCCUGACUGUGUGAACCUGGACUGUCAGUAUGUACAGUCCCUCACCUAAAUGAGAAGACCUUCUAACUAGUUCUGAUGUGGUGGGAUCGCUGCAAGUGUCAAGUAAACAAAAAACCCACUGCUAUCAAUGAGAGCUAACUAAUUAAUCAAUCAAUCAAAUAUAAUUUAUAUCGUGCCAAAUCACAGAAGUCGUUAUCCCAAGAUGCUUUCCAAAGAAAAGAGCAGGUCUAGACCACGCUCAUUGUUUGAGCAAUUACCAAGACCCAACCUCAAGAUGGGACAAUUUUGACCCAUCUCAUCUAAAAUGAGUGACAGUGGCAAGAAAAAGCUUCCUUUCAACAGGCAGAAACCUUGGGUAGGACCAAACUCAUGUUCUACAGCCACCUCUACUGACUAACUGAAUAUCUUGGUCCCAGUGCUUGAGUCAUCUUAGUUGCAAUCAUUGCCAUUGCAGAGUUGUCCUCUGUGGUUCUUUAAAGGCACUGUUUGGAGUUUUUAACUGGUUAAGGAACUUGCUAAAACUGUCACUGAUGCCUCUUUUUGACCUUCAAGAGCAAAUGAGUCCAUCGGCAGUACUGCAAAAAGUUUUCAGUUGGAAGUUUCCGUGCCUGAAACCUCUGCAGAGGAGGUAGGUGUUGGACCAAUUGAUUGACAGCAAGCUGAAGAAAAAGCUUUAUUUUACUUUUCACAAGGCAAAUACUGAAAAAAACAUUUCACUGUUAAAAGACAUCUGGAUGACAUAUUUGCCUGAAAGAUUACCUUUUUGUAAGAGUAGGACUAGAGGUGAGUGGUACCCCUUUGUCCACAGGGGGCACCAAAACAGACAUUGUAAGGAUGCCUAGCCCAGGUUCACACUUGAAAGAAUGGGAGGUCCACAUGAAUGAUCAGUUUGACAAGCUUUACUGGGUGCAGAUCUGGGUUACAGCUUCAGCAUGCCACAAGUGUAAAAAAGGUUUGAGACUGUUCAGGUAUAUUUAGUCAUUCAUGUUUCCGAACAUUCUGCUGGCAUUUAGUUGACCUGAAGGAGAGUCCAGGUAGGGUAAGAACAAUGACAACAUAUUAUAAGGAGCCUUAGUUGAAAAUAUAGAGAGCCCAUAUAGGGGAAUACCAUAACACAACAUAUAUUGGGAACCUGGGUAAUGGUAUCUGAGUUACAGAGCUCCACCACCCUAAAGGCAGGAUUGGCUAAAGAAAAUUCUCCAAACAGACAUAAACGAAAAGUUCCUCUCAGGAGCCUUAACAUGCCCCACUGCUAUUGAUUGUAUUUAAGGGAAGGAAAAAACAAAGAUUUGUGGUAUAUUUUUAAACAGCGGCUCCUGUCCUGCAGGACCUAAAAAGAUCAAGCGUGUAAACACACAUGCAGGUAAUAACACGUGUCAGCCCUUGCUCCUAAAGAGGUACAUCUUUAAGGUCUUUUCCUCUGAUCACUAAGACAGAUCUUGCUGAUGUAUAAAUAUAUGUAUAUAUAUAUAUAUGUUUGUGUGUGUGUGUGUGAUAUAACAGCUUAAACAUGAAGACCAUUUCAGUUUGGCUUGUUUCUGUACCCUGAAAACACACUGGAAGAGUCUUUCAUUCCACAAAUGUUGUAAGCUUUCUGUGUGUGUGUUAGUGUGUGUUAGUGUGUGUGUGAAUGCUUAUUUUAUCAUUAAUCCCAGCACAUCUUAACCUUCUGUCCUCAGCUGAGAUAUCUGCGUGUACAGGCUUCUGCCCUCUGCGUAAUGAUCUUCAUUAUUCCUCGCCUUGUGAGUUUUACUCUGACCUUCACAGCAGAUCCGUCUUAAUUUCCUUCGACACAGGGGAAUGUUUUUAGUGACAGCACAGGACAUCUACAUUAAUUAGCAGAAGUUUGCUUAUCUCUGUCCUUCACACCGAUACACCAAAUGUUCUCAAACUGCCUCCGUGUUAGGUUUCUGUUAUCCAAUCAGAUAAUAUCUGUCACUUGGUGUCAUAUGUGAGGCCAUCUGGAUUUUAAUGUUGUUACUGAAAAAUUUCUAUGAAUGGUGGCCUUGAAUGCAGCAUCUGUCAGACAAGUGUCUCUCCAGAUGCUCCAGAGCAGCAGGACUCGUCUCUGUCUCAAGAGAGCACUUCCUUACAUGAGCUGUGACAUUAACACUUGCUUUAAUGUAAAAUCAGCUCCCUGUGUAAGUAGGACACACUGUCCCAUAACAGCAACAACAAUGAGCCUACUAUAAAUAGCCUACCCUCCUAGCCCGAGGGAAGAUCUCGCACAAAGGCAGGAGUGAGCAAACACUAGUGAGAUCACUCAGGCGUCAGGACGUAACCAUUCCUGACAUGAUUUGAUUUUUAACCAGUGUCUAAUAUGACCUCAUAAACACCACAAUCAUUAUAAAAUCAUUAUACUGAAGACAAAUACAGGCAGCUAUCAUUCAUUUUGAGCUAAUUAUUUCAUCAUAAAGGUAGCCUCACUUGUAACAAGGCAUUUAUUUGUUGAUAAAUGUGCCGUGGGUUUUCUCUCUCUCCCCAGCUGGCUCUCUAACCACCUCAGAAAAUAUCAGUGUGUUCAUCUCUUCAGUUAAAUAAAGACAGAGUGAUAAACACCUUUAAGGCUUUUCAUCAAUUAUAAAAGCACAGAGGAUUUAUAAUCUCUUCCAGAGGAUCAGUCACCUCCAGCCUCCCUCUGCACAGUGGGCAGACAGACAGAGAGAGAAAGAGUCAGAAAGAGAGGCUGAGAGCUUGUGGGAAUUGAGCCGUGUAGAGUGAGUCUCCCUGUCUCAUUCUGUGGAGGGAGGAAAUACGAGGAAAGCUGAACACCCAGGGGUGCUCUGGAAUUCCACUCUGAGCAAAAAGUCGAGGGAAACAAGAUCCUGCAAUGGGAUGAGAUUACAUCUGUGUGGAUGCUAUUAACUCUGUUAUUUGUUUUUGGACUACUGCUCUGCAAAUACAUGGAUUUCAACAGCUUUACCAAGAAAGGACCACUCUUAUCCAAUGUUUCAUCCUAAAAUAUUGUGCAUUUUUAGGACACUAUCUUGACCAGGCAGGUGAAUUGUGUCUAAUAAGUGGCAGGCCAUGUGUAACUCCCACCCUUAGCCUUAUGUCGCAUGGCGUCGGUCUCUCAAAGGCCCAAUAAAAUGAACUUAAAACAGUCAUGACAGUUUUUUUUCAGCAAGACGUAGAGUUUAGAGACAUGUUAGCAGCUGUGUUAGGCUAAACCUAGCUAACAACAUGCAAAUAGCUUGCAGUCUAAUUGCUCAUGUGCUAAGGUUAUCUGAUGAAACUAACAGAAACACUAUAAGGGUUUAGUUUAAGUCAUCUAAUGCAGUGGUUCUGAACUGGUCUCACUCUGGGACCCACAUUUUCCCAUGGUCCUAAAGUCACAACCCACUUUUAUAGAAGUCAAACCAAGCAAAUUUAAUUUCUAUUAAAUAUAUAUAUAUAUAUAUUAAGACUCAAAUCUUUAACACAAAUACACACGUUUUAUCGAGUGCAUUUCAGAGCACAUGAACUGAAGACGACAACUACUUAAGUUGCAUAUCGUCACCCUGUUAAGAUAAUGGCUUAAGUCAUUGUUUUUUUUGACGAAAAUGAGUUUUUGGCCUAAAUCAUCUUUCGUUAAUGCUGGCCAUCGCUGGUAAAAUCGGCUAUAUGCUUAGUUAAAAGGAUCAUGAUCAAGCAUUAUCAAGAGAUGAUUUAGGCCAAAAACUCAUUUUCGUCAAAAAAUAACGAUAUACAGAAAAUAUCAAAUAAAUAUUAAAUUGGGCAAAAUAAGAUAUUUUUCAAAUUAACAGACAUGUCAAAUAUCAGAUGCGCAUUAAAAAUUUAUUUUUUCGACCAGCUGUUUUUGACCCAUCCAGAACAUGUCCAUGACCCACUUUUGGGUCAGGAACCCACCAGUUGAGAACCACUGAUCUAAUGUACGGUUGUCAUGUAGGUUUGAUUUUUGUAAAAGGUUUAUUUCUGUUAUUACUAGCAGCGACAGGAGCUGCUGCAUUCACAAGUGUUUUUUGUGUGUUUGGUCUUAGCUCCAGAAAAGGUUUCCUUCGACAAGAGAGGAGGACACAUUUGAUAUGAAACAACAAAAAAAAGGAAGUUAACUAAAUAUAUGAAGUGAGCAUAUUGUUUGUUCUAUAAGAAAAAUAUGUAUGCCUGUAGUUGUGAAGAAACCUUCACAGGAUUUCUCACGCAUGCAUGCUCUCAGCGCCUGUGCAACAUCAUGAGUUAGGUCAGUACAUGCCAGGUGCCAACAGACAGUAGCAACAGUACAGACGAGUAAAGCAAGCCAAAACCACAGACCUGUGAUACACACAUGCCUUCUCCUGUGUUAAGAUACAGGCUUUUAAUAAAGAAUACAGCAACUCUGAAACACAAAUAUGAUAAUUCACAGAUUGAACAUAUUUUAGAAUCACACCAAAGCUCUAAUCAAACAAUAAAAGUGCAGAGAGGAAAGAAAGAUUGGAUCACCACAGAGGAGCCAUGAAACAAAAAAAAAGAGAAAAUGCACAAGAGAAAAUACUAUCGAUCUUAAUAAUAGCCAAACAGGCAGACACAACUUAAAUGAACUCAUCUCAGGCCUCUCUGAAGUCAUGAAUAAAAGUAGAUGAGUGGGAAUAUUGCAGCUAACUUAUGAUCAGUUGCCAUUUUGAGUUUACCUCUCUCUCUUUGUUCUAAUAAAACCUAGCCUUGAAUUACAAAUAAAAGAAAUACAACAUAAAUGCAAGUGCAAAUGUAUUCAAAUCAACCAGAACAACAGGACCACUAUGUGUGCACAUACCUUAAUCUCCCUUUUCUUAAACUUCCAUAAACAUGAGAAAAACAUGGCUUCUGAUAAAAGAGAAAACAAAAGCUGUUAAAAACUCACUUCUUUGUAAUCUGGGCAUCCACAAGAGACGCUUGAGAAGUGUAAGCAACCAGAAAUGGAUAAACAACAUCAAACACGGGAGGGUUGGCAGAUGCACAACUGCAACAGGGAUACUGAGGACAUAACAACUUUAUACACAUUUUGGUUUAGACAAAAUUGGCAUUCAAUAAGAAGACUUUACGAGGAUUUGAAGUGUGAAGCUGAUGGUUUCUGCAGGCAAAAGAAACAGACUCUUAAAGCAUCAGACUGCAAACUGUUCCAGGAAGAAAGCAGGUGAAUAUUUAUACUUUAAGAGCUUUUACUGGAGUGAAAAAUUCAGUUGAAGAUGAGGGUGAUGCUUUUUACGGUAUAACAAUAUAAACAGAACAAUGUACCGCUUACAAAUAUUGGAAAAGAGCAGAGACAUGCAGCAUUUUAAAGGUUUCCAAAUAGUCAAAGUGAAUCAUUUGUUCAGACAGACUGUGUGGUCACAUGAUGAGCCACAACUACAAUUUGUGGAAAAUGGGGCAUUUGGAACAAUCUGUGACUGAUUUACUGUCAAAGUUUUCCUCUGUUGUAUUUUUUUGUCUAAUGUCUCUCUGAAAGUGAAAUCCCCGCUCACAUUUUGCCCUGUUUGGAGAAGAGUAACAGUAAUGAGUAAACUGGUGAAAGGGGACAGUUAUCAACCUUAGGAUGUCCGUUCCACUUCUGAGGAUGGCACGUGACAAAUCAGUGUAACAAAGAGAAGCCUCCAUCAGCGGGAAGAGAGUCAAAUCCUCUUGAAGGCAUUCGGGCAGACAUCCAGCUCUGCACAGGACUGUGGCUCCAGUCUGCUUAAUUAGAGUCCAUCCCCUGAGGAAUAUUUAGGCUGAUCGUCCUGCAGCUCAAACAGUAAAGUACAGACCAGCUCAUCCAGACAGGCGAGCAGAAGGAGCACAGGGGAUGGUCAGAUAAAGAGACAGCCUCUGUCUCUGUGUCCCUCUGUGUCUGAGUCCUGGAUUCACGGGUUGUCUCCUUCACAGCACAAGGAGUUGGCCACAUAUUUCUGCUUUUCUCCUUCCCACAGGGUGAACACCAAUGUGUAGCUGUAACAUGAGUUUGAGUGCUGGGUUUAUCUGUCUAUGAUUCAUUUGAUUGUGUUGAACUGGCGGGGGCUGGGACAUAAAGAGCUGGGUUUUAUUUUUAACUGCAGAGUCUCAGCGUCACUCAGAAACAGCAGAACCUCAGUAUUGGCUUUAUAAUUUGACUAGUUUUAGUUCAGAGGCUCUAAGCUUUUUUCCAGAGAGUUAGCUAUGUAUCAGCAUUUAUUUGCGGUUAUAUAAAGCCAAAGCUUAAACCAUGUCAUAAAAAACUGUGUAUAUGAAGAUACACACACUGCAUGUAAGCAGCAGCCCAUUCUGACUGUCAUUAUUCACUCAGAUAUUCAUCGUUUGGUGAUUAUUUUCAAUCCCAGUGUUACUCACAACACAAAUUAUGCAUGCCUUGAGAAAUAACAAAGUUGUUGCGUGUUCUUUCUCCGUCAUAAAUAAUUAACAAAUCAUCUCUUGAAUGUUUCAAAAUUUGCACUUUCUACAACUUUUGUUUGCUGGUUUAUAUUUUACUUCAUCUUUGCAAGCUUUUGACUGCAUACUUUGGUGUGUUACCUGCUGUCACACUGAAUGUCUAGCAUGUGAUUUUACUAUUUGUGCAUUUGUUGAUGUGAAGAAAACUUAUCAGAGCCCCUGAAAGCCCCCUUUGGGACUUUUCAGCUGGUUUUGAAGCAGAAUGAAACUUCAACCACAGAAUUUGAUUUGAUUUAUUUGGAUCCCUAUUAGCCAUGGCAAUGCCAAAGCUAUUCCUCCUGGGGUCCAUUAAACAACCUUACAAUAUAUCAAUGCGAGAAAAAAAAUCACAUACAACACAAUCCCUGCUCAAACAUAAGACAAAUACAAACAGAUACACAACACAACAACACAUGGACAAUACAAGACAGCUCCCAGUCAGCAGCACUACACAAUCUCCACAUAUAACAUCAAAAUAGGUCUACAUACACCAUGUACACAGUUCACACCAUCAAACACCAACUUCAAUCAAUCAAUCAAUCAACUUUAUUUCUAUAGCACAUUUAAAAGAACCACCUUUCUUUAGUCCCUUGAUGUCCCAGCUACUCCAGAAUCAAGCAGUCUAGACAGCACUCAAAACAGACCUCCAUAUGUCCGACAUAUGGGAUAGUUUUCAGAUGUUGCACAUGCUGUUAAAACAGUCUUUGUUUACAUAUCAAUUACUUAAAAAAAGUGGUAUAUUUAAAGACCACAGGAGCAGCAUGAUUUUUUUUAAUGAGAAAACCAAAUAUAUACAAGUACAGAAUGAAAAUAAAGAGGAAGGAGAUUCCAGCCCUAUGAUUCAGCCCUCAUGGUUGGCCUCCACUAGCUCUGGGCUGAUGCCAAUUGAGAAAAUUAACGGUUAAAAAAAAGGGUUAUCAGGUCACGGCGCCAUGACAACCCCUUUGAAUAUUAAAAAUUCAGCAGGUAGUAUAUCAAAAUGCUGGUUGUUUUAACCUCACAGGCUGUGGGUCAUCUUUUCCCUAAAGUCAUUCAAAGAAGCUGUUUUUGAGGAACAAAUUUCGACAUGGAGGAAGAUAUGAGGUCUUUGUGAGUGUCUUUCUCUCUGUGAUGGUAGUGCCUGACCUCUUCCUGGUUCCUGCUGGUUUCACAUGCUCGCAAAAAGCGAUUAUCCCAGGGGAGCGUGAAACUGGAGCAUCAGGAUCCUAAAAAUAUUUGUUAUGCUCAGAUCCUUUUUUCAGACCAGCAGUGCUAACAGAGGGAUGAAGCAAAUCCCACAGCAAACCAAAGAAAAGAUGUUUUAAAGAAUGUGUGUAGUGUAGUCCUCAUUUAGGGAAUAUGAAAAAAUGGACAGAUGAAAGUGUCUUUGUAAACAGAGCAGCGCAAGCAUGAGUUAAAAAAUGAAUAGUUUUGCCUAUAUUAUUAAUUGAAGUAUUACUGCUUUAACUCCUGUCAAACUCCAAGAUGUAAUGUUUUGUUGAAAGUAAUGACAUGUUAAAGGUUCAGAGCAUAGACGUGGGAAUAUUUAGUCAUAUCUAGUGGCCUUCAAGGUCAAAAACCAAAGGUCAUGUGAUGCAUGAUGAGUAUGAUCCUCCAUUUGUCAAGGUUAAAAAACAUCUUUCAGCACCAAUUCUUAUGCAAAAAACUACGACUUCUCUUUUUUUGGUUUUCAGAACGGAAGAUUUCUACCUCAUCCCACUGAGUAUUUUUUGGUCUAAAAGAGGUCUAAUAGACGUCCAAAUGUAGCCUAGUCAACUGGUCAAAAAUCAGGCUACCACAUGUCUAAAAAUGAACGUUUUUUAGACGUCCAAGUUUAGAUCAAGUCUACAUCUGGUCUAUAUCUAUACUACACUGUAUAUUGCUCAACAGCUAUCAUGAUUAUUUUGGUUAAGAACUUGGAGAUCAGUUAUGCAAUUCACAGUUGCUUUUUGAAAUAAAUAGAUAUCGAAUAAUCGGUUAAAGUGCAACGUCUAAAUUCUGUCUAAAAAUAUACAGAAUCUAGAUGGUUGAAAUUUGGUCUAAAAUAAAACUAGAUGUCUAAUAGCCGUCUAUUGCUCAGUGGGAUGUAAACCCUAUGAACAUUUACAUCAAGCCAGAGUGACUCUGCAGAUAGCAUUGGUAAUGAUUCAGCAACCUUAAGAAUUUAGUGCAGCAGCAGUUUCUGACACCUUCAUGCUGAUCCCCGUCAUAGAUUACUCAUGGGCAACAACAGUGCUCUAUGCUUGUGCUGCCUGUUCUCACUUUUCAAGUCAUCAAAUGAGGCAGUUUGGUCACUGGCCAACAAUGCAACAGUAUGACGCUGUACCCUCUGUAACCCUGUUUGGUCGCACUUUAAAGGUGUCCUCUAGAUCGCUGUCGUGAUGUCUGAAACUCUGCAUGAAGAGUAUUGGAGGGAGUCUGUAAAGGACGGCAGGAACUUUCAUCUACAAGUCUGGGGUUUCAGUCCUCUAUGAGAUAAAGCUGUUUGUCACUGUUGGUUCCUUAUAAAAGCUGACUGCUUUUCAUGCAGGUUACAUCGAUUAGUGGCAGAUGGUUUCUGUCUGUUAAAGGUGAUUAUUCCUUUCAACUGUUGCCAAGUCUUUGCUCAUUGUUGAAUAAUGUUGGGUCUUUGUAAGUAAUAUAACAAAGGGUACAAUCUGGACCUGCUCUUUGUAAAGUGUGCUGCUAAAACUUUGUUAUGAUGGCACCAUGUAAAUACGAAAGAUGGAUUGAUUAAUUGAUUACAAACACAUCACACCGAGUGCGUGAUGUUGUAUUGCGUAACCAGCAAAGACGCAGUGGUCCCCGUUCAAACCCCUGCUUUGAUAUUUAUCUUGAAAUCAAAUCUUUGGUGCCAAAAUACAGCCUGUUGUUACCAGUGCAUCAUAUUUUCCAUCUUAUGUCAAACAUACAACAAUUGAUAAUGCACUUUUGCUCCAAAUCUAGUUAAUUUCAUUUGGAUUAUGACAAAUGAUGAAUUUCUUGGGUUUUAAUGAAUAUUUUCACUAUCACCGCUAAAAUUUUUACAAAGAAAUAUAAAUUAGGUAACACUUUAUUUGACACCUAUCUCUAUAAGGCAUUUUUAAUAUAUGUAUAAUGUGUUAUAAUCACGUUAUAGCACUGUAUAACUAUAGUUACAAACACUCAUGAAUGAUCAUAAUGCUCUGUAGCCAUAAUAAUAACACAUUAUAAAGCAUUUUAUCAUGACUUACAAGGUCAGUUAUUAUAAUGUGUUAUAACUCUUAACAACUCACUGAUAAUAACCACACACAGAUAAUGCAAUGAAACCGUUGUUAACACUAUAACGUGAUUAUAACGAAUUAUACAUAUAUUUAUAAUGUGUUAUAGAGCUAGGCGUCAAAUAAAGUGUUACCGUAAGCUACAAAUGACACUAAAACUGGAAUGUCAAUGAAAUAGGAUAUCGCAAACAUAACCUACAGGGAUGUUAUACUUACAGGAGUCAUGAGUCUGAGGGUUUCAUACAGCUGUGAUUGUCCCAUUAAAAUAGAUUUAAAUAUUAAGAAAACUGAUUUUUUUUGUCGUAAAAAGAACAUUUAAUGAUCUGUUUUCAUUUUUUCCCAUCUAUGAGGAGUAAAUUGGUUUCACUAUGUUUCAUUCAUGGCAGCUACACCACAGUUGGUACAGUUUUCAGUUUGGUGUUUGCUAACCGAUUGAUAGUGUGAACACAAAAACCUCAAACAGCAGCCCUCUCUCAGAAUCAUCCCUGUGCUGAAUAUCCGGCCAGAUUUCUCAACUUUAGAAGAGUUGUCAGCCUCUGUGCUCGCUGCCAACUUGAUGACUACCGAUGCAGCUGCCAGGGGAUUUUCUUUCUUUUCAUGCAAGUCAAAACACUUUCAGGUUGUCUUGAAAGGAAAUAUCUGACACAAAAGCUGAGUGGUAAAUCUCCCUGUGAAAUGUGCAUGAAAGUAAAUAAAAUAAACAGUGAAUGGCUUUGAGGCAUUUGGACGCUUAACAGCGUUUGCUUUACAUCACAGCUUUAUAUCAAGUCUCACAUUUUGGGGAUAAAAUGUUUCAAAUGUUUCAGUCAAGCCUGCAGAAACUCACCACAUGAAACUCUAAGCUGCAGUUUAAUAAACAAGAAAGAUUUAUUAUGGUUUGGACUUUCCUCAGAGUACUUAAAGUAAUUCAAGAUCAUUUUUAAAUUGCUGUAGACAGCCAGAAGUAAUCGAAACACUUCAAGAUUAUUUGUUUGUGUGUGCCUCAGAGCUACAGUAAGCAAUAAAUGUUUACAGCUGAUUAUUUUCUUGCAGCUAAAUGAGGUUUCAGCUACAAACAGCAGUUGAUGUGUCACUUUUGGAUGCUGAUAUAAGAGUGUGAAGUCUUGAGCUUCCUGCUGGAUUGUGUUGGUGACAAACUGGCGAUGCAGCCAGUCUCUCUGGGUGCUGGAGCUUCAAGUUCCAGCUCUUUUUUUUGUUAACACUAGGGUUAGGGAAUAAAAGCAAGAGAAACGCCUUUCAAAGACAAUAUGGAACGCAGUAAGCACACAAGCUUUACAUGUUUUUUUUUUUUUAUUGUGGGGAAAGAUGCACAACGUGUUGUGCAGGGAGCCAGAGUGAAGGGUGCAAAAUGUCAAACACAAUGGUAUUGCUUUUGCAUUUGCAGAGAAAGUAAUUGGAUUUAUUGUUGGAAUUUCUCAGAGUGGAUUAGUCAGUCAGAGGGUCACCCUUGGAGCAUCAAGGACGAUCCCGCUCUGGAGACAAUUAGGAGGGUGGCAGGAGUAUACAGAGAGUAUAAAUGUGCACAGGUGUGGAUAAAGGCACAGCUGAGAGACAGAAACUGAACAGCUAUGAAAUAAAAGAGAAUAUGGAAAAUGCCACAGUGAUGCAUAUCUGUGUUUAGGUGUAAAAUAUUCAUCUGCAUCCACAUCCUCCACAAAUCCCUCCAACAUGAUAUCACUUUCACUCUGGACAUUUAACAUUUAGAUGAUUUCGGUGCCUGAGUAUACUUAUCAACACUGUGUAGGAGUGUAGAAAGUGAAAAGACAGGGAAAAAAAGAAAAAAACUAUCCACCCCCUCAGUAUCUUUUUGAAGCUUCAUACUCUGCGGUGGAGAUACAGAACUGAGAGAGAGAGUGAGAGAGUGAAAGAGAGAAUCAGUGAAAAAGAGGGGAGGAGGUUUGGUUGGUGUGAAGGAGAAGUUAAAAGAAAUCAGCGACUACGGUUUCUGCUCCCUCAGACAGGUGAAGAAGAAUUUUGGGGUUUAAUUAAGAUGAGUUUGCUCCUGAGAUGGGCAGACAAGGAGAGAUAGAGAGGAAGAGAGGUUUGCCAGAGCCAUGACCUUAUUUAACAUGUUGAAGUAAAUGGAAAGGAACAAGCGCUGUCAUUGCAGCCCCCCUCCCCAUCCCUCUCUCUCUCUCUCCGUCUUAUACAAACACACUCAAAAAAGUACAAAUGUUCUCACACGCCCCCUCUUGCCCUUGCAAAUGUCGCUCCAAAACAUCCUUCCUUUCCUGCUUUUUUCCCCUUUUUUUGUCUCUCUGUCUUUCCCCAUCAAGCACCCGGGUGCGAUGAAAUGGAGGGUCUUUGUCAUUUCUAAAUGUUCUCGGUGUUAUGAGACGAGAGUGUGACUCACCGUGCUUCUCCUCCUGCGUCUUGUAGGUGGUGACCUCAGGAAAGAACACCAGAGGAUACCACUACAUCCUUGCCAACCUGGUGAGAGCUCACACUAACUCAGCACAACAACCAGCAUCUACACCAUGUGAUGCAAUGAACUGCAAAGAAAUGCAACACCGAGUAGAAUUGUCAAACUUCUUAAUCUGUAAUUAUGAUUUGAUAACUGAUAGAAGCGAUAAAGAGAGAAGCAGUUUAGUAAUGCUGCACUCUUGUGCUCUUUUUCCUCCCAGGGAUUCUCCAACAUGAGCCUGGACCGGGUGUUUUCUGGUGGAGCCAACAUCACUGGCUUCCAGAUUAUCAAUCCGGACAGCCCCAUCGUCCAGCAGUUCCUCCAGCGCUGGGAACGCCUGGAUGAAAGAGAAUUCCCAGAAGCCAAAAACACUCCACUAAAGGUCAGUGAGGCGAGCUGGUGACGCUGCACGAACCUCUGAUUUGACUUUUUCUCAAACAUACCUCCACUCUCUUGCUUUCAGGUGUUGAGGUAAUGGCACUGCCUUCUACCACAGACAAUCUGUCAGUCCGAGUCUCUUCAGUGCUCGAAAAAUGUCCUCAUGCUUGUCUUCUUUUAUUUCUGCGUCAAUCAUAAUGUGAGGCUUUUAUUUACUCAGUUUGUUCUACGGCGGCGCUGCUGCAGAAAUAUCCUACUUGCUCUCUGUAAACACUGCUGCAGUCAUGAUAACCUUGCUGUAGCAGCAGUGCAUCAUGGGUCUGUGUGAUGUCACUGCCGUGUCACUGGGGGUUUCUUGUUGCCUUUUACUCUCAGUACACAUCAGCGCUGACCCACGAUGCCAUCCUCGUGAUUGCGGAGGCCUUCCGGUAUCUGCGGCGACAACGGGUAGAUGUGUCUCGCAGGGGUAGUGCAGGCGAUUGCCUUGCCAACCCCGCGGUGCCCUGGAGCCAAGGCAUCGACAUAGAGAGAGCCCUCAAAAUGGUAGGAAAAAAAGUGCGUUAACCUCCUCCUCCUUAUUUACCCUCUUUUUUGUUCUAUGUGCUGUCUUUGUUUUAGCGUCUGUGACACUUGUGUGAGUCUGUCUUAACUGAUUAAAAAUGGACUUGGUGUAUUUUUUCCUUCCCUGUUUUCUUUAAGAUUUUCUCUUAAAGAAAACAGAGAAUUUACUUUCUAUUACUAUCACCAGUUGGUAAUAGAAUUGAUUUUAAGAUCUGAUUGCUUGUUUUAAAGGGCUGCAUGAUCAGGCACCACCCAACCUUUGUGAGCUUUUGAACUUUAUACGCCAGAUUGCUGUUUGAGAUCCUCUGGUAGGUUUUUUGUGGUUCCUCCUAAAUCUUGGCUGGUGUCGAAAGGUGAUCAGGCUGUUCAAGCCCCUAAGCUCUGGAGCUUCCUGCCAGAGGAUCUCAAAUUAGCAGAGUCUGUAUCCUCCCUUCAAUCUGCACCAAAUUUGUCCUUUUCCCAACUCCUGUGCUGUUUUUUUUUAUUCUUGUUUUUAUUGUAUUGUGAUUACUUUAAUGUUUUGUUUCAGUUGUUUUUACUUGUUGUAUUUUGAUGCUUGCUGUUUGUGAAAGAAGAAAUUUGUUUUUCAAUGCUUAGUGUAACGUGAAGGUUCGAUGUAAGGUGGUUGGAUAAUUCUAAUGAUGAGAAACAGCAGGAUGGAGACGGAUAACUUUCAUACCAGCACUUUUACUCUUCAGCCAUCUUGUUAUCCCCACAACAUAACAUAAAAACAUAACAUCCUGGACAACCCAAAUCACAUGUCACAGCACUUAUCAAUCAGAGGCUAGGACCUCAAAAUAAAUGUAACUGAACCUCAGAAACACAUUUUGCAUAAUCUGCUAACCCUCACAAACAGCUGCAGAGAAAAAAACAUUUAAAUUCAUAAAUAUGUAAAUAUGAACCUGUCAACAAUUUGUGAAAAGUUCUCUGUAUGAAUUCUAUAAACACAUUUUUUUAGCAUAACUUAAAUACAGUCACCUGUAAUAGUUAACAGAAAUAUAUGAAUUGACUUCACUGUUAAAGCUUACACUUUGCAUCAGAUUUCUGCUACAUCACGUAAUCGGCUGCAAUAUAUAUUUCAUGUAGUAACUUAGACAUCUCUGUGAAAUCACCCGCUGUAAAAUACUGUCACUAUCACCAAUAUUCCUCACAACUGUUAGACUUUUUCCAGCACAACAUUAGGGCUGGUUUGUACAAAACUAGACUCUCACCUGAUGAAGAAGUAGAUAUGUACUCCACAGACAACACUAAGGAAAUCCUAUAAAUUAGAGAGAUUAUGUUGUGACUGUUUUCUGUAGUUUUCUGACCUCCUGUAUGUGAGUACAGUUGUUAUUAUCUUCCUUUUUGUCCCUGACAGGUUGCCGUACAGGGUAUGACAGGAAACAUCCAGUUCGACACGUUUGGUCGGCGAUCUAAUUACACAAUUGAUGUGUACGAGAUGAAGUCUGGAGGCCCCAGGAGGGUAAGUGAACCUCAGAAACAUCUAUCAUAAUUGAAUUAACAUGUGAUUCAAUACUCCAAGCAGGAUCAGCAUAUGAUAUCGAUAUUAACUCUGUAUGUUUUUAUUUAUUUAUAUAGAUACAGAUUAAGCUCAUUGAAAACAGAUAAACAGAAUUAAAGUAGCUCUGGGAAAUGUAUUUUAUGCUGUCUGUGUAGCAGUACUACGGUUAGAUUCUGGUUUUGACAUAAACUUACAAAGUUGGCCCACACCAUUUACAUUUUGGAAAUCAGCCAGUAGACUUAAAUCUGUAUGAAGCUGUAUCUUUAAAGUUUUAAGAGGUGUUUAUUUAGAUAAUGAAAGGCUGAGACUUUGCAACAGAUGAAAGGCUACUUAACAUUCAAAACAUGGCAUGAGCAGCAUAUUUACUGCCUCUGAAUUGUUAAAACACAGAUUAUGGACAACAAUUUAAAGGAGGGCUGGUCUCAAAUAGAUUCAGUGUUUACUUCCAACUUAGAGAGACUGAUUGUAAAAGCCAUUGGCCCCAGUCUGAGAGGUAUAUUAGUUCAAACAGGUGUCUUAGAAAUGCAAAUGAUAACAGGGAACAAGUUCUUUGGAACGUGUGGGCUGACUUUGCAAGGUUAAAUGCUGUUUAUAUUUCUGAAUUUUGUAAUGCUCAUUUGAAUUUAACUGCUCAAGUUUUCAGCAUCGUCCCCAAAGAAUUCCUGACAUCUUCAACACAGUCAAAGUCUCGAUUUAAUCUCACCAAAAUGAAGCUACUUGCAGGUUAUCAGCUCUUGUAAUAGCUGUGUUAAUUUGACUUUUUGUCAUCAAAGCUUCCUGGAAUAAAUUAGCAUGCUACAGCAAAGACACUUGCUCUGUUAAUUACAUUUAUUUUGCUUCUUAGGAGGGAAUAAGUAUUCAGAGAGCAUAAAAUUGGUUAUUGGUCAUUAACCAUACAAGAAACAUUUAAUGUGACACUUCAUUUUAACACAAUUCAGCGUCACACUAAAAAGAGAGCUAAACAUGUCGGCUGAAGCACACAUUAGCUUCUCGCAACAGUGUGUCCAUUUACUCUGCGAGUAUGUCCACGUCUCAGCCAGCGCCUCUUCUUGUUAAGCGAGUGAGCUAACAGACGUCAACAAGGGAAGAAGUGCACUGGCUCAGAAAAAGCCACUUAGUGAGUUAGCCUGACAGCCGUAGAGCUUGUCAAUGUCGGUUAGCUUAGAUCCUGAAAGAGGCCUCUUCCUCAAUAAAGCUAACAAAACACUGUCCAUCCUUUUAUUAGCUUGUUUACCAGAGCAAAUCUUGCUUAUUAACACAACACCAACCGGUCUUCUCGAGGGCCUGAAAGCUUCUUUCAAACUCAAUUUUUUUUAAUAAAGAGACUACAUGUGCUAAAGUAAGAAAUGACUUUGACAGUAAUCCUUUAAAAGAGGAGUGGAUACCUUUUCUGGUUUCAUUUGGACUUAAACAUUUGUUUGUUUUUGGAUAACAAGGGUAUAACUGCAACCUCAUAUACUCUAAGUGCUUUGCUGUGAUGAGGUUUCUAUAAUUGGGAAUGCAAAUUAGAGAAGCACGGUUUACACACACACUACACACACUUUGACACAUACAGUAUAUACAUCCAACUCUCUUUGGCUCGGCUUGCUCCAUGACCCUGAACUCUGACAUGGUCCUCACAAAAGAUGGCCCCCAAAGGAUAUGGCCCCAUACUGUCCACAUAGAUCUGCUCACAGGGCAACAUACAUGACAGCGGCUUCGCACAUGCAAAUACCCGCUGAGACAACAGAGUGAGUACCGUGCUUCAGAACGGGGAGAUGUUAACUUCCUCUUGGCUGAAUAGAUCUGAAGAACUGAACAGAAAUAGACUGGAAGACGUUACUGGAGUUAUCUUAGGUUGAGUAGAUACGAUACAGUGUUUGUUUUCGUGUUAGAUUAGACUGUUUUUGAUCUGUGUGGUUAGUAUUAGUAGAGCAGCACAACAGUGAGGCACAUUCAGACUAUUAUUUGUCCUGUUAGUUUUAAUUUUAUCAGUCUUCGAGGGCUCUUGUUGGUGCUGCUUUCUUGUUAUGUAAGAGAGCAUUUGCAGAGCCAGGAAUAGCUCCCGCCUACUCUGCUGAAGUGAGGCCCAGGUGAAGUAGGAAGUACAACUACAAGCUUGUUAAUAGAUCCACAUCAGGCUAAACCAACAAUUUUCUCCUGCUGCACAGAUAGAGCUGACCAAUAUGUACAUUCUUGGGAGCUCUAUCUGUAAAAGACGUCUCUCUGUGGCUUCCUGAAAUAACUCUGAACUCUCUGUGUCAUUUUCAGAUCGGCUACUGGAAUGAGUACGAAAAGUUUGUUUAUAUUAUGGAUCAGCAGGUCACCAACGAGUCCUCUUCUGUGGAAAACCGAACAAUUGUGGUCACUACUAUUAUGGUACACUCUCAAGCAGGUUUUAAGUGUUUCACCUCAAGAUUUCUGCCACUCAAGGUCAAGGUGUCCAUUGUUGCAAUCUGUCCUGGGAGGGUAGAAUUAUUUUAUUUUGCGUUGCUUUCCAUCCACUCACUACAUGUUGAAACAGUCGAUUCACAAAGAGUGUUUCAACUGUAUCCGUGUGGGUGCCAAAGCAUUUUGGUUUUUUUAUAUUAAAGUGGGCUGUUGUAGUAGUGACAUCACAAUAACGGCUUUGGUAAUGGUAACAUUAGAGAUAGGAAUAUAUUCAUAUUCAGUGCAUACGUAAGUAAACAUGUUUCCCCCUCAUUAAGUAAACCGUCAGUGAUGUUGCGUCUCCAUGGAGACAUGAAAUGAUCUGCAGCACAGGGAGGGUGUAAACAACUGAAGGCAGCAAACCUUUGGCUGUUUAACCCUUUAUUCAAUGUCUCUGACAUGUCGGCACUGAGAUGUAACCUCUUAAACCAGUGCUCAGGUUAGAUAAAGUACUACUUAGAUGAGUAAACCACAGGUUGGUCACCAUCAGCCAUUUUUAAAUGUAAGAUAAGGUACGCCUUAUCUUACAUUUAAACCCAUGGCCUCUCGUUCCUUCUGACUUUGUCUAUUAUGUCAUCAUCGUAGGCAAAUUCAGAAUGUGAUAGUCAUACAUUUUCAUUUCAAUGUCUAGAGCUCAUUAACCUCAUGAGAGGGCAGGGAGGGAGAAACAGAAGAGUAGUGUCACCGCAUUGUUUUCUCACUGCCAGGCAUGCCUUUGGUUUAAAUAAAAGACAGCUUUUAUUUUAGACACAUUCCUGUCAUGAACUUUGUGUUGCUGUUCUUACAUUUCCAUAACUUUUAAGCAAAAGUCAUAUCCAAUGAAAAGUCCCCCUGUUAUUACAGGAGCGUGACUCUUUCAUUUUUCUUUCCUUUACAACAUUACACAUGACUGAAGAAGAGAAGAGGAGGUAAAGAGAGAUCAAAUCCUACAACGAAGGAGUGAAAAAAGCAUCACACAAGAGUCUACUCUGUUGAUGACUUCUGUUGUGACUCCAACAACCUUUGAAAUUUCAUGUUUAUGCCAUGAAAUAGAUUAAACCUGCAUUACUGAAUUUCUUCUAGGUGGGGAUUAGGUCAUUUUAGAGGGGUUUGAUCAUAAACAUGCAUACAUUUUAAGGGACUAGACUAACUGAAUUUUAAAAGAGUGAGAGAGGUUAAACUACAAGCAGAUUAUUUUACUGUCAUGAUAGAAAUCGGUUAAGCAAAUUGAACCAGUAUGACUUCUUAUCAGGUCAUACAGCUACUCUUCUGAAGUGAAUCAGGUCUUUUGUGUUUAAUAUUAGCUUCAUGAAUGAAUGAGAUGAUGGUUCUUGUAUCUUUGCACUCACUGACGGUUACUUUAUGAACUGGAAAAGUGCUCCAUUCAAUUUCUCCCGCUCCUUGUGCUAUGCUGCUGCAAAGCACAUGCAACCCCCCUCCCCCCCUGCUUAUUGCUGAUUUCCACAUUCUUAGAUGUUGAAUGAGGUUAGCAUGAGGGAGUCCUUACAUCCUGCUUUGCCUCCUCUUUUUUUAGAUGUGCUAGAUGCUUUUCUCCUCAGCCGGCCCCUUCUUUGUCCUCUUAACUGCUGCAGCGGCCCGCUUCUUUAGUCCCCUGAUAUUGUGCCUUUAACUGAUGCUGCAUAGAUCCUUUUAGCCUCCACUCUGUCCGUCUUUAAAUGUCCUCCCCCCACAUCAGUGCAUUUGUCACCCCCAGCAUGUGUGCAUGAAACUGUACCAAAGUGUACAGGCCUCGCUUGACCCUUGAGGUCUGGCCAAAAUGUACUUGUCCUUUUUCUGCCAUGAACUUAAAACUCUGUCUAAUUAACAGGAAGCUCCAUAUGUGAUGUACAAGAAAAACUAUAUGCAGAUGGACGGGAAUGACAGAUAUGAGGGCUACUGUGUCGAUUUAGCUUCUGAAAUUGCGAAACAUGUGGGGAUAAAAUAUAAGCUGUCAGUAGUUCCUGAUGGGAAGUAUGGAGCCAGAGACCCUGAGACCAAGACGUGGAACGGGAUGGUGGGUGAACUGGUUUAUGGGGUGAGUAUCUGACUUGUUCAGUCUUUAAUCUGCAUUGUAAGAGUCUUUGAGCAUCUACUUGAUUUAAAGCUCCUGUGAGGAAAUUUUGGUUUGCAUCAAAUUUGGCACCCCCUUGCCAUCGUGGUGCAUCUAAUGUCCAUGCUGAUUUAAUCUUUUACAUGUUUCAGUGGAUUUUGUUUAUCUCGGCUGUUUCGUAACAGUCACGUGUCACUCAUCGAGACUAUUUGAAGUGGCAAAUGUAAAACGGGCUGUUUCAGCAGCUUGCUGUUUGUCCUUUUGUCUGACUUUGACCCUGACAGCGACAGUUUCAGGCAUUAAAAACCUGUAUAAUCAACCAGUUUUCAUACGUGUUAGUUUUUUUUUUUCUGCUGUAAAAAGGCCUCAGUAUUAAUUUCAGUUUUAAACAGGUGGGAUGUUCUGAUAAAACUCCCUCAGUCCAGCAUGAGUCACAACAAACCAAACAUAUGUGAUGCAAGAUUAUCAAGUAUGUUACACUGUCAAGCAUCAGACUUUUAGAUUUAAUGUAUUGUUUCAUCAGCAAAGUGAAUAAUUCAGCAUGUUUUUUUUAAAUGUGGAUGAAAGUGAAAGCUGAUGUGUUAAAUUAAUUAAGUUGGCAGAUGCCUUAAAUAUAACAAACCUUGCUUUCCUUAUUUUGAAGCCAUGAUUAUUCAAAGAUAGGAGUGAUGAUAAUCAUUCAAUAACAAAAAGAAAAUAACUUUCAGUAUUAAAAAUUAAAUCUGUUGGACUGAGUAACUUCAGUAAGUCUCUUUUCAAAUGUUAAAUCAUUAACACUCUUGUUUUCAUCAUGCAUUUCAUGACUUGAUCUCUCUUGAACUUCAGCUCGAACAGGACGAUACAUUUUUUAUGAGAGCUCAGCCGCUGAAUGAAUGAAUAAUGUUAAAAGAUCUCACAAGACAGAGUGGAAACUAAUAACAAUCUGCAUGCAGACAGUGUUUCAGUGCAGAUGCCUUAAUGUCUCACCUGUAGCCCCUGCUGUUAUAACUAUUUCAUAGCCCGCCUACCCUGUGUUAAUAGCUUAGACAGAUUGAUAUGACUCCCUGGUACGCAGUACAAUGGACUCCAUGUCUGUCUUAACAAUGACUUUGCCUCGCUAUUAAAUAGUAAUUCACCGAGAUCAAUCUCAUACAAAUAUGAAAAGGAAGUGUCUGCUUCUCACUGAGGCUCCCUCUAUCUAUACAUUAUAUAAGACUGCACUGAGUUUCAGUACUCCCAGUUUUAUUUAAAGUUCAGUCACACCCUUUCGUCAAACAUUUGUCACCACACUGAGCUGAUAAUUGAAAAGCCUGUCAGGUGUUGCAGAGGAUCUGAUGUAGGGAGAUUUAACAGGCUGAUUCACAUUUCAUGGCCUGCUUACAUAAGCUCCUCCACCUCUGUCUUUCGAGCCCUCUUCUCGAUUCAUGGAGGAGAUUUGGAUGGAGACAAAGCCUUUAGCCAACACAAAUGCUAAGUGACUCAUUUUCAAAUGGCAGAUUCCCUCCUGCAGGCUUUAUUGCAGGUCUGCUCUUCAGCGUAUUCCAAGCUGCUUCAUUUCUCCAAUCUGUUUACUCCCUGAAUUCACUCCAGACACUGGAUGCCUGGCCAUGUUUAUAUGAUUAUAGGACAGAGUGACCUGUGUAUGUCGCCAUUGUUGUUGCUUUGUUAUCUAAAGAAAUGGAGCCAGAAUUUAUAUUGAGUUUGACAUUUUAGGAUGUUUUUACUCAAUCUGGAGCGAUCAAACUGUCUAUCACGCAGCAGAUAUAGCAACAAUAGCAGGAUAGCAGUUUUGAUUCAUGUCACUAAGUCAACACCCACUCCCUACUACAAGGCAUUGUUUCUGCUGCUUUUGUCUUCUAAAGAUGAGGAAAAUAUUGACAAAAAAUGGUAACAUAACUACACUUAAGUGGGCAUAAGUAGCAGCUCAGCUCACAGCCCCCUCACUUGACAUCCUGUAGAAGAAAAUAAUAGGAAAGACACACAUUUUUAACCCCCAUACUCAUUUCAGAGGUUUCACUGGUUUUGAUUUACAGAUCUGUUUGUUUGAAGAAGUUGGAGACCUCUGAGAAGAAAUUGUUAUUUGCUUCAUUCAACAUAUUUACUGGUUUUAAUGAACUUUAUUGAAAGAAAUACAAACAAGUAGCCUUUGGAUGUGUUGUGGAAAACUUGAGGCGGUUAUAUACUGUUUUGUAAUACUAAUUCCUUUUGUGCCUGUUUCCACAGAGGGCUGACAUAGCUGUGGCUCCGCUUACGAUAACGUUGGUUCGAGAAGAGGUGAUAGACUUUUCCAAGCCCUUUAUGAGCCUUGGAAUCUCCAUUAUGAUAAAGAAGCCUCAAAAGUCCAAGCCGGGGGUGUUUUCCUUCCUGGACCCUUUGGCCUAUGAGAUUUGGAUGUGUAUAGUUUUUGCCUAUAUCGGCGUGAGUGUGGUGCUCUUCCUGGUCAGCCGAUUCAGCCCAUAUGAGUGGCAUCUGGAUGAGAACGAUGAGGUGAAAGACCCUCAGAGCCCCCCAGACCCCCCAAACGACUUUGGGAUUUUUAAUAGCCUGUGGUUCUCCCUGGGCGCCUUCAUGCAGCAAGGAUGCGAUAUCUCACCAAGGUUGGUUGUUGUGUUCACUCUCCACCACCUUUCAGUUGUCCUCAUCAUCUCUCUGCAUUUUAUGGUCCCAUGCGUAGCUUCAUCUCCAUCCUGCCAUGGUGCAUAUAGGUUAUUUUGAGCUUUGCUGCUGUCCACCUGACCUCAUGCUUCACUUCACCGCAUUCCCCCUCUAUUUCUUUCUCACUAUCAUCAUACGUCCUAUUUGUUUUCAAGCUGCAUGCUGGCACAGAUGCUUUGCAUCCACAAAAUAACUUAUAUCCACCAUGCUGAGGGCUGUAAAAUGCACAGGGGUCAUUACAAUUCACUCAGAGCAGCUGCUUCGAUUCCUCGUGACUCUUGGAGGGCUACCGUGUUUUUGCUGCAUGUCCAUUUUACGGUCAUCAACUUGGUGCAUAUAAUGCAUUUUGUGCAGCACCAUGACAAUAUUAUGUGUUUUCCCAGCACAACAGCAACACAGUCAUCCAUCCAUCCACCCAACCAUCCAUCCAUCCAUCCAUACAUACUGUACAUACAUACAUACAUUCACCCACUGUUGUGGUGCUCCUGACCUCUUCUUUAAAGGUAUAGGAUCAAGAAUUUCUGUCUGUCUUUCUGGUCUCGGACUUUUGAGACUUAAAAAAGCUGAUGGAAAAGUAAUGCAUUAAAAAGUUAAGGAUUUUUUUUUUUAAUACAAAAUCUGAUUAGUCCAACAGUAUGUGAGGUUAUUAAUGAUGUUCUGCUGGAAAAUAACAUAUUUUUACUCACAGGGACAUUUAGCAUUCUGUCAGGGUUUUUUCGGUUUCUAGUCCAGCGCCUCUUUAGUUAUGAGGACCUCAAACAAGAAACACUGGGAUGAGUGGAGUGCCUCAAAUUAUGCACAGUAUUAGUUAAAACUCUUAUAAAAACCCUGAUUAUUCAACAAUAAAGAAACUCUGAAAGAGUCUGAAAUGUCACCAUGGUGGGAUUUUUAUUUCUUUAACUUAUGUUUGACAUUUUACGUUAUAUAACGGUGCACUCUCUGAAUAACAGACAGUGAUUAAUCAGUGCAUCUGGGAAGCUGUCUGCGUCUAUAUUACCAAACGAACGGCUCAUUAAAACGAAAGUGCCUUUACAAGCAGAUUCAGACACAUGAUAGCUGCAUCAGACAGUAUUCACAGCACAGGUUGAAUGCAAGCUCUGAUACCAGAUGAGUCUGACUUUAGCGCAGUCUUUGGAGAAGUACAGACAGAGCAGCUUCUGCAGUAUAAUAUAUCAGUGACAAAAAUCAAUUAAGCAGCAAAUGAAGGAUCUUAUUCCUACAUGCAGUUUUUGAAAUGAAUCUGCUGAUUCUAUAAUUUUGCUGAACAUUAUAACAUUUCCCUACAGCAGUUUCCAGAUCAAUGCAGACCGGGAGGGGGUGAGGGGCAGUUUUUGGUUUCUAUACGGUUAUCAUACCUUCUGUUAUCUGUUGUGCAGUUUCUGCUACGACUUUGCCUCCAGCUCAGCCAUGUUUAGAGCAACUCAGUGACCCCACUCUGAUGUCAUUGUUGAUAUUUUCCAUGAAUAAUAGCUGUUUAUAGAUAAGACCUCAGCACCGUCUGCCUGGAAUUACAGCCUGUCUAAAACUUUGAUGAUGCAGUUGGAGUUGCUGCAGAUUUUUAUUGAAUCUGUGAAGGACAAACAAUAGAUGGAAGGCUGGAAAGUGCCACAAGGAUAACAUAAAUACCUGAAUAUACUCUCCAAUAUAUACACCAUGAGCAGCAGCACACCUGCAUUGCAGUGAUGCAGAGAGAACUUGUUCUUGAAAUGUGAAAUACAAGUUUGUCUGGGAGCAACACAGUCAGUGGAGUACGUGUGUGAUGGAAACUGUUCAGGUUGGCACCAGAGGAAAAAGUUCAGUUUAAAUAUAUGAACUAAGGUUUGCAGUGUGAGACACAGAUUUUCAAAAUCGGGUCUUAACCCUGGUGUGGAAACAGAAGAAUUGGUCAAGGACCAGAGAGCGGAAUAGGAGUAUCAGUGUGACAGACCGGUAUGCUUCAUCAGUCCCAGACUUUAGUAAGAGACAGGGUGUCAUGGUGCUUUUCCUUGAGACUGCUUCUUCCCUGUUCACUCUUGAGUCUGUGUCAGAGAGUGUUACAUAUUACAACAGAAAAAGUACAUUCAAAUGUUCUUACAAAUGCCUGAACCAAACACAAGCUGCAGUUUUGAACCAACAGAUACCAGAGGUAAAUAAACGUACUUCUUUGAACAUCCAUUAUUGUAGAGCUGCACAGUAGUUCAGGACCAGGACCUGCUUUUUUCCCACAAAAACAAAAACGUACAAUAGAAACGCUUCCAUUCCCGAGCUCAAGUAUUCAUGGGUAGAUUCAGGCACAUCUUCCCAGGAUAGAUUUAGACUAUUGUUGGGCAGAUUUUUGGUCUGUGUAAGACGGAUGCUCGCUUGAAUAAGCUCCUAAAUUAAUGCAGACAGUUAAACUGAGUUAAUGAGGCUUAUUAUAACUUUUCAUCAGCUGUAAUGGCAGUUGUACUGAGUUAAUGAUACUUCACUUAAGUGAACUUAAGCGUUAGUGUGCAUCACCAGGGACGUGCAGAUAAUACUGCAGCUCUCAUUCUAAAAUUUGUUAACUAGACACCAGAGACUCGAUACAAAAACAGUCAUUCCUCCCAUUUGUGUGCAGAUCACAACACGCUGCUCUCAUGUCUCUGUGUCUGCUCUCUCUCCUGCUCUCAGGUCUCUUUCGGGCCGCAUCGUCGGAGGAGUGUGGUGGUUCUUCACCCUCAUCAUCAUCUCCUCCUACACAGCUAACCUGGCUGCCUUCCUCACCGUGGAGAGGAUGGUGUCUCCAAUCGAGAGUGCAGAGGACCUGGCCAAGCAGACAGAGAUUGCCUACGGGACGUUAGACUCAGGCUCCACCAAGGAGUUCUUUAGGGUGAGUGUCUGGGCUGGCAGGCGUCCAUGCUGUCACUGCAUAACAAGGUUUCCUCUACCAGUACUUAAUGUUGGCUGAGGUACAGAGCUGAAGAGUCUCUGGAGAUUUCUUGUGGGCUUUUGAUUUAUUACCUGUCAGGUGAUAAAUCAUAUGAAUAAUCAAUUAAAAAAUGUCUAGAGUGUAUUCUUUCCCCUGAAACAGCACUUCCAAAGUACUUAUAAUGUGGCUGCACUAGAUUAAUUCAGUGUAUCAUUAAGCAGAGCUGCACAGUGUUUUAUAAAGCAUUUAGCAUCGUUAAAAGACUAAACAGCUGAAAGAAAAUAGUCUGCAUUCUUUUUGUAAAGGGAUUUAAAAGAUGAUACUCUGGGACAGAUAUAUCAAAGAUAACCAUUUAGAGAAGAUUAUAAGUUACACUCUGACUCAGACAAACUUAAAUAACAGUGAUAAAUAUUAUGAUCAGGGCUGUUAUCAGCUUUAAUCCGCUUCAUCUACAAAAUUUACUUCCAUUCUCUCCAUCAAAAUCAAACAUUUAUAAUCAGGCUUUCUGGCAACAGAAAUGACAAAUCCAUCCAGCCACAGACCAAACUCUGAUCAGCCUAUCUGCUCACAGCUUAUGCAGAUUUAUGUAUAUUUUUGCCACACAUACAGCAAAACGAAGAGUGCGACUGUUUUCAUUAAUGGUGUACGCCGCAGAAGUUUGUUAUCACAUUAAGAAUCUAAAAAGCAGUAUUAAUUCAAAGUAUGUUGGUCUCUAAGGGAGUGAAUCAUUUCAGAGAGUGUGUAAAUAUCGAUUGAAAUACUUCAUCAAAUCAUCAGUUUUGUUUUCAACUUUUUUAACUGUUCACCCAGAAUACUGUGAAUUAACUGUCUGUUCAUCAGGCCACGUCUGUCUUUGUGUCUAAAACUUUUGUUUAAAGAGAGAAAAAAAACAAAACUUUUCAGUGGAACUAGAAGAUGUCAUUAUUUUUCCAAUUUGUGAGCCUCUGUCACAGAGGUGAAAUCUAAAGAUGAGGCCCCAUUUCUCGGAAAUGGAAAUGUCAUUCACAUCCAACGUCCAGCUUUGAGCUGUGUCUAUUUUUAGUCCCGGUCCGUCUCUUGGUGUGAUUGCCCCGAGUGAAUCUGAGACAUUUGAUAAACACAAACCCUGGACUCAGAAAGACUUGGGCACAGUUUGUUGGUUGCAGACUGCCUUGGUCCACAGGGACUCAUGGAAUCACAUCGUACAACUCUUACAUACUCUCCUGAGAUUUACACACAGCUUGUGUACAUAUGCUAUAAUACAGUGAGGGUAGAACAGCAUGUUUCUGUCCGCUGGGUUCAGUUAUUUGCUCCGUUUAACACUCAGUGCUGGCUGUCUGGUUAGGGCAAUAAAAACAUACCUCCCAGGAGAAAAGGCAGAUAAAACAAAGGAAAAAUGUUUUUGGCUUUAGGACAAAAGAAUCUCCUUCUUGCUUUUGUGGUUAAUAGCAAAGUGGACAGACUUUUCAGGGAUGUGACCAGGAGCAGACAUGUGUAAUGCCUCUGUGACUGGACUCGUUUAUGAAGGCGUUCAAGCACAUCGGUCUGGUCAGCUGUGUCGAGCCCCGCUGAGUUCUAAAAGCAUUGAAAUGGAGCAAUCACUAUGAUCAGUGCGGAGGAGGUCAUCUGUAACUCACUGUCUCUUCCACUGCAGUGCUUUAAAACAUUUCCUCUGUAAAAGGUAGCUCUACAGAAAAUAUCACAUAUUUUCUGGAAAGUGAGAACCAGCGUGCUGUAGAGCAGUAUAUUAUCAAUAAAAAGAGCCAUGGCUCAAAUCCACUGACCACACAUUAUUACAUUUCAGAUGUAUUUCAAAGAUCUGGUUUAGGGUUUUCAGUAUGUAAUGUGAUGCUCAGAGGGGGAGGGGAGUAGAGAACGUCAUGCCCCAAAUCAGGAUCAGUGAUGGAGCUAAACCAGAGUCCUACAGAGGGAGAUCUGCUGUCAGCUGAUAGGCAGAGUUGCCAGGAUCAAUGUCUGAACAUAUCUAUAGUUGUCGUGACUGCAGAGACAGACAGCUGAUUUUAAUAAUUGACAGGCCAUCAAUGUUGUUUUGAGCCGUCAUGUCAGCUAAUUUUGCUUUCAUACGUUAGCUUUUCAUUUUCUAAUUGGAGAUCCAGUGCCAAAGAAAAUAAGUCAUCAGUCACAUAUAGAAACCCCCGACAAACUCCUUGACAUGUCUAUAUCACCCACUUCAUAUGAUGAGUUAUUUUUGAGCCUCCCUGAUGAAUCAUCACAUUAAAAGUGCUCACCCUGCUUAGGAUGUGUUAAUCCUCACUGUUAUUUGGCAGGAGGUGUUUAGCCAAAGGUGUUCGAGAGAAGAUGAUUGGCAGGUGUGUGGAGACUUUGUCCUGAGUGAGAAAUUCUCUGCCUUUCUUCCUCUAACUGGAAAUGUCAGAGCAGAGGAGCCGCUUUGAGCAAGGGUUGUUGAAAUGUGAUGAUUCAAAGCUGAUGAUGAAUGGGAGCUGCAGAUACAGUCACAGAGAGGUGUUUAAAGAGGGGAUGUCAUCUAAUCUUAUAUUUAGUCUGAAUCAUACAGCCUCCAUACUGCGCACAGUGUGUGAUGACAACUUAUGUUUCUGCCUUUGAGACUCACAAAUAUUACAGAGGUUUAUAAAGCCUUUGGGUUAUAGUGUUUGAGCUGUUUAAUGUAGAUUCUUAUGAAAUAUUUGUGUUUUAUUGUGUAUCUAUAAUAGUUUUCAUAUCUAACUCAGGAUAUGUCCAUGCAGUUUAAAAAAACUAUAUUAUUGUGAAAGAUACUUGUUCUCUUUCUCAGUGUUAGAAAAAAGAGAACUAAGAUUUAUUGUUUGAUGUCUAGACAACAGAAAAGUAAAAUGAUAGAUACAUAAAUGUUUAGUUAUUAAGUACUAUUCCCUUCUUUAUAAAGUCUUUAAAAAGUGCCCUCCUGGCUAUGGCUUAAUGGGCAGAUAUGAGAACUGCGCUGAUCUUUAAAAAUAGCUCUUGAAAGGAAAUAACUGAAAUAAUGAUUCAUUGUUGAGAUCUUCCUUCAGAAUAAAUCUCUGUCAUCACAUAGUUAUGUUUUAAUAACUAUCUGAAUUAUUUUCUAAACUGCUUUACUUGCCCUUGGUUCAACUGGCGACUAUCUGUAGUACAACUGUCAACCGUUGCCCGUUGACUGCAUACUGCCAUAGAUAGUGUCUCCAUCUCCUCCGUUUAUAAAAAUAAAAUAAAAUUACAGCCUUGAUUGGAGCUAACAUAUUGAACAGUUGACAAAUUUUGAAGCCAAAGCAUAUAUAAGAGCAACUGUCCGUGAUUGACGACACAUCCUUUCCACCAACUAUAACAGGCAUUUAACUCGCUGAUAAAACCAUAGAGAUCCUUUAGGUUGGUAUAGUCUGUAGCAAAACAUGUUCUUGUGUCUGUUUGAGACAGAGUUGUACUGGUGGUUUUAUGUUUUUAUGUUUUACUCUGCUAAUCUGAUAAAGAAAGGUGCAAGAGCUCACAUUUGAUCAAUGUAACGUCACAUCCCUCUGUAAAGCAUCAGAUAAGUAAUUAAAACUACACAAAGUACACAAGAGAUGAACACUUGCACACAGCAUGUCCAAAAAGGUUGAUUUUCUCUGACUAUACAGUACGUUAUUCCCUCUUUUAUCUAGGCCAGUGUGUUUCUUUUAUCCAUUAACUUAUUUUUACUGUAAACUUCUUGCAGUUUUCCUUAGAAGACAAGGCGAAAAAAACACCAUGUGACACUUCUGAAGUGGACUGCAAGAAGUUUGUAGUCAAAACACGUCAAGAUAGAAAAGAAAUUCAAUUGUGUAGAAAUAAGUAGUUAUUGUAAUGACAGAGAACAUGUCUCUGAAAAUAUUAAUGGAGGAGGUGGGCUCUAAGAUCUGUACUCAAAAGAAUUUGGCUUUACUUUAGGGCAGCAGUCGUGUUGCCCAUCAUUUAACUUUAAAAAGUUUGAGGGUUGAUUUUUAACUGUAAAUAAAGCCAUGCUUUUAUUGAUCUUAUUUCCACUGAUCUCAGACUUACUGUAAUAAACCUCAUGGCGCAUACGACUGAUUUUCACGCAGAUGAAAAUAAAAUGCAGGAAAGAGCGCACAUACUUUGUUGAGCCUGUCAGCUCUGCUUCAAGAUGACAGAUGAGCACAGAGGGACGUGAAUCACUCUCAGCUUUUCAGUCAUCCGCUGACAGAUAAAGUGGUGACUUGAAAAAACGGAGUCUAGACCAGUUUAUUUCCAGAACAGAUGAGGGGCCGUUAACCCAAAUUACUCACUGACUGGAGGAUAUGAUCUGUUUGUCAGUUUGGAGAUGACUGUUGCUCUAAAAGUCAUUAAUUCAAAUUCAUUUAUCCAGUCAUUAGUCUCUGUUAGCUCGGCUGCUCUAGAGGGGAUUACAAUUCUGUGAUCAGCUUCAGCUUCACAGACUUUAAACCCGGCAUGGACCCACUCUUGACAAGCUUGUGUCUUUCUGUAACCCUGAGAAGAAUUGCUGCUUUCACACUGUAGUCAGGCCUGUCAUCAGCUGUUACUGUCAUGUUAAUAGUGUUUACAUGAACACUCAACUGGACUCAAAUCGUGCAUAUGUCAAGAAUGAUUCACUUACCAGCCUGAGUCUACAAUCCAUUACAUCUACCGUAAAUUAUUUACACAACACUGACGUACACACUGCACAGCUGACAUACUUUGUCAGGUGACUCUGAUUUUGUCGUCAUUGUUUCCGACCAGAUUUGAUGUGGGACCAACCCAGGCAACCCCUGAACAUACAAACUGGAUAAAACUGGUUGUGCAGGCCUCAUUUAUCAACAUCAAUUACAAUUAUGGACCAAACUAUGUGAUCUGAUGUCCCCUCUUAUGUGGGAAAGCUUAUUUAAUGAAACAUGCUUGGGAUAAAGUAGAUAGAGAAAUAUUUCGUUUUUUUUUACUCUAAUAUGUGAGGGCUCUUCAAAAAUCAAAAAUAAAAUCUUGUAUUUAGUAUUUAUGUUUUAUAGAUAAUGUGAUUUUCCUGGAAGACUUGCUGCAUUGUGUUUUUUUUUAUGCUACCCUCAAAUAUAAGUAAAAAAACGUUUAAAAUAUAUUUUUAAAACAUGACUGUGAAGGGAAAAAAGCCUCAUGAAGGGAAGUAGAAUAAGGUAGAUUAUCUUGUUGAGGUUUAACAAAAGAAGAGGACCAAAGUGAAGACCACACAACAGUUUUAUUCUUAUUAAAUGGACACAAAAGGCUACCGCUGCGAAAUCUAGUGAAAUCAAACGAGCGAAGGAAAAUGUAAGGUCCAUAAAAAGGUGAAAAUAUCAUUAAGAGCCAAAAAGAUUCAUAAACAACAAACUUACUGACAGGAAUAGAAGAAAUUCAGAAAAUGUGUCCUUCAAAGGAUGUGUAUUUCUGAGUCUGAGCGGACCAUAUAGGCCAAACUAAAAUUAAAUGGACAAGUACAAGGAGGAUAUCCUUUUAGUCUUACCCGUAUAUGAUAAAAUCCUGCUCCUGUCACUUUGCAUCUGGUAGCUAGCUAUCUUACAAGCUAACAGGACAGAUGACAUGUAGUAUAAUUUAUUAUUUUGAAGAUAGUUUGGAGUUUUAGGCUUCAUUUAAUUGUUUGCAUAUUUUUAUAAACAUCAAUUUCACUUUAUCUGUCAUUGAGUUCAAACCAAAUAUGAACUCUUACAAUUAUAUUCAACAGGGAAAGACUGAAACUCUGCCGUCUUGUUUGAGUUGUUGCCGUGCACCUGUGAAUAUGAAGGUCCACAAAGGUUAUUGUCCAGGAAAAGAAGGACACAUCUGGAAACAAUUUGUAUUCCUUCAAAAUACAACAAAUUUGUCGUAAAAUGCACCCUUUGAAGGAUACAACCCUAGAAUUACAACACAGCCAGAGACUUCACACACAAAGGACACAGGUGAGACUAACAGGACAGGGGGAUACUAAAGGAAAAAGAAAAGAGAAAGUUAGUAAGUGCUGCAAAAUGAGAGAGAAGAGUGUAGCAAAAUAUAUCAAUGAAAAAAAUGGAACAAACCAAAAAUACAGUAAAGGUAAUACAUAAAUAAUCCAAAACACAUCAUAGCAGAAAGUUUCCACCCAAAGUUUCCUUCCUAAGGCAUGUCAAACUCCCAGCAGACGGUCACAUUAGACCGGGUUACAUCAGCCCCUCCAUUGUAGACAGCUGUGUACUCCAGCUCCCUAGUGACCGCCGAUCAGCCUCUCUGGGGCCAUUUUUAGCAGCGUACUGAGUGUCAUGGCAGGGCUGAGCUCUGCAUGUCUGUAGCUGCUCCAGCUGGCAGCUGACCCGGCAACAGAGGUGAAGCCGUCAGUCUGAGGGGAAGCAGGUCAAACAUGACGUUACAGAGAGAGAGAGAGAGAGAGAGAGAUAGAUAAUGAUGAACAAAAAGAAGGUUUAUGGACUUUAUAGCAUCGGAAUACUCAUGACCCUUUUAACUUGCUUCUGCUAAAAGGAAAUGUCAAGUUAAAGAGGAAUAAUAAGGGCUGUUAGCACUGAUGUAUUAAUCCUGAAUUGGGCUGGUUUCUGUUUUAAUUGAUCAGUUUCUAUCCCAUGCAUUGAUCACUUGCAGCAGUCCACUAUGAUCAUCUCUGUUUCUGUUCUGCUUCACAAGUGGCAUAAUGUUACACCAACGCAGCAGGUCCUGGCAGAUAAGAAAAACUUAAUGAGAACUAAAAUAUUCUCACUGAGCAUGAAUCUUAAAAAUGUGUAUGCUACUGUUAGGAAUCAAGAAGCAGAAUUAAAUUUCUGGUGCUUUUUUAAAAUUUGCUUUACAUGUGCAGAACCUGUAUGAGGCAGAAAAAGCAACCAAGAUGGGACUCCUGAUGAGUGCAAAUACUGUCAGAUUAACCACGUCACUGGACACCAAUGAGCAAUCACAGUGAUUCAACCUGCGCUCCUGCAUUUGUCCUUGCAUAUUUCUUCAUGUGUAACAGUGUUAUCAUAAAAAAAUGAAGGACUUCACAGAACAUGAAGCUGCCUCCUAACUUGAUAUAAACACACACACAGACUCUGGUGUCAUACUUUUGUGUGUAUUCAGGGCCUAUAACCCAAAGACCUGUAGUUUGUCAAACAGCCCAUUUUAAGAGCAUCAAACUGCUCACUAGGGAAUUACAGUCAAAGCACCACAGUCAAAUGACUUAAUAACAUAAAUGUGUAAAGAGAUAGACUUGAUUAAAUUAUAGAUAGAAAGGAGGCUAUGAUAUUCAUGACUCCUGCUGUAACCUGCUGCUUGGAGCGGACAGGAGGAGGUCACUUCAGCCUGUUAAUAUUGAUACCAAACACGACCUGCGUUUUGCUUCUGCUGAGCUGCCAGAUUGUCAGACUUCAGGCUGCUGGCACAAAGCCCACUACCUCUGCUGCUUUGCUGACAUAGAGAGGGUGAACCCUCUUUGGUUUGAAACAAGACAGUGAUAAGUGUUGAAAUAAGUUAAAAUACCCAACACUGACUUUGCCACAGACUGUGACAUCAGUGUCACAUGAUCAUGGAUGUUGUUGUCUGAGCCGUUUUUAACGAUCUUUUGGACUUUUUAGAAAAUACACCAUGUCUGCGUUUUGUUUUGGGGUGGAUGAAAAUAUUGUGUUUGUUUGUUUAUUUAUUUAUAUUUUAUUUUAUUUUCUCACAUCCACUUUUACAAUAAUAAUUCAACAGCCAUUUGAACAAUUCAGUUUAAAAGUGGUUUUAGUAAACAAUCGCCUUAUUAUUUUUAUAUAUAUAUAUAUAUAUAUAUAUAUAUAUAUACACGUGUAAAUGAAUAAAUCAGAAAACCAAAAUUUUUAGAAAAAUUAAGAAAGAAGGAAAGGAAAAAAACAAAAGACAAAAAUAACAACCAUCCAAUAAACAUCAACCAAACAAAGAAGACAAAAGGAAAAAAAAACAAAAAAUAAAGAAAAAGAACCAGACAAAAACAAUAUAUCAAAAACAAUACCAGUCAUGGGUUAUAAAUUCCUUUUACAUAAAGAUCCUUCGUCCAUUCAUCAGCAUAUACAUAUCUUUAUCAUUUACCUCUGGGUAUUAUUUAUGGUCUCACUCAGUAUCAAAAACAAACAAACAGGCAAAAAGCUUUAUAGGUUAUCAUUCCAUUUGUUCCCUCCAUAUUGUGUGUUUAACUAGCAUAAAGACUAUUAAAAUAUAUAACAAAUGAGAUAUAAUGUGCUAAUUACAUAACUUAAUUUGUGAUAGAAUCAGAGUAGCUGCUGUCAGUUAUUACAACAGGGGACUGUAUAUAAACAGAUGUUAUAGGAGCGUCUAGGGCAGCAUUUUUUUUAGUCUAUUAAUUUUUACUAGUUUUUUUUUUUUCUGAACAAAAAUAUGGUUAAUUCUUCCUUGUCAAGAAGCAACUCCACAGAAAACUGUAUUUGAAUUUUCCUCUGGGAUCAAUAAAAUAUCUAUCUAUCUAUCUAUCUAUCUAUCUAUCUAUCUAUCUGUCUAUCUGUCUGUCUGUCUGUCUGUCUGUCUGUCUGUCUGUCUGUCUAUCUAUCUAUGUAUCUAUCUCUAUCUAUCUAUCUAUCUAUCUAUCUAUAGAAAAGUCAAUCAAACCUCCUCCCCUCUUUGAUCAUUUCUAAACAGCCCCAAAACUAAUCCCCUCAAGCCUCAACAUAGAAACAGGGAUGAUAAUUUUAUUCAUGUUUGAGACAGAACUUCAGUUUAUCACCUGAUUAACUUUUCCUUUACUCAGACCCUGAGUAAAGGCCCUUUAUGAAUGUUUUUAAUCAUUUGUUGAUGUUUGAUUAACCUAACUCUUCCUAUCUUCUCUCUUUUUCCUCACAUGCAGCGCUCCAAAAUAGCAGUUUAUGAAAAAAUGUGGUCAUACAUGAAAUCAGCUGAGCCGUCAGUAUUUGCCAAGACAACACCUGACGGGGUUGCCCGGGUACGAAAGUCGAAGGGAAAGUUCGCCUUUCUUCUCGAGUCUACUAUGAACGAGUACAUAGAGCAACGGAAACCCUGUGACACCAUGAAAGUGGGCGGGAACCUCGACUCUAAGGGUUAUGGUGUGGCCACUCCGAAAGGCUCUGCAUUAAGGUGGGUGGGAUAUUAUGACAAUAUCCUCAUUGUUGUUAUAGUAUUCCACCUACCCUGAUGUCUCCUUUUGCCGUUUUCUGUGUCUGUAACUCUUCUUUUUUUCCAAGUGCAUCACACAGUGAACAGUAUUUAAAUUUAAUCAACACGUGAACUCAUUUUCUGUCGUGUCCGAUGUAUCUGGUUUGUGUCUAUUACUUUCUUCUUUCUCUUAAGGUUUUUUAUUGGUAUAAGUCACUUUCAGUAAAUCAUUUGAAUGUUGAUGUGCACUCUCGCCCUCCACAACCUUGUUUGUUUUGCUCUCUCCCCUUCAAUCUCUCCUCCUUCCUUGUUUCCUUGGUGCCCUCCUUUGCAUUGCUUCUAACUCGACACUGAAAUAUGUCUCUUUUUGCUAGUUUAAAUGCUGCUCUGUCAGUUGUGAUGAAUGUUAAGCUGCAUGCUGGAUGUUCUUAUUUCUAGUUCAGCAAUGAAAGAAUGUCCCCAUCCCGCACACUUCAGUUACAAGCAAUGUAACCCUCCAUGCCACCUCUCUAAUAUUUAUAACAUUUUCUUUGCUGUAAAGAUGCUUCUUACCUUUCCACACCAGUGAAAUUCUUUACCAAUUUGUCCCUCCCGUGCUCCCCUAUGAACCAUUGAUAUUAAUCACUAUUCUUUACUAAUAUUCUAUAUUAGAUUUCUCACGGACCUGUUCAUUUUCUUACAAGUUAUGUUUUAUCGUUUCAAGAAAUGCUGUUAACCUGGCAGUGUUAAAACUGAAUGAGCAAGGCCUCUUGGACAAAUUGAAAAACAAAUGGUGGUACGACAAGGGAGAGUGCGGCAGCGGGGGAGGUGACUCUAAGGUCAGCCUCAAUGUCACCAAAGUCGGGUAUCCUAGAACAGAGUAAUCGGCAAGGCUGUCCUCUUUAAACAUAGCCUUUUUGGGCCUGAAUACCUUCAACUAGUUGUAAAAAAAAAUGCUUAUUUAUUAUUUUGAGCAAAUGUGAUCGACUGGGAACCCUUUACUUGGCUAAUGGAGGAGAAAAAGCCCAGUUAAUGUGUUAAAGUCCAGGAGUAGCACUCAAAAGAAUCAGGUAAAAGACUGAGAAAUGCUAUUGGCAGACAGGGUGGUUAUUUCUGUGUUUUUGGUCUGUAGUUAUGAAAGAGAGAAACCCUCUUUCUUCUGUUUUUUGUAUCUACAGGCCAAAUGAGAGCUGUGUGUCUUCAAAUUGUUGCUUUUAGGUCAGAUGGUUAAAGGUAAAUAGAUUUUAUUGUUACAGCUAACACCUCCAAGUCAAACUUUAAAUGCACUCUCCAAAUCUGCCGCCUGGGCAUUAGGGCAGGCACGGGGAACAGCGUUGUCUUGAGGGGACUAAGCAUCGCAGGCAAACGUGAGAAUUCUAAUGACAGACUGACAACUAACGGUCCAAACUUUUCUGUCCAACAUCCUCUCACUGAAAUCCAGCGUUAAGACUGACAGACACCUUUGGUUGGUCUUGAUCUAAGGCCAGUCAAAGUCUAUCCAUGGCCACCCUGACCUGGUAAACCCUGCAGUGUUAGAGAGUAAGAUGUGAUCAGGGGCCUUGUUUGUACAAGAGCAUUUGAUUCGAGUCUCCCUUUCGUAUUUGUAUGUUUUUAAGUGUGCAAAAAGUGGAGAGGCACGUACAUUCAGAGGUUAAAAUGGGACUGUGUGACUUCUACGAAAGAGUGGCCACUAGUGGCCUAAAGAUGUGGUAACAGGAACUUGGCAUAUCUAGCUCUCUGAAGUAUUCACUGUGAUUUUUUUUUUCAUUUUGUGACUAAAAAGUUUAAGUCUGAUAUCUUCGAACAAAGUUUUACAGUAGAGCAUCAUUACAGAAAUGUUUAAACUUAAGGACGAUCAGUUAUCAAUCCUAAAUUUCACCCUGAAAAUUCUCAAAAAGUUUCGGAAAAUUUUCUUUGUCUCUCUUCCAAAUUCUUGUUAAUUUUUGUUAAAGUUGCUCUUUGAAGUCUUCAGUCAUUAAAGAAAACUGUUAUUACUCAGGAAUCAGCAGCGAAAUGAAUACUGAAAUAGGGAUGAGCUGUUUAUGAAUGUAACAUUUUACUUGAUUAAAUUUUCCUUUAUAAUUAAAGUAGAUUGAUUCUAGUUUCAAACUUCACAAAGUCCCACUUGAAUCUUGUCUGUACAAAGAAGAAUUUACAAUUGGAAGAAAAAGCUAAUUAAUCAUCAUAAACUUUAAUUCUUUCUAAAAAAAAAAACACUUUUCACAGCAGUGUAUAAUGAAUUCACCUUAAAAAAAAGAGUGAUGAUAUCCUCUCCACUUACACAAAUAACUAAGCUCUUUUCAGUCAAAUCUCUUUUACAAUCUCGACAUAAACGAGGCUCCUGAUCUUGUGUUUUUCAGACAGUAGGGUGGGCGCAGUAAGAGCCCGACAGUGGAUCCAUCUUUGCCUCUGCUCUUCAGCUUGCAUCAUGACCACAGUACACUCGGCACAUUGUGAGAGAAGAGACAAGGCAAAACUUUGCUGUUAUUGACUUGAGUCAUCCAUCCCUGAGUGAGCAGGAGAUGGAUACUUCCAGUGGGAUAACACAAAGAAAAUGUCUUCUCUCGCUGGCAAUUUGCCCCGACCCCUCAGUUAGAGAGACAAAGAGAGAGAGAGAGAGUAGAAGAUCAUUAUAACUCUUCUACAUCUGACUGCCACAUUUCUAUGUCCUUAUUUCACUUUCAGAAAUGCACAUGUGGGUAAUUGACGAUACGAUAAAAAUAUAUUGUAUGUAACUACCACUGAGAAAAUGUGACAUUCAUCAAAGAAAUGUUAUCAUCAGGUCCCUGAAAUCAAAUUGAGUAUUUAUAUUUAUUUAUUUUUUAACAGAAAUCAGCAGAAAUAAUGAUUUUAUUUCCAGAUAUGCUUACUUAAACCAAACUAAAAUCCAAUCAGAACAUAUCUCCUAAAGUUAUUUUCAUUUUUAGUGCUGGAUAAUACUAGAUUGUGACAUCCUUCAGGGUAAUUUAUAUUUCAUACUGCGUGAUGCUUUAAUAUGGCAUCAUACAGUAUAUGCUGUAUGUCUUGAUUUCCCCAUGAGAGUCAGUUUUGUGCAUGUUUGUCUUGUGACUUAUUUGUGUGAUUAUGAAUGCUUUCAGAUGCUGUUGUCUUGUUUUGCAGACAGACAGAAAGGUACAGUUCUGAUGUGACCAAACAUGCAGUAUGACACAUACAUAACCUCAUGAAAUGUGUCUCAGAAAAAAGAAAAAUAACAGGAGGUGGACACAAUGUAAGAAACACCUGUGCAGCGUAUCAAAAGUAAUACAACUAUAAAUAUUAUAUUUGUGAAGUUCAGAAGUCCGAACACGACUGUACAAAGUUACAAACGUUACUUCAAUUACUUCACAAAUGCUGUAUUUAUAGCACUUGCUGUUGUAUUGCUUUUUAAUAGACUACACAGUUGCUCUGUCCAUCCUGCCUGUGCUUAAUCAGAGGGUAUUAGCAGUAAUGAGCUCCUGAAAGAACUAUCAAGUGUACAUCAGUGUUAUUAUGGAGGGUAAGAAUCGACCAGCAAUAGCGGUCUUCUUAUUGGAAAUGCUGACUCAGCGAAAAUUCUGUGAUCUAGAGGCAGGGUUAAGGCGAUAAUGUGCCCACCUGUCAGUCAAGUCAGACACACCCUUUAUUGUACCUGGUUAUGCUAAACUUGUAGAGUUAAUAUCUCCCUAAGUGACUGAAUGAGUCUAUGUUAUCAACAAGACCUCUUUACAGUGUUAAUAAAUGGAGAAGAAGGCUUUUUACUGGUACUGUUUGUGUACCAGGCUGUAAACACCUUUAUUUCUGCCAAAUGGGCCUUUUAAUAUGGGUGUCUUUGGUGCCAGCCUCCAGUGGACACUUUAGGAACUGCCAUUAUUAGCACUGCCCCAUUUGUUUAAAUGUUGUUAUACCAGAGGUUGCAGCUUUAGAGCCAUUCAUACUUAGAUACUCCGUUAUUAGUCCUACAAGGGGAAAUGCCCAUUUCAGUUCAUCCCGUCCAAGAAACAUAAAAAAGACACAUACAGGAGAAUUGUCGGAUCGCCACAGACCGGCGCCCAUUUUCAUAAAUGGGUAAAAGGAGAACAGGAGGGAGGAAGAGGGACAAAAAUAUGUAUUUCAAAAAAAGAAAUGUAUUUCCAUAUCUGUUAGCUCUGCAGCAUUGCUUUAACACAAGCUAAAUACAAAUCCAUACACAAAAACAAUGUAAUGACAAAUUAUAGUAAUAUCAAUAGGAUUUACACAGGGUUUCUCAUUAACUUUGUAAGACACGUCUAAGAAAUACAGAAGACAUGGAUAAAAUCAGAGCUUAAAAUCACUCAUCUAUGAAGGAAUACAUCCACUCUUAUGUUAAAGAGUGUAGAGGUGUUCUGAUAGCUAGCAUUAUAGUUGUGAAUUAGUUAUCUGAGUUUUAAAAUCUAGCAUAGUUUUCAAAUUCUAUAGUGAAAGUGUAUUGGGGUAAUGUUUACAUCCAUAGUGGAUGAUGUAGUUUCAUGAGUGCAAAGCAGCUAUGAAAUAUCUUCCAUAACAUCCUCACACUUCACUCUGCAGCCAACAAUUUAUACUCAAUUAAGAUGAUUUUACCCUCAAACUGUAAGAAAAAACACCCAGCUUGUUAGUGCAGCAUUUUACGGCAGAAAGAGUUUUUACAGGUUUGGCACGAAAAGCUUCAAAGCAACAGGAGCACCGACUAACUGCUCCUCUGCUCCCUAUGUUAAACGAGGCCAGAAAUUUCUUGAGCAAACCACUCAGUAACACUUUUAAAUUUGCUCCUGUGUUCCCAUUUUUGGCACUACAAACACAGAAACACACAAUUUCCUUGUCCAGAUUAAAUUCUCUCAUUUAGCAGACAAGAGGAAGAGUUUAAGCUCUAAAUGUGCGCUUUUGAAAGUUCAUUUUCAUCUUUUCUCUCACAGCCAAUAUCUAAGCUGUUGAAUAACGGCUGCUGACUCACCUCUUUUCCCCAGGAAGCCUCCAUAACCAAAGCAACCCUGUCCACACAUGCAAGUAUGUGUGAGAGUGAGUGUGCGUCUAAUAGCCCGUCCUCAAUUAAGGUCCACAAUACAGACAGAUUAUAGAGGUUUUUCUUAAUUGUAGAAACCACUUUACACAUGUCCCUUUUUAGUUCUGUGGGGAUUUCUAUAUUAUGUCACACAAAUCUGCAUCUUGGAGAAGAUGACGUAAAAUGGGUUGAUGCAAUACAAUCUAAUCAACCUGACACAGAAUCAAUAAUCUUUAUCAUUCGUUAGGUAAAACGGGGGGCGCUGUCUGUGGAAAAACUAUAAGUUUAAUGUCUACAACAUGGUUUUCUAAUGACCUCAGUGCUUACAUGUGGCCUGACAUUUAUAACAUGUUUUUAAAUGUCAAGAUAUCUGCUCUAGAGUUCAACCUUUAACUUUACAUUCUCCAAGGUUAAAGAAUGAAAUAGAGAAUGCAGAGCGAGGCAAAAGGUUGUUUAUCACAUCCAUAGAUUUACAGGGAAGGGGGAGUGGGCUAGUUUGUGUAGAUAAUAAUGAGAUUAAGACUGAUUUAUAUGAAACAUUAAUUCUUUAAUGUAGAUUUUUUUUAUUCACUGAGUAGAUACAAGAGCUUAGGGAUUUAUAAGGACUGUGUGAUUUACCAAAUAUACAUGAGUUUAAAGCUAAACAAACAUUAAAGAGAUCAGUAUGUUCAAACAUUUUACAUCUUUAUUUGUUGCCUGGAAAAUACCGUCCAUAUGGCCUCAGUUCUUUGUGUUAUUUGUUUUAUUUUCUGUUAGGACAAGAUUCAAGGGCCUUCAUAGUUUUUUCUGUAACUGUGUGUCUGGACAGUGCCCUCAUUACAUUAUUCAAAGGACCAUGGCCACCACCUGGUGGUGUGUCUGAGGCCCUAAUCUGAUGACCAGCGCUUGAUAUGGCGUCAUCAUUGAGAAGAAGAGGAAGAGGGGUUAUAAGGACACAUCAUUAGUUAUCUUACUGAGGAAAAUGUGAAAGUUAAUUUGAUGCUGAAUUGGCUGUUUGAACAAAAUGUUGUUGGAUGAAUAAUUCACUUUAUAGACAGUCAUGAUCAAAUCUGUCAGUUUUCAGCUUCUGCUGUCAAGAGAUGAAAAGGUACACUCAGUAAUGUCUCAGUAAUCUUACAAAAGAGCACUGAAAUUAUUUACAAAAUGUUGCAAUCUUCAACUUCAUGUUCAUUUUUCUUUCUCCCAGUUUGUUGUUUGAUUUACAUUUAUGAGUCUUAAAAUUGUAAUUGGAUUUUGUCAUCAUAACUCUGCCUUUCAAACAGCUCUGACUGCUAAAUAGGACUUCAGACCAUCAACACCAUUAUGCACGUUUUCUUAAUAUUGUUUUUACUCGUUUCAAUAACUAGAUAACAUGAUUUGUAUUCUGUUGGACAUACAAGGAACACAGUGGUGAAUACAAUAUAUUUGAUGAUGUUGGAUUGCAAACAAUGAUUUUUAUUUUUACUAUAUUUUUUUCUGAAAGGAAAUAAGCCUGGAAAUCUAUCAGUCAAGGGAGUUAAGUGUAAUGUCUGGCAAAAUAAAAACCCCAAAACCUGACUCCCUUUAUUAGGGAUUUAGAGAGAAAAAAAGGUCUAAAAACAACUUCUUGUUGUGACCCAAACCCCUAUUUUAAGACGGAUAAAUCGAGACCGCAUGAUAUACAUUUGGAAAUUGGCUGUAAAUUUGCAUUUUGCUCUCCUGAUUGGUUCAGAUGUUUCUCCAUGUGAGAAUAACAUUGAACUCUGUCUAGUUUAAAGGGGUGGUUUUGUGAGACAUUAGCCUCUACUAGCUGGUAUUGAAAUUGGACUGCCAAGUUUUGUCUGUUAGUCAAAAAAGGGUUCCUGUUAGAUCCACCUUGCCAACAUCAAAAAAGGCUGCCCAUAGCAAAACCAACAAAAGUGCCCUCAGCGAUAACUGCCUCUGUUUUCUUUCAUUCUGCAAAGCUAUGCAGCAGCUGCUUUAUUCUGCAAGUUCAGAUCUUUUCUCUUCUUGUGAUCAGUGUGUGCCGAUUACUCAAAGCGAUAUAGGUGGGGUCUGGCAUGCUAGGGUAGUCAUGGAUUAUGAAAAGUCAUAUAUUAUACAUACAUUUAUACAUAUACUGUAGUGUUGCCUGCUAUAUGUGAUGUGUUGGCCAGGACCCUACUCUAUCGCUUUGCACAGUUUAAAGUAGUAAUAAAAAAAGUUGAAUAACAUAAAAUAACAUAAUUAAAUGUUAUUUAUGUUAUUUCCCACGUGAAGAACUCCUGUAAACCUUGCAGUAUUGAAACUCAGUGAACAAGGCAUCUUAGACAAGCUGAAAAACAAAUGGUGGUACGAUAAGGGUGAAUGUGGAACCAAGGACUCUGGAAGUAAGGUCAGUCGCUGCAGGUCUUUUUAUACUGAUUCCAAAAUGCAUUUUGACCAAACUGUUCAUAUGCAAACAUCCCAAAAAAAAAAAAAAAAAAAAACAUUUCCUCUCAGACAUGACAUACAGUAUAUCUGGAUUUUUACCUGUCUGCCCUCACAGUUACAUGUGAAAGACACUACAAAUAAAGCUUACACAUAGUCAAACUUGUGAACACUGUGAUCAUAACUCAUCACAUUGACAUUAUUUCAUUGUAUGCAGAUGAUACCAGAGUUUAAAACUGCAGCAUGAUAACACACAUUUUUUAUUCAUACCAUAAAAAUUAUGAAAGUUGAAUUGAAACCAUUAUACUGCUAUAGUUUUUGUCCAAACUUUUAUUGAAAUUUAGUUUAUUGGUGUUCAUCAUUUGUAUGCAAACUGCAUCUUUUAACUCCAAUACAAACAGCUUCUAUUCCCCAAAAGGCAGCCUUGUUCUCACAGGGUCCAAACUGACCUUUAAAUACCAUCGUAGCACAAUGUGGGAAACAUUUAUUUAAUACCCAGGCCACAUAGUUGAAGUGUCACCAUUAGGAACCAAGUGUAACCCUUUUAUCUUAUAUAAAUAAGCGUUUAGAAAAACUUUAAAUUAACGCCAGUAGGGCUUCAGAGUCUCCUCAGGGCUAGAAUGCAAAUGGUAAAACUCAUAAAUUAAUUUCAAUAUCAAUGUUUGGCUCUUAAUAGCAGCAAAAUGGUUCAAUUCUCCCUCCACAGCUUGCCACUUUGAUUGUACAAAUGCAAAUGUGUUGGAAGUGAAGCAGCUAUGACUUAGAAUUGAGGGUUUAAUCUGUAGACCUGUACGACCACGACCGCCUUCCUCUAUACGUGGUCUCGUAAAGAGUCCACAAGCAGGACAGAUAGAAACUCUCUCUACAUUCACCUUCACAGCUCCUUAGAGUAGAAAUAACCUGUGAGGAGGAGUUAGACACAUCUAAGUUGUACUAAUUUAUCUUUGUUAGGUUAAUUUAGGCAUCUAUAUCUCAGAGGGUUUUCUAGACACAGUUAGCGGCCUCCUCAAAGUCAAUGUGCAGUCAUAUUAACACAGGAUGUGCAGAUAGGAUUUGUGUGAGAGUGUGCAUGUUGUUAGAGGUCAGCCUCAUGCUGCCAGUUUAAAAAGUCUUAACAGUGGUCUCUACCUCCCCCAGGACAAGACAAGUGCACUAAGUCUGAGCAACGUGGCAGGAGUCUUCUAUAUUCUGGUCGGAGGGCUGGGCCUGGCUAUGACCGUGGCUUUGAUAGAGUUCUGCUAUAAGUCACGGCAAGAAACCAAAAGACUGAAGCUGGCAAAGAAUGCCCAAAACUUUAAGCCAGCACCUCCAGCAAAUGCCCAGAAUUUUGCCACGUAUCGUGAAGGCUACAACGUGUACGGGACAGAGAGCGUGAAAAUCUAGAGGGUAUGUGCUUCACUGUUUCCAUCGAAAAGGGAUUUGAAAGUUUGACAACACGUAAUCUCUCCGAUUCCUAUGUCAUCAAUGUCAUCAGUGCAGUUUUUUCAAUCAUUUGCCUUGUGCCCUUUUGUUGUAUGCUGUAAGUUUUACAUUUUUGCCAUUGUCCUUCAUUUAUUUAUUGAUUUCCUUUCAGGUAUAAGAUAUUUUAUCAGCUAACAUAAAGUUGACAUAUGGCUAGAUUUUUCACUAAUGACAUAAAACAAGAGAGAGCAAACAAUCUGGAUAACUUUUUCAACAACAGACCCCUCAGUAAGCCAUAGUAAUUGUCCGAAACUUGUAUGAUCCCCCCAUCCUUCCCACUCGUUGUUCGUUGUUGGGAGCGAGCAGCACAAACAAAGCUGAAAGGACUGACUGACCACUGGAGUAAAGUAAGAUGAUGGUUCGUAGUUUGCUACAAGAUUGUGCAUUUCAACACGGGGGUCCUAAGAGGUUUGGUUUUGCCUUUGAAGCCAGUCUUAAGCAGCCUCUCCAACUGGAGUUUUUGUCUUUUCUGUGCCAAAAUGAUGUUUUGUCUCUUAAAGCAUCAAUAAGGAACUUUCUGAUUGUGCCAUUCUGGGGCCUAAUCCUCUCAUCUCUUGUCCUAUACAUGUGUGAGACCUGUUUUAUGACAGAAAUAUCUCACCCUGCUCUGUAGACGUAUCAUCCAUCAUGAUACACAUUUGCUGUGUGAUACUAACCCCCACACAGUAAUUACAGGCAUUAAAAACCACACAUCAGAAACAGUCAGCGUUUUUGCUAAUGGUCUCAUAUGUUUUAGGUCAUAAAGAGUCAUCACUGUUAAUUUGAGUCUGUUUCAUAACCAGUCAAAAACUCCUCAGAGGAGCUUUAAGGUUGCCUCCUGGCAAAUAAGCAGGAACCAGUAUCACUCUGUUAGCUGUUUCAUGGGAACUUCAAAACUCCUGUGUGGAUAAUUUAGCUGGUUAUUAAACAGACUGAAUUUAAUAUUGAUGUCCCUUUAUGAUCAACAAAACAAGCCAUGACUGUCCACAACAAGAUUCAUCAUUUGGUAAAUGCGCUCUCCUUAAAUAGCAUUUUAUCUGGUCAUCUUUUUUUUCAUUACAUGUAACAUCAGUCAUUUACACACAGAGAUGGCAGAGGCUGCUUUGCAAGGCAGCUAUCAGUAUUACCUAAUCCCAUUCACGCACCCUGGGGCACAGCAAACGGGGGCGGUUAAGGGUCAAGUGUUAUGUCGAAGGACACUCAGGCCUGUGAACAGCAGGACCUGGGAACAAAAGCUCUUCCUCUGAGCCGCAGCCACCCUUUUUCUGUCCAUACUGUGAGUGUUGAUGCCUGUAUUUGCUGCUGUGAGGCAUGUGUCGGAUGGAGUAAUCGACAUACAUUCUUGGUGAAUGAAAUAUUUAAGUGUAAAAAAAAAAAAAAGAAAAAGCAGGAUUAGAUUUCCUGGUGAACUUAACCGCUACUUUAACAUGUACGGCAGAAUGUGUUAACAGGAAUAAGACACGCUGUUUUUUCACAAGUGUCGCCAAAACCGACACAACUAAGAAAAUUCUCACAGGAGCUUUAAUGUGUGUUAUUGUCAAGUUUAGUAAGGGAUGGUGUACAGUCAUAAUGAGUUGGUGGUUAUGCAAAUUAGAAUUCACUGAGGAGGCGAAAUGGUCUUGUCUCUUGGAUUCUAAUCUGCAUAAUUAUCUGUUCACUAUACAUAUCCCAUUUAUUACCUAGAUACCUACCCAAGACACAGAGAGGUUUAAACAAAAUACUCAUUUAGAGAUGAUUUUAUCCAUUUUUGACUAGACCAGAGAAAAGAAACUAGACCUUCAUUGAUGUUCAGUAAUGCAUCCAUGGCAACUGAAUCUUAUAAGCCUAUUUGUAGGAAUUAAUUAACAAAUUAACCUUAAACAAAACUUUUAAAUUGAUGAUUAAGUUGAAAUGAUUGUUUAUUUAAGAAAUGGCAUCAAACUGAACAUUUUCUCUGAAGAUCACGUUAGGACAAGGUGAACUUCAUUGGGCUUUGCAGUUGACACACCUCAAAACAUAAAUGACGCAAGUAUCACAACUUCUUACAUUGCUUCUGUUUACAAUACCACCUACAGUCAAAGCGGCUUUGGAGUGAUAGCCGCUCCAGAUAUACACUCACCAGCUCUGCUGCUGUUGCAUGGAUUACAGACACUUUUCCCUGUCAGGGCCCAGUGGCUUUUCAGGCUGCUUUCAGCGAAGCGGCGAUGAAAUGUGCCAGAAUCCUUUCUCUGCAGUGAUUUUAGAUGAUGUGUGAUCAUGCUGUCUCUAGCAUUGCUUUUGUUGUUGAGGUGUAACUGCUGCUGUUAUUAUGGGGCUUUGAUCUGUCAGAGUCAAAUAUUGAACACAGAUGGGUAAUUUGAUAUAAAGUUGGGAUAUAAUGCAACUGAUUUUUUCACAGCUCAGUUUAUAGACAUUAUUAGUUUCAGUUUUAAAAUGAUCCCAUAAAUGAAGGUUUUAGAAAAGCUGAUCACUCAGAAUGCAACAUUGUUCCUACUUUAAAAACAUUCAUUAAUCAAAGUUAUUGUUAUUAAAGUUCAAAUUGGUUUACACAGUAAAUCAAGUCCAAAUGCACCCAUCCCACUGAGCAUUUUUUUGGCCUAAAAGAGGUCUAAUAGACGUCUAGAUAUUGCCUAGAGGACCGAUGUCUAAAUUUAGACCAAGUCUAAAUCUGGGCUUUAUCUAUACUACACUGUAUUUUGCUCAGCGGCUUUCAUAAUUAUUUUGGUUGAGUACUUGAAGAUGAGCUAUGUAACUCACAGUUGCUUUUUGAAACGAAUAGUUAUCGAAUAACUGCAACGUCUAGAUUCUGUCUAAAAAUAUACAGAAUCUAGACGGUUGAAAUUAGGACUAAAACAAAAAACUAGAUGUCUAAUAGCCGUCUAUUGCUCAGUGGGAUCAUAAUAUUCAUUCUGAUCUUUGUGAAGGUAAAUGUAUACAUCUAUAAUUAAGGUUUUUGGUGCACUUUAAGUCAAAUUCAUUUCAACCAUCUCAGGUGGCUUUUUCAAAAUUUUAAACCACAUGAUUUUUAAUGAACAAUGUAACCUGUGUCCAGUUGACUCACUUUUUUAAGGCAUCAGGGGAACUUGAGUUUAUGAGGUGAAACGACUUUAAAGAUGACAAUGACAUGUAUUUUAAAACCUUCUCCUUUGGCCCCUGCAGAAGUGAGGAUGUGUGGAUUCCCACUGGAGCGUCUGGAUGGAAACAGCCACUGUGUGUGACCCCGACACCCCGAGGCUGUCAUCCUAGAGGCGACAGCCCUCUUUGUCAUCAGCUUGGACUCAAGCCUAACACUCAACAAGUGCUCAUUCUGGGCUGUGAGGCCCGUCACACUAACAGAGGGCAAUGACGCAACCGGACUUAUGCUUCUGGAAACAUGAGAUUUGCCUCUUGUAGUGCCUUACGGAGCAAUCGGGCGUCAUGGCAAUGCAACAAAAAAUUCAAUAACUUGAAAAUUUGAAAAUAAUCUAUGGACUGAGGGCAAAGCUUCAAAUAACAAUUAGAUGAACUGUUGUAAUUUCAGUUGUUUUCUGAUCUGAAGAAGAAGAAGAAGAAGAAAAAAAGCCAUGAUUUGCAGUCAAAGCAUCCUGGAUUACUUAUUAAGAAGUCAUUUGAGUCCUUUACAGACAUAUUUUUGUGGUGAAAUCUUAAGUUGAAUAAAUGUUAUAUUUAGUGAAGUAAAGUCAUUUCUUGUUUUACUAUAAGACUAUUUUCAGUUUCAUAAUAUUUAGGACAAGCAUCAAUCAAUAGGUUAAGCAUUGAUUACAAUAACAACAUUUUACCCCAGUUUUUACUCAGAAAAUAUCAAUACUAUGAAACUGUUUAGGUGGUGUUAUUUUAAAGCCUGUUGGACAUUAUACACAACUGACUCUGUGUUCAUUUAGAUGCUUUUGUUUGAAAUCGACCACAAGCAUUCGUUUCAACUGCCACUAUUUGGAAACAAAAGACCACUUUUAUUGAGAUGAGGUCCGCUUUUUAUCACUUAGUGCCAUACUGUUUGAAUCAAAGCGUUAUAAAUCCUGGGAGAGUGAACCCCUUUAUGUUUCAUCUACGGUUUAACUGAGCUUAUGGUUUACACUUUGUACACACUUAGAAGCUGUUCUCAUGUCGAUGCAGUAUCUGCAGCUGUGAAUCUUAACAUUUUUGGGUAAAUGAUAACACAACAUGGCUUCUUUGGUUGUGAUGAGCUUUCUGUGUCUAUGCAUUAUGCAGACGGUGAGCCGGGGAAUUGUACAUUAAGGGAAGGAGAGCUACAAAAGAAACAUUUUGUCUGUUUGUAUAAGUGAACUUUUUACAAACUGAGGGGAAAAACCUACAAACGCUACAAACCAUGUACGCCUACAUUUGUUUAGUAUAUCAGAAGUUCUCAUCUGUUUCUCCCCAGAUAAAGUGCAUGUGAAUUUGGUGAUAGUUCGACCAAACUGCAACUCAAAAUGGACCCUGGUUUAGUUAGUGUCCAAUUACGGCAUCUGAUCCAGUUUGGUUUUAGUUUUUCCAAUUCAUUUGUAAAGGUACCUCAACCAUGAGAGUUGCAUGUAUGGACACAAUGAACCUCUGUGGAGAGGUCAUGUACAAAGAUUUUAUUACAUUUCCUUAAUAAAAGCAGGUUUAUAUUCAUCUUUGGACUUGAUAUGUACUGUCAUUUGUAUAUCACAGAAAUUUGUGAAAAGAGAAAGAAAAAUAUUUUUCUCUCAACAUGCCUUUACUUACCCUAACUCUAAAACAAUGAUUAUAAUAAUACUUUAAUUUAUAUAGCAACGGAUAUCCAAUUCUUGAUUUAGACAGGUGGGACCAUAUGUGGGAAACAUCAGCUGUGCCAGGUUUAACAGAGCACAGAGCUGAAUGUCAUCUGCAUAGCAGGGUUUGCCCCUGGGGAAGCAUGUAUACAGGGAAUAGAAGGAGACCCGAGAUAGACCCCAUGUCCAAAGCUGCAUCACAACGGAGAAUUUCAAGCAGCUGAAUAAGAAUAUUUAAUAUUUGUUAAAAAUUUCCCUUCUGGGAUCAAUAAAGUUC